CAAAUGCAGGCAAGAACCAUCCCUUCCUUUCUCUUUCCCCAUCUCUUCAUUUUAAAACAAUCCUGGUUUUCCCUUCAGAGAAAGUUUUCUUGGCUUCUAUGCAAGAGCCACUGGGCAUAGAGCCACAGCGGAGGGGCUUAGCUUCGAGCAGAGCGCUGAGAGGGGGUCUGGAUCCUGCAGCAGAGCAUUAGAGCUACGAGCAGAACACUGAGAGGGGAUCUGGAUCCUGCAGCAGAGCAUUAGAGCUACAAGCAGAGCAGUAAGAGCGUGCCUGGAUCCUGCAGCAGAGCAUUAGAGCUACCAGCAGAGCACUGAUAGGUGGUCUGGUUCCUGAAGGAGAGCAUUAGAUCUACAAGCAGAACACUGAGAGGGGGUCUUGAUCCUGCAGCAGAGCAUUAGAUCUAUGAGCAGAGCACUGAGAGGGGGUCCUGAUCUUGCAGCAGAGCAUUAAAUCUAUGAGCAGAGCACUGAGAGGGGGUCUUGAUCCUGCAGAAGAGGAUUAGAGCUGCAGAGCGCUGAUGGGGAGACAUUUGAAGAUCUGGAAGGAGGUAAGUGACAGGUCUAAUUGGCCAGAAAAAACUCGGACAACUCUAAGCAAACUAUUAUGAUAAACAGGCAGACAAACAGAUAGAUAUAGUUAUUUAUUACUGGUAUUUAUAAAGCGCCAACAUACUCUGCAGUGCUGUACAAUUGGGGUAGAAUGUGCAACAUACACAGGCAAAAUACAAAAAUUAGAGAGGGCCCUGCCCGUAGGAUGUUAUCUAGCCAUUGAAGCUAUUUUAUACAAAGUGCUCAGCAAUGUAGCCUGUGAGCUUACAAUCUAAGAUCGAUAGACAGACAAACGGACGGACAGACAGAUUGAUUGACAGGUAGACAGAUGAAGGGAUAGACAGAUUGCUAUAGAUACAUUUAUAGAAAACAGAUAUCUUUACAUAUAUCUCUAAUAAAAAGAGAAUUAUUAUAAUUAAAUAAGUGAGUAAAAAGUCCACGUAAUACGUAAAGCCAUCCCUUGUUAGGUGGAGAUGUCUGCAUUAGUGGUUGGAUAAAUGAAGUGUUAAGAAAUCUAGGCUUGUAUGUUAUAGUUAAUGAAAACCUUAAUCUGUGAUUCAAAUGAAUCAGUCCAUCUACAGGUUCUGCUCAUUUAUUAAAUGUAACAAACAAGACAUAUUGGGGGGUUUACUGAGUUCCACUAUACUGUGUGAGCUAGGUAAAAUCUCCAAUGCUGCCGAUGUAAGGACUACUCCAACUCUGUGAUAUCGCUCUUGAUGUUGCAAGUCAGUAAUCAGGUCACUAAAGCUUACUGUUUAUUGAAGAGACUUUGAACAAAAACUUACAGGUGCAAUUAAUGUAUCGCACAGACUAUAUCUCAAACAGCAACAGAUACAUCCCAUAAUCACAUGUAAAAGAAACAAUAUAACAUAUAUGUAUAUAUAUUACAAUACACAGAAAACUACAAUAAAUAGGUUGUAAUAGAUAUCUAACAAAAACAAUAAAUAGCAAACUCCCAUCACUUAAUAUGUUUAAGAAAAAAAUGAUUUCUAAAUAAAAUAAAAAAUCUAGGAAAAAAAAAACGUUUUUUUUACGAGAAAUAUAUAAAUAGAUAAAUAAAGAAUAUGAUCAUGAAUUUAUAACAAAAUCAAUGAAUAGUAAAAAAGAUCAUACAGUCAAUGUAUAAACUAAAAUCAGUAUCAGGCAAUGAACAGAGCUAACAGGUAUUUGGUUACAUUGUAUUUUGCCCUUUGUAACAUAGAUUUAUGUAAUCUGUGCUCCAUGAAGUAUUUAAAGGAUUUGACAGACCAAAGCAAUCUGUUUCAUAUGACAGAACAGGACCGUCUUACAAACCUAUUACCAAGGGAGAGGGUGUGCUCUAUACAGCUAUAGAUAAUGGGGAUUGGGGCUUAGCUAGAGUCUAUAGAGGUGAUCCCCUCUGAAAUAUUUACUCAGAUUUGUGAAAAAAAUCUACAUUAGCGUUCAAGGUGGGGAUUGUUUGUUUGUAAAACAACAGAAACAAGUUGUGGUAUGGCAAUAACAUGUUUCAAGCUAAAGAUUACUGAUACCCCAAUUAUUGUCAACGAUUUAAUUUAUAUCUAUUGAUUUGAGGAAAAAAAUGUAUAGGGCUACUCACUAAACACAGUUUUUUGGCCUCAAUUUAAUAUUUUUGGAUAAUCGUUUUAAAUAAUUUUUUCUAAAUAUAGAAAUAUAUAAAACAUAAAAAAAACUAAAUAUCAUAACAUUUGCAUAUUUUUCACAAUAUGAAAUACUUGAAAGAGUUUAUCUAAACAUAUUAAAUCUUUUGAAAAGCUUAUCCAACGAGGGUUUCUAUUUAAUAUUAUUUGUAAAGUUUCUAAAAUGCAUUUUUCAAAAGAUAAGCCAUUAAAAAAUAUAGUGUAUUUAAAAAAAUAUAUAUCACUAUAUCAAAAAAUGUCAAGGUAUUACAAAAUGAAAACAUUUUUCAUAAUAUUUGUGACGGAAGCUCCCGUGCCACAGACAUUUGGAGAGGCAUGAAGGCCAGUCUCCUGCCCACUGACUAUGGGCCUGGUCCCGAGAGCACCUGAAAGGGCAAUUGUCACUGUGGAGGUGUGUAUGGGGGCCUUGAACGCUUACUGUGCUUCACAGCGGGACUUGAGGGCCUCUGGGGAUCGCUUGGACUCAUUUUACACCUUAAGUGCCUGAAUAGGAGAUACCCUAAAACACACACUCUGUAACUGUUCUUCGGAUUGGAAGUGCCUUGAGGUCCGGUAAAUCUUUAAGCAGGUACUGCUUUGUUCCUUAACCUAAAAAUAGAGUGCUAUUUGGAGGGGAGAUAAGACAGACAAUGAGGCAUUGAAGGAGCAGGGUCUUGAGUGCUCUUCUUUCCCCAGGCAUCCGCGAACCUCUUUUGUGAGACUGGUACUAGGAUGUACAUUGUGUUGGGGUAUGGUCCAGGAAAAGAGGGUUCUGACAGACAUUUUGAGUGCUGUGUCUGCAGGGUUGUGAGGGUACAGCAGGGAGCUAAUUGUGUAAGCUUGGGAUCAUGUUAUUAAGUCCCCAGACAGAGUGGCACUGGGGAAGGACAAUUGUACUGUCCAUUGGUUUGAAUGGAGGAGCCCCUGCAGGGACAGCCAACAUUGCUAUGUAUACAUAGCUGUGUGUGCUGUGCAGUAAAGAUCAUUCUACCCCUUACAUUCAGGCACAUCUAAUGUGUGAAAGAUGAGCUAUAAACACUGAGAGUGAAGGUCUCCAGAGCUAUAACUUCUGCAGCCUGGUCUGGUGGAAAAGGUCCCUUCUGCGACUGGGCCUGAAUGUCCUAGAGUCCUCUCUCAAACUGCGAUGCCGUGGAUUGCCAUGGCAACCUGUGGCAACGCUCUCAUGGAUCACAAGAGAAGAGGACCUGAUGCUGCUGAAAAUAGAAAAUUAGACUAUUGGCCCCCUCUUCACAAUACAAUCUGCUGUGCCACCAGACCACCAGUGAAUCUAGUAUUCCCCCUCCUUGCCCACAAGUAAAAUGCAGAGAGGGGGAAUAUAUAUACAUUAAAAAAACUGAUGCUCCUCAAAUUUAGCUUAUUCAACACCACAAACACACACUACAUGCGCUACACAGGCUCUGCAUCCGCUACACAAACACAGACACUGUAUCCACUACAUCAACACACACAAUGCAUUCACUACAUACACUGCAUACAAUAUACACACUGCAUCCACUACACAAACUCUGGAUCCACUACACAAACACAGACACUGUGUCCACUACACCAACACACUCAAUGCAAUCACUAAAUACACUGCAUACAAUAUACACACUGCAUCCACUACACAGACUCUGCAUCCACUACACAAACACAGACAUUGUAUCCACUACACCAACACAUACAAUGCAAUCACUACAUACACUGCAUACAAUAAACACACUGCAUCCACUACACAGACUCUGCAUCCACUACACAAACACAGACCCUGUGUUUUUUUUGUGAGUGAACUGAUCAUUUGAAAUACAAUUUGUCUGCAGGGUAAAUAAUAAAAAACCCUUGACAACGUGAAUGUUAAUUAAGUGGGGGCUGGCCAGUCCUUGCUAGCUAGUUGCCACAUUAAAAAAGAAAGUAAAUAAUACAAAUUAUAAUAAUACUUAUAUAAAACAGCCUAUGUAGGUCAAUAAGACCCCCAUUUUACCAUAAGGGAGGUUUUAAACCUUCCUAUGACUUCACCUGCCAUGUAGCAGCAUGUAUCAGAAAUAUUUAAAAUUAGAAACUGGGCAGCAAUUGGUGCCCAGUCUUUAGAAAGACCCCAUUUCAUGGGGAGCAGUCUGUAAAAUAACGGGAGGCAUGUCUCUCGAAAUUUGCUUUCCUUCACCUUAAAUUCUCAUUAGAGUACUCUGAUUGGUUGGCGUACAAUCUAACAGACUGUGUUUUCUACAGAACCGCGGCACAAUGCAAUAUGCGUGUCUCUCUGUGCCUUCACAAGGGUCGCAAUUUCCAAUAUUCGAUAUAAACGAGUUCCUCUGGAAUAUCAUCCAGUCAAAGUCAGAUUUCUUCGCAUUGUCUUUUAAAACCCAAUGCAAAGUCCUAAGGACGGGAACAAAUUGCAGGUUUCCAUUUACAGAACAACCCAGGAAUAAAAUCCAACAUUUAUUUAUUUUUGCAGAAACACAGCAGGUUACAUAUGCUUUUGCCCAAAGGCGACUUUCUCCGGAGCUUGAAAAUGAUUUCACAUCGGGCAGAGAGGAGGGGAGAAACUGCUCCUCCACACUGCAGCCCACGUGAUGAUAGUAAUGCCUGUGGCCCCCAAUAACCCCAAUAAGUAGGUAAGAGCUGCCUGGCUGUGUCCCUUAGUCCACGUGUAAGGGUCGAGAUUAAUAAGCAGAUUCUGGGAUGUAUAAUGAUUGGGACUAAAAGCUGACAUUUAAGAAAAAAAAUUCAAACUCUAUUUAAAAACUUAGACCAAAGAUUAACUGUUUUACUGGCAAUAGACGUGUGUUAAAUAAUCAAAAGAAAGUGCUGUUGUAAGUAUUGUACAAGAUGAAUAUGUCAAAUAAUAAACAUUUUACAAGGCUCCAUGUAAACCAUAGAAAUCUCAAUAAGUAGCAAAAUAUGGAAUAGUUAAACACUGCUUAGCCAUGGCAGUGAAUGAAAACAAUUCAAGUGUAUUCUUGUAAUGAAGGUUGGAACACACACGGGACACUAUGAUCUUGCAAUCUGUGCAGUACUUUGUGCUACAUAGAGCAGACGGAUAGCAAAGCGCUAUAAAUGGCACUUUCCAAUUGAUUUCAGCGGGACCAGAACACAGCCGGACAGCCAGAAUCCGAACGGAAUGCUUCAAAUGCUGGAGACUUCCGUUUCAAGCCUGGAUGUAAAAAAAGAAAAAAAAAUUGGAACUUUUUGCCAGAUAGCCAGAUAGUUAAUGCGAAUUUGUAAAAUGAUACUGAUUAGUCAACCAAUCAGAAUGCUCUUACUAAUAUUAAACAGCAUGGGACAUUUUCCCCCAUAAUGUGAUAGCUGACAGAGAGCAGGAAAGUACAAUAUGCCACAAAAGUCAACCAAAAGUCAGAGUUAAAUAAAUGGAGGCAUUAAUACUUGUAUAUAGUAGCCACCGGUAUAUAGUUGACUGUACAUUAUUAUUAUUAUUAUUAUGAUAUUUAUAGAGCGCUGUCAAAUUCCACAGCGCUUUACAAUGGGUGGACGAACGGACAUGUAGUUAUAACCAGACAAGUUGGACACACAGGAACAGAGGGGUUGAGGGCCCUGCUCAAUGAGCUUACAUGCUAGAGGGAAUGGGGUAAAGUAACACAAAAGGUAAGGAUAGUAUUAGACUAGUGACAGUUGCAGAAGAGGAAUCAGUCAGGAGCUAUUAACACUUUAAUUGAUACGCUUUUAUGAAGAAGUGGGUUUUUAACGAUUUUUUGAAGUGGAGACUGGGUGAGCAUCUAACUGAGGAGGUAAGCGAGUUCCACAGGAACGGUGCAGCCCUCGAGAAAUCUUGAAGGCGAGCAUCAGAGGUGGAAGUACGGCCAGAAGAUAGACGUAAGUCUUCAGCAGAUUGUAAGGGCCUAGACGGGACAUACUUGUAUAUAAGGGAGGAUAGAUAAGUGGGAGCAGCAUUAUGUAGAGAUUUGAAAGCAAGAACCAGAAUUUUAAAUUGAGCUCUAUAUUUUAUAGGAAGCCAAUGUAGGGACUGACAGAAGGGUGAGGCAUGGAAGGUGCGGGCGGACAGGAAGAUGAGCCUCGCCGCCGCAUUCAUUAUGGAAUCUGUGAAUACAUCUGUGACAACUACCCCUAUCAGCAUACAGAAAAAGGAUCGGGGUUACAGCUUUUACCUGAAAAAAAUGUAGAACAAACAAUAGCGUAAUAAAUGUUUGGAUAGAUGCAGUUGCUGCUAAGGGAGGCUCUUUGCUUCCACCCUAUUCCGUUUUUUGAAAAUUCACUUCAAAUACGUGGAACACUGGAUCCGAAUAAGAAGAUUUAUUCCAGUAAAUUGACAGUUAUAAGGGCUUUCCCCUCUAUGAGAGCUCAGUCUGCAGCAAGCCCUUGCGGGGCAAAGAGGGAUUAAUUUAUUCAGUAGCAUUUUAAAAAAUUUCUGUAUUUAAAAAAAGAAAGAUUUACAAGUCUGUUUUUUUUAUUAGUUGCGUUGGAAUUUAUGGAUUUUUAUUUGUCCUUCUUUGGUGCUGAUAGCAUUAGGAGAAAAAAAGACUUCUGAUUGUAAAUAUAUAUAUAUAUUUAUUUAUUUUAACAGGUAUUAGUUUUAUUGCCCCCCUCCCCCCUCACUAUUAGAGUGAGGAGGGGCAGGUAGGGUCCUUAAUUUUUAAUGAGGGUGUGGUUAGCUCUUUCCCCUUUCAUAUAAUAAUUUGGCCCCCCAGCUGAUAAUGGGACACUAGGCCCUCCCCCUUUAAUAUCAUAGUUAAGGUACCGUACCGGUGGCUACUAAUCUGUCCUGUCCACUUCCCAUUAUUUUGUUGAAUGUCCCUUACUUGAUGCCCACGGCUGGGGUUAUGGGGGGACUGGGCCAUGGCUGCUAAGUGACUGGUUUUAAACAUUUAGUAGACACAAUGCCCCUAUCUGUCGAACAAGCCCCUAUCUGUCUCAUGGCAAUUGGGGGAAACUCCCCUUAUAGUUAUUACUUAACUCUCUUAUAGUUAUUAUGGACCCCAUAGGCUAUUUAUUUAUUUUAUGUGGUGACUGGCUAACAAGCACUGGCCUGCCAACAGAUAAUUAACUCUUAGAUUGGCAAGGGUUAUUUAAAUAUUUGCUUGCUUGCUGUUAAAGGGACACUAUAGUCACCUGAACAACUUUAGCUUAAUGAAGCAGUUUUGGUGUAUAGAACAUGCCCCUGCAGCCUCACUGCUCAAUCCUCUGCCGUUUAGGAGUUAAAUCCCUUUGUUUAUGAACCCUAGUCACACCUCCCUGCAUGUGACUUCCACAGCCUUCCAUAAACACUUCCUGUAAAGAGAGCCCUAUUUAGGCUUUCUAUAUUGCAAAUUCUGUAUAACCCCUUAAGGACACAUGACAUGUGUGACAUGUCAUGAUUCCCUUUUAUUCCAGAAGUUUGGUCCUUAAGGGGUUAAAUUAAAAUUGUCUUAUCCCCUGCUAUGUUAAUAGCUUGCUAGACCCUGCAAGAGCCUCCUGUAUGUGAUUUAAGUUCAAUUUAGAGAUUGAGAUACAAUUAUUUAAGGUAAAUUACAUCUGUUUGAAAGUGAAACCAGCUUUUUUUCAUGCAAGCUCUGUCAAUCAUAGCCAGGGGAGGUGUGGCUACAGCUGCAUAAACAGAUACAAAGUGAUUUAACUCCUAAAUGACAGUGAAUUGAGCAGUGAAAUUGCAGGGGAAUGAUCUAUACACUAAAACUGCUUUAUUUAGCUAAAGUAAUUUAGGUGACUAUAGUGUUCCUUUAAUGCUUAAAACUAUUGUUUGCGUUAAUAAACGCAAGUGAACGAAAAUUUGCAAAUGUGCGCCUGCUGAAUGCUUUCCCUUCUUUUUAAGUUUGUGAAUUUUCCAAAUCCUGUACUUUGUGAAAACUAUUUUAAUCCAGUGAUUGCUGCAGUUUUGCUCAGAUGACCCAAAUUCUGACUGUAUUUAUCUUUAGUAAAUAUGAGAAUUGUCAUUGCGGUCAGAAUUUGGUAAUUUUCACAGAAUGUUUGGCAAAAUACGGUGUUUAGUGAAUAAAUCCUGUUGUGUUUGGUAAGGAAUUCCUGCUGUUUUCUAUUUAAUGGUUUCUUUUUCUGCAAAGAAUGAGAUCUAGCAAGUUUAUCGAGGGGUAUUAUCUACUUAUUUGGGAUUUUUACAUAUUCCAGAUAACUUUUCCAUGUAUGAUACAUUAAUAAAUAUGAGCCGACAUCAUACAGAACACAUUCCCACUGACGUCUAUAACUGGGAGCAUCAUUAUCAAUAGCUAGCUAGGGAGGACAUGUCACAUUAGAGACAUCUUUCAUUUCUAUUGGACAAUUAGUUUGCAUUGUUAACAUCACUUACCGCUUUGUCAUGUCUUGUUGUGCAAGACAUUUUGUUGCUGUUUUGGUUCAGUUUUUCAGGAUAAAUACUCAAUGAACUAAAUUGUAAAAUUAUGUUUUUUAUUUUAUUUUUUAUUUAUUUCUAUGGGGCUCUCUCUUUACGUCUAAUCUUUCCAUAUAUUGGAUCAGUGAUUGCUAGCAAAAAAAAAGUUUUUUAUUUUUUAUUGGUCCCGAGGAAAGUACCCAAGUGGGACUGAAACGUUGACAGGCUACUUAAUUCGUUUUUUUCCCCCCAGACAGUAUGCCUGGAUGUUCAUUACUAAUAUGAUGAAAUAAAUAAACAAUUUUUUUUUUUCCAUUUUCAUAUGAUCAAGGCUGGGCAUCCAGCAAAUGCAAUUUCCUUACGUAAGUGUGCAAGGAAUUUUGUAUAUAUAUAUAUAUAUAUAUAAAAAAAAAAUAUAUAUAUAUAUAUAUAUAUAUAUAUAUAUAUACAAAAUUCUUGCACACUACCAAAUAUAUAUAUUAUAUAUAUAUAUAUAUAUAUAUAUAUAUAUAUAUAUAUAUAAAUGAUAUCUUUUUGUAAUUUAAAUAUUUAGAAAAAAUUAUUUUGAAAGUUUAUCCAAAAAUAUAAAAUUAUUGAAAAAUGUAUCCAACAAUAUUAAACUGAGGCCAAAUUAAACUGAGGCGAAUAGCUAAACGUACACUAUAAGAAAUGUAACCCCUACAACCCAUUGCAUUAUUUCAGCUGAUUGUGGUGGCUAUUAUGUCUAUCCAAACCCUUUUACGUCAUAUUGGUUUUGAGGGCAUUUGACAAAAUCCUGUACUCUUUAGAAUUAUAUUAUUAUAUCAAAUUGGAAUUUAAAUGUGUGAUUUCAUUUUCUAAGAGUUGCAGUGGUGAAAUUGAGGACUGAAGCCCCAGAUGUUGGGGUCUUUAACCCAGGAUCUGUACAUGUAGUAAAGUGGACAAGAGGAUAUUAGUUUUUAUUUUAUGUUACUCAAAGCUGCUGCCUGAUAUCUUCUUCUUAUUAUAUAUUAUAUUAUAUGAAGCGGAAGAUCACUAGUUUAGUGCUGUGCAAGCCUAUUAAAGAGAGGUGUGGUGCCUCUCAGGUAACUGUUGAAAGAGGGUGUUUUUAGCCAUGGCCGCAUUACAUUCAAUUCUAGGCUGUGCAUCAUGUUCAGGUUCUGCAAUUUUGGGGUAUGCAAACUGUACAGCCCCACAGGGUGCAAUGACAACCGUUGCGCAAGGCGGACAACACAACUCGCACCCAGUUCAGGUAGGGUACCCAGCAGGGGGGUGCAGUAUAUGAAGUUACGGAUUCCCUGGUGGUCGGUGGUGGAACGCAUGGAGUCGACCAAACUAGUCCCAAUCUCUUGCAAUUCCUCAGCUCUCUGAGUGCAUCAGUGCUGGGGCCAGGAUUCGAAGCAUCUGUUCUUACUUCCUCAAUCAGUGUCAGACCGAGAGGAGCAAUUAAUAACCAAUAAAGCAUAGCACUGCAAAAUGUAUAUACCUUUAAGAAAUAGUAUCCGUCUUUUGUGCUUGACAUAUUUUUAUACACAUAUGUCCCCUCAUGAUUGCAAUGUGAAGGUGGGCUGUAAAUUGGAAAUAUGUAUAAUAUAUAAAAUAUACAUACAUGUAAAUUACAUGGGGAAACACACACAUACAUUGGUAUCCACAUAUGAUAAUACAUAUGUGAGAGCAUUACAGAAUAUGUUGGCAAAUAUUUCUAUGUACAUAGGUAAUUGUCAACACUGUUUUCUUAUCUCUAACUUCAUCAUUUGGUAAUUAAUAUUUCAGUCUCCGUUAAAUAAUAUACUCUCUAACUGGAAUAAAAAAUACAUUGAAAUACUUUAAUUUUCAGGACAGAUUCUGGUAAUGGUUUUUGGGUUCAAUAAUAAUCACUGUUUUUGUGCUGGUCUGGCAGCUAGAUGUUUUCCGUCUUAGUGACCCAAAAGUGUGUCAAUUCCCACAGAAAGUAACACAGAACAGAAAGGCUAUAUUAAAAACAAAAAAAAAUCACUCCAUUUUGGACGGUGAUGAGAUUUUUGAAACCUGGUCUAUACAACAAAUUUGUUUCAAGGGAAACAACAUACAAUAAGACUUGGGUUAAGGGAUUCGUCUGAGUAUAAAUAUUUUCUUUAGUCAAUAUGCCGACUUUUAGCCAGAUCUCUGCACCUCAUUAUUACAUAUUUUUAUAUUUAUAUUAUUUGUUCUUCUAAUACCAGAGUAUGCACAGCUACAUUGCAGGCACCAUGCCUUGAGAUUACUAUGGAAUGCCUUUGUUUUUAUAUUCUAACAUUGUUUUAUUUUUUUUAAUCACAUCUCACAAUUGAGUUUAGGGAACAUUAUAAGGUUAGAAAUAUAAACACAUUUUCCUAACGCUAUACUUUUCCAGUCCCAAAUUAGAUUAGGCCCCCCCCCCCCACCAAUAAAACAUGUUUCACUUACCUUUUUUUUUUCAAUGCUGCGUCAUAAUCCUUGCACCCAAGAAAUCCUUGUCUUACGACGUCAGUUUGUCUGUUGCUUCAUCUUCAGCUUCUCGUCCAAUAAAAUGAUUCUCAUCAUUUUGUGUCACCUUUUGUGUCACUAUACGCCACUCCCUCUAGCAUGUCGGCAAGUAUUAAAUCUAGUGCUUUCCUACAAGCAGCAUUUAAUGAUGUCCUCAUGGAUGUCGACUGUGAAACUCGGUUGUUGCAACUAAAACACCUCUAGAUAACCACAAGAAGUGUGUUUAGCCCUUCAUUGGAAACGUUGUCAAAUCUACUAAAUGUCAAUGUUUUAUAUUGUAGGGCUCAAACUACAGGAUCACUCCACCCAGACCAAUUCAUUCCUACCCUUACCUUUUUUGUCACUAUACCCCACUCCCUCUAGCAUGUAAGCUCAUUGAGCGGUGCCCUCAACCCCUCUGUUCCUGUGUUUCUAACUCGUCUGGUUACAAAUACGGGUCUGUUAGUCCACCCAUUGUACAGCACUGCAGAAUUUGUUGGCGCUUUAUAAAUAAUAAUAAGUGAAAUACAUCUUUGAGCUAAAGCAUUGUUAAUGGUCCUUUUUAAAAUUGUGUAAAUUUUCUAAAUCUAUUGUUUUUUCUUGUGAUUGUAAGAUCUGGUUCUGUAGUAUGGAGAUCGUGUUCCUGACAACCUCUUUCCUUGUGUUUGCAAGCUUCUUGGCUUAUAAUUACCAUCCCUUACUGCAAAGUCCUUAGUCUAUGGCUACAGUGCAAAGUGUUCUCCUAUUUAUAUUUUAUGAAUUCAUAUUUCAUUCUGUUUCUGGGGUUACUAACCUAGACAGGAAUGAGGAGGGAUAGACGAGACCAAUGCAUUUAGAUAUCUGAAUGUAUCAUUCACGGAAAUGUAUUCUCUCUGAUUUAGUCAGUUUUGCAACUUUCUCAACAUCUUACUGUAAACAAAUGUUCAUUGGACAAAUAAUGAAAUGGACUUAUAAUGUAUCUACACUUCCUCAUUUGAUCAUCUAAGCUUUGGCUUAGUGAUGCAUUUUUUGUGUAUAGACCUUGCCUCUGCAGUCUCACUGCUCAAUUCUAUGAUAUUUAGGAGUUAAAUAACUUUAUGUCUGUUUAUGCAGCCCUAGUCACACCUCCUCAGCCUGUGUGAAAACAAAAUGCUUUUAUUUUCAAACACAUUUUAAUGACACACAGGAAGCUCCUGCAGGGUCUAGCAAACUAUUAACAGAGUAGAAGAUAAGACAUUCUAAAUUAAACAGAAUGAACUGGGGCCGGACUGGGAGAAAAAUUUGGCCUGGGCAUUUUUUUUUAUCAUAGCGGCCCACUAAGAAGGGGGCGGGGCAGAGAGUCUGUGUUUCGUCAUCUCCAAUGACAAACACACCCCCUCUCAAAGUGAGCAUGUUGGUUCAAUGUUCUUCCAGGGCAGACCAUGCGCAGAACUCUGCUAAAGAGCCCCAGCAUGAGAAAAAAAGCCCUGUAUUUGUUCUGCACAGUGCAAGCAAAUUUAAUAACAUGCUUGCACUUUGUUUCCUUGCAACUUGCCUCUGGUGUCUCUAUAAAUGGAUACCAGGAGACAAAAGGGUCAGGAAAGAGUAUUGUGCAUGUGUUUGGAGCCUGCUUGUGGGAUUGUGUGUGUGUGUAGAGUGAGCUGAUUGUGGUGUGUUAUUGUGUAAUAAGGUCGGUUUUAGUCGUCUUUUGUUUUUGGUGUAAUGUAAUGCAUAUGUGGCUAGGGGCUGUAGAGAAUGUGUGUAUAGGGGAUGUAGUAAGUGUGUGCAUACAGGCUAUAGUGUGUGUGUGUGUAUAUAGGUGAUGUAAUGUUUGUAGGGGUUGUAGAGAGUGUGUGUUUAGGGGUGUAGUAUGUGUUUGUUUACAAUUAAUCUAGUGUGUUUAUAAGGGAUCCAGAGUGUGUAUUUUAGGAAUGUAGUGUGUGUGUGUAGGUGGUGCAGUGUGUGUGUAUACAGGAGUCUAGUGUGUGUUUGAAGGACCCAAAAUGUGUAGGAGAUCUAGUGAGUGUGUGUAUAUAAUGGAUUCAGACUGUAUAAAGGGAUCUAGUGUGUGUAUAUGAUCCAGAGUUGGGUAAGGGAUCUAUUGUGUGUCUGGAACGCAAUGUGUUUAGGAGUGCAGUAUGUGUGUGAGGGGUGCUGUAGUAUAUAUAUAUAUAUAUAUAUAUAUAUUUGCGGGCUAGAGUUCACUCUUGCAAGAUCCAGUUGUUGCCAUGGCAACGCUCCGGAUCUCGUGAGAGGAACCCGGCGGAGCUGCAAGAUAGAGCUCCGCCGGGUCCUUCCUCCCCAGCUGCAUGUCUGUCCAAGUGGGCCGGAGAGGGAGAUCUUUGAUCUCCCCACCGUCCCGUCAUUGAAAACAGCGGGACGGCGCUCGGAUAAUGCUGGCCUUGGAUAGACUGGCAGGGGAUGUCCUGUGACCUACCUUGCCGGCCUCAGGCAUUUGCCCGGUGUGCCCGAUGGCCGGUCCGGGCCUGGAAUGAACAAUAAAGGAAGUGUAAACAUUAGAUGACUCUUUACAGGAAGUGUUUAGGUGGGAUGUGUAAGUCACAAGCAGGGAGGUGUGACUUAGUGAUUUAACUCCUAAAUGGGAGAGAAUUGAGUGAGACUGCAGGGGCCUGGUCUAUACAUCAAAACUGCUUCAUUAAGAUAAAGUUGUUUUGGUGGUUAUAGUGUCCCUUUAAAUAAAAAAUAUAGCACAUUUUGAAUUAUGUCUUAAGUGCAAUUCUGCACAUUGUGAGUUUUGUGAACAGUGUCCAAUGUGGAGCAUUCACCAUGAACACCCAUCAAGUGUUGCUGCUCCAUUUUAGAGGUUCGUAUGAAUAGGAAGGUUUAAAUAAUGUGGGGUAGUGGAUGAGUGAGUUUGUAAAAGGAUGUGUGUAGCCAGCAAGGGGCUCUGUGAAGACGCUUUACACAGGACAUAAAAAAGGCCCAAGGCUGGCCCCGGGCUUGCUUCCAGCAAUGCUUUCAUUGACUUAAAUCUGACAAAAUAGCCUCAUAGUUUUGGGAAGCAGACAUCCCAACAUGCAAAAACUCAGCUCAGGAAGUGCCCAUCACCUACUGCGCCACCCCUCCCCCAACACAUACAGUCACCAACAUGUCUGGGUUGAAGUGCGUUUUGUACUUUUUUUAUUUAUUUAGACGCUGCCAUGGCUCUAAACCGAGCACUGGAGAGAGAGGGGACGACUGUAAAGCCUGCCUACUGAGAAACCUGAUAGGUUAGCGAGCACAAAGUCUUCUCAGUUUUCUCAGUAAUUGAGGCGUUAGAGCUGAAGUGUGGGACAGUGGCUGCAGUGGAAGGUAAGGGCUGUAAUUGGGUGGUUAGGAAAUUAGGGAAUGUACGGUAGUAUAAGGACUGCAGUAGGGGGCUAGGGGCUGAAGUAGGUGGAUGGCUGCAAUUGAGAAGUGGGGCUGCAGCAGGAAGGAUAUGGGAUUGUAGUGGUGGGUAAAGACUGUAGUCAGGGAAUCGGGGCUGUAGUGGGGUAUAGGGUGUUAAAAGGGGGUUAAGAGCUGUUUUAGGGGAUAGGGGUUGCAAGUGGGGAGACAGAGGCUGUAGUGGGAGGGUAGGGUUUGUCGUUGGAGGGAUGGGGCUGUAGUCAGGUAGUUUGGUGCUGUAGUAGGGGAGUAAGGGGCUGCAAUUGGGGGGAAGGGAUUGUAGUGGGAUAUAGGUGUUGCAAUUGUGGGGAAAGGACUAUAGUGGGACAUAUGGGCUGCACUGGGGGAUGUACUGUCUCAGUCGCAAUGCCACUGUCUGGGGUGUCCGCUCCGCUUGCUCCUUCUGCAAACUGCAGUCUCAGCCAGGUUGGAGGUUCCCUUAUGGAGCUGCACUGUAAUAUCUCAGUAAGCAAUUUUGUUGAGAGUCAGCAAGAGAGUUAAAUGAUCAUUUCUAAUGGCUAUAAAUGACCAUUGGACUCUCUCUCUCUAAAAAAAAAAUAGAUUCCUGAUAUAUUAUAUAGAAUUUCCAGGCGUCCGGGAGCCGCAAUUAAAAUGAAGGAAGAUACCCGAAACGUCCGGGAGAGUUUUUUUUAAUGUCUAGUAACGUAUCUUUUAACUGAGCUUUACAAAGGCUGAUAAGACCCUGACUGGAAAGUGAUCCCUGCUAUUCAGACCAUACUCAGGAAAUGCUACUCAAUCCACACUCAGUAACUGCUAUUCAGACCACACUCAGGAAAUGCUACUCAAUCCACACUCAGUAACUGCUAUUCAGACCAUACUCAGGAAAUGCUACUCAAUCCACACUCAGUAACUGCUAUUCAGACCACACUCAGGAAAUGCUACUCAAUCCACACUCAGUAACUGCUAUUCAGACCACACUCAGGAAAUACUACUCAAUCCACACUCAGUAACUGCUACUCAGACCACACUCAGGAAAUGCUACUCAAUCCACACUCAGUAACUGCUAUUCAGACCAUACUCAGGAAAUGCUACUCAAUCCACACUCGGUAACUGCUAUUCAGACCAUACUCAGGAAAUGCUACUCAAUCCACACUCAGUAACUGCUAUUCAGACCACACUCAGGAAAUUCUACUCAAUCCACACUCAGUAACUGCUACUCAGACCACACUCAGGAAAUGCUUCUCAAUCCACACUCAGUAACUGCUAUUCAGACCACACUCGGGAACUGUACUCAGGCCACACUGAGGAAGUGCUACUUGGACCACACUCAGGAAUCGCUACUUGGGCCACACUUAGAAACUGCUACUCAGACCACACUCAGGAAAUGCUACUCAAUCCACACUCAGUAACUGCUAUUCAGACCACACUCAGGAAAUACUACUCAAUCCACACUCAGUAACUGCUAGUCAGACCAUACUCAGGAAAUACUACUCAAUCCACACUCAGUAACUGCUAGUCAGACCACACUCAGGAAAUGCUACUCAAUCCACACUCAGUAACUGCUAGUCAGACCAUACUCAGGAAAUGCUACUCAAUCCACACUCAGUAACUGCUAGUCAGACCACACUCGGGAACUGUACUCAGGCCACACUGAGGAAGUGCUACUUGGACCACACUCAGGAAUCGCUGCUUGGGCCACACUUAGAAACUGCUAUUCAGACCAUACUUAGGAAAUGCUACUCAAUCCACACUCAAGAACUGCUAUUCAGACCAUACUCAGGGAAUGCUACUCAAUCCACACUCAGUAACUGCUAUUCAGACCAUACUCAGGGAAUGCUACUCAAUCCACACUCAGGAACUGCUAUUCAGACCACACUCAGAAACUGCUACUCAGGUCACACUCAGGAACUGCUACUCGGGCCUCACUUAGAAACUGCUACUCAGACCACAAUCAGGAAGUGCAACUCAGAUCACACUCAGUAAUUUCUUUUUAAACCACACUCAGAAACUGCUACUCAGAACAUACUCAGGAACUGCUAAUUAGACCACACUCAGGAAGUGCUGCUGAAUGAUUCAAGCAAAACAUUUGUAUGUGCUCAUCCUAAAAUAAUUAAAACCAAAGAAAAGACUUUGUUGUGGGAUUGCUUUUUGUUUUAGUAUUAGGUGUCACUGAGUGAGUGAGAUAAAGGGUUAAGUUGUUGAGGUGGUACUUAGUGCCAGGAGUGAGACAGCACUGUUUAUAAGAACGGUGUGAGGUUCAGCCUAUAAAAGGCAAUGCAAGCCUCUGUCACGUAGAAGGGAAUGUAAACACAUUAUAUACAUCUGAGGAUACUGACCUUCCUAAUAAAAUAACCGAGGAUCUGCCAUUAAUAGGGACUGCAAUCAUUGCGUCAAUAUCCGAAGAGGACCUCAGCAGAAAUGCUUAAAAAAGCACAACGUAAAACACACCUUUUAAUACAUUGCAUUUACUUCUAUCCAAAUCUGAAAGUACAUUCUUUCAGUUUUUUCAGAGUGAUUGCAAUUCUAUGGAUAAUAAUAUGCCGUGCCAAGAAAAUCACCCCAUCUGUAUUAAAGCACUAUUUUCAUGCAGAGUACGCCAACCAAGUCCAUGCACCAGUUACUUAGAGGCGCAACAGAGAUCCAACAGCAUUGAUUGAAACCCUGCGUUGGCCAAAUACUCUGCUUUUAGUAAAAACAAGAAGUGCCUUAGAUAAAAGCUCAGCUUGACCAACACAUUUCACUAGUUAAAGAAAGUGACCGGGGCAGCAUUUCUGUUACCGUCAGGCCAAAUUUACAUGGCAGGCAUCAAAAAGGCACAGAAUUAAAUAAAGUCGUUCAUCUGCACAUACACUACAAAGAUAUUUUUAUGUUGUGCGUCCAGCAAAUGCGUCUCACUAUAACAUGUCAGGAGGAAAUUACCCACUUUCAUGAAUUAUUUUUCUCUGAAGUGAACAAAGAAAUUAUUGGAUGGUUUUGGCAAUGAAAGGGUGAUAGUCCAUUGUUGGGCUUCCAUAGUGAUAGUACCUCUUUCUCUGUCCUUUACGUCGUCCAGUGUCCCAAUAGACUACCAUGUGUUCUACAAGACCAAAUCUCUUGCAAUACAGAGCUGUCUCGAAGCAAAGAUCACUGGCGUCUAUGUCAGCCAAAGGGUAAUAUUUGUUCUCUACUGGUGGUCUUGGCCGCUGAUCGUUCAUAGUAAAAUUCCCCAGAUAAGCUCUGUGCUUUUUACUGUAAUUUACGCUAAGUAUGAAGCAUCAAGCUGGGGAGGCAGAACAUUACAGAACACUGGCAAGCCUUCCUCUAUAACCAAUACAAAAUGAUGGUUAAACUAUAAACUUCUGUAAUGCAUUAAUGUAUACAGACUGUUAAAAGACAAAAAACACCUAUCUUGAUUACACAAACAGAGUUAUUCAUUCAAAUUUAAUUUUUAUUUUUUGUGAAUUCUAUAUUUUAGCUCAAAAUAGUCCAGUUGAAAUUCACUUUGAAUCCUGGCAAUCCACUUUUUUUUGUAAAUAACACAGUAUAUGCUUAAUGAUGUGAUGAUAAUGUCUACCAAUGAACACCCAUUACUAUGCUCGCUAUCUCAUAGUCUGUGUUAAAGGCUUCUCGAGAUUUCACAAUAAAUCCCGAGGAGGAAUUCUUUUCUCUUGAUAAAAACUUCUUUUACAUUUUCUUAUUUUCUAAAAUUACUUAGAACUAAGUUGCCUUUAAUCCCAGGGCAGCAAACUGUACAUGAUAUUUUUGGUGUGGGUCUAUUGCGUACACACUAUAUACUAAUUUAGCACCUGAUGUUGGAUACAUUAUUUGCUGGUACGCAAUAUUUUGUCUUCUACUUAGUCAACUUGGCUGCCAGUCAGUUUAGGAGGUUCAGACCUGUUUAUAAAAAGCUAUUUCUGUAGAUGUUCUUUUUAUAUAAACAAUGUAAAAUGUUUUAAGAAAGCACUGUUCUUUUGUUUAAAUGAACUGUUCAUUCUGGGCAAUUUUUGAAUGUGAACUGUCUGCACAGGUGUUCAUUUUGGAGGAAGGGGUAAUGGGUCAUGGUAAUAAGCUGUGCUGGGUCUAAGCGUCCCUUCCAUGACAGGUCCAAGAAAACCUUUUAAAGUGCUGAUAAGUUGUGCUCCCUCUAAUUACGGCUUAACCAACAGUGGCCAGAUUAUAAAAUAACAAUAUAUGUGCGUUAUUUUGUCAUUGUGUAAUCCAUGCACAGAUGGCAACUAGUUUAAAGACAACUAGCCCAUUAAAAAGAAUAGAUGUACUAAAGACUUAGUGGCAAAUGCAUCUAUUGUGGUUACUGGCAACGAGAAAUUAUCUUUCUGUUGUAUUAAAGGAGAUAUUUAAAAUGAAUAUAUAAACAAUCAAAUCAGUUUCACUUAAAACAAAGGAUCAAUAUUAGCAAAAUUAGAAAAAAAGACAUGGCAGAUGGGUAAACUUGUUAAACCUAUAAACCACCACUUUAACUGCCCGGAAUAAGCCUAAACACAGCAGCCACAAUUCUUCAGUAAAAAUAAACCAUCAUAACUUUGCCAGAAGCAUAUCUCUCUAGGAAAUCGUUUUAUAAGGCAUCGGGCAGAGUGCGCUGAUUACCAAACACUGCAACAUGUAAUGUGUCUAAUUAAUGUAUCCCUGAUAUUUAAAUCAAAUAGCAAUAUAAAAAGAACAAAAAUAACACAAAUAUAUUUUGUAAUGGGCUGCCAGUCUGUGGAUCUUGACAUGACAGUUCAUUCCAAAUGCCUCAUACUCAAAUUAAUGUAGUUAAUGUAAACAAUGAAGGACUGUAUUAACCAUUGUGCUACAUUUUACAUAAUGCUACUGAUUUAUUUGGUAAGGCAAGAAGAUGUGACCCAGCUGCGGCAGAGUAGACAAUGAGUCUACUAGGUUCUAUGUCCACCACUAUAGGACUUACAAGGUGGGCACAAUAGAGAAUGAGGACUUUUCGGGACAAUUUCCUUUGCCAAUUCAAAUCAGGGAGCCUGCUUCAACCUAUCAGUAUUCCACUGCAUGUUCACCAAGCUCAGAGGAUUUCCUCUGGGAGACUAUUAUUGGACUGUAAAAACUACAGAUAUCAGUUAGUAUCGAUGGGGAGCCCAACUUCAGAGCAUAUAUAUAGAAGGGAAAUGGACAUUCUCUGCAGUGAGCACUCCUUCCAAUAUCCUAGAGCGUCUUGCAUUACUGAAAGCCCUGAAACAUUUUUAACAACAACUUCACCACAAAUGGGUAAAGAUCAGAACAGACAAUGCCACCUUCGUAGCAUAUAUCAACCAUCAAGGAGCAACUCGAAGUCGCAGAAUGAUGAAAUUAAUGAGACCACUUAUGUCCUGGGCACAACUACACCUGGCAGUUUUGACAGCCAUUCAUCUUCCAGGAGUACAAAAUUAUGUUUCAGACUUCCUCAGCAGAGUUAAAAUAGAUCCAGGAGAAUGGAGUUUACCAAACAAGAUAUUCCAAAUGAUAGUGAAAAAAUAAGGGCUUCUUCAAGUAGACUUAAAUAGCAACAAGCAACAACAGGAAGGUGAGCGGGUUCUUCUCCAAAAGUCUCGACCCACAAACUGUAGGAAGAGACACACUAUCAUGAUGUCAGCUUGAUAAAGGCCUCUAGGUAGGCUGAAACAUUGCACUUUUUGUUCCAAUAAACCUGCGUUCCUGCAGCAAUCCUGUAUGCCUGGACCUAAUUUAUUUGAUCUACUAAACUGGGUUUUGACAACCUUGGCCCUGAUAAGCACCUGGAUUCCUUAGUGUGAAUAUGGUAUCCUCCAUUUGUGAAUUACUAAGAAUUUAUUUAACCCCUUUGGUCACAGAUCUUCUUCAUGGUGUAUUUCUCAAAGAUUAUUUACCAUAUCUAAUGGUGUCAGGAGAGGUCUUCAUGCUUGUAAAGCAGCCAUCAAAAGAUGGAUCAUGUCAGCCAUCAUCCAGGCUUACAAAGCCUCAGGAGUUUUGAUUCCUGAAGGAUUUAAAGCUCACACUACACCAGUGAUGGCAUGAUCCCAUGAUGCUCAGCUAGCUUUUAGACUAGAGUAGAGUAGGGUUAGGAGUAGGGUUAGGGUUAGAUUCCUGUCAUCAUUCCCUUAAUUUCCCUCCCUCUCCUGUUUUGCCACUUUUCAGAAAUCCAAAGCACUUCGGCACUUCCGAAAUUUGGCACUUCGGCAAAUUUCGGACAGUCUGAAGCAUCCAAAUAUCCGAAUUGCCGAAAUUCAUCCGAUUUAAAUUUGGCCAAAACGAAUUACACAUGUCUAGUUUUAGGCAUUCGUGGCUACUUGCAGCUUUAUUCACUUAUUUCUAUGCCUCUGUACUAGGUAUUAGGCAUUCCUGGCUAUUCACCACUUUAUUAACUUAUAUGCUGAUAAAUUAUGUUUUAGGCAUUCGUGGCUACUCGACACUUUAUUAACUUAACUUAUUUUAUGUUUCUGUACUUGGUUUUGGUAAGUUAUUAUUUAUUGAAAGAAGACAUUUUACCUCUUUUUCUGUAUCUAUUAUUUUUUGUUUUAGUAUUUAUUUUUUAGCAGAGAUUUGCUUUCCCAAGGAUUAAAAAGCAAUAUUUUGCAGUUAUGGAUUCAGAUCCCUCAGCUCACACUCUAAGAGACAUAGGUAAGGUUCACCAAACAAAAGAGUGCCUAAGGGAAAUCUCCUUAAAGGAUCGUUUGUGAGGCAAAUGAUAAGAGAGCAUUGUAAAAAAAGUCUCUGCAAAGAUUAUCUAAAAGUGGCUACAAGCCCAUUUGCCCUUGUGUCAUAUUUUAUGCAAUAUCAAACAGGAGGUAUCUCAAGGCAUACAUAAUUAUUGGAUGUUAUUAAUUAAGAUUUGGGGUACCUAUCUGACAACCCAGGCAGAAAGUCCAGAGAAUUUAAUUUGCAAGCCCUAUAUUUAAAUUUGUAGCGUUCCAUAAAACCUGACAUGAGAGGUACUGUUGUACUUGCGAGGCUUUGCUGAACACGGAUAUGAGUGUUUUAAAACAUUAAAACCUACAAUUGCAAUGAUAUCAUCAGUGAAAGUACAGAUUUUGUGUGAAAAUAAAAAUAUGAACACUAACUUUGGCCAGGGUUUGUGACUAAGUGGCUACUAAAAAAGACUGGACAGACCCCAUACAGUUAUACUCAGACAUAGCUGAACAAAAAUAUGUGGACUUCAUUGCAGUAAAAGCCAGCAGUACUAUAAAGUUCACAGUUAGAAUGCCAUGCAGAACUUGGAAAAUAAAAAAGUCUUAAUUUCUCACGUUUCUAGAUUUCAUUCAUAUUGAAUUAGGUUUUAUAUAUACAUAUUUGAUGUGAAAUAAUAAUCCCUGUUUCUCCUGAACAAAUUGUAAAAACAUGAUAUACAAUAAGUGUGGAUGCAGUUACUAUGAAAUAGGUAAAUUAUAGUUGAACAGAUAUAUAGCUCAAAUUCCAGGUUUUGUUUUAAUCAGAACUUGUACAAUUGCCUCUGUCAUUAAUGGGUUAAUUAUUUUGGAUUAGCUUUUUAAAUGAUCACAAUAUGUUACAAAAACUUUCUAAAAUUAUUUAUCUAUGGAAAUCACUGUUAAAGUUAGUAGGAAUGUUUAUAGAUAAAUAAUUUGAAAAGUUUUUCUAACAGAUUGUGCUUAUUUGAAGAGUUUAUCCAAAAUAAUUAAAGGAUUUAAUAUUACGAAACAUAUUUUAAUAUCUUUUAUUUUUUUGAAUAUAUUUAUAUAUUUUUGGAUAUUAAAUAUUUAAAAAAAAAAGAUUUUUUGAAACGUUUUUUCCAAAAAUAUUAAAUCAUGUGAAAGGCUUAUGGAGCAAUAUUAAAUCGAGGCCUAAAUAUUCACAUCAGACAGUACAGAGUCAGUGCUAUAUUUAUCACUCUUCCGAAAUGGCUACACAUUAAUAAAAAAAAUGUAAGAUCUUUUGAGUGGGGCCUUCUUCUUCACUGUUUCUGGAUAUUUUAACGUUUUUGUCAUAAUUACUUUCUUAGAUGCAUUUUUAAACCGCUGUACAGUGCUACAUAAUUUGGUGAAAAAUGUUUGAAUUAUAAAAAUUAUAAUGUUUUUUAAAUAGGAAAAAUAAAGCAGGUGGGAUUGAUGGAGUCACUGUGAAAUAUUUGAGCAGGAAUUCAACGUUCACAGAUGCUGCCCUGAAGAGUCAGCCAGGAAGCAAUAUGUGUUUGGGGACUAUUUAACGGCAAAAGCAACUAAGGGUCGUGGGAGGAAUUCUCAGCUUCUGGCCAAAGUCUGCUUCCCAUAUCCCAGCAUGAACCCUAAUAAUGAGCCCUGGGGAUUACCGCGAAAACCAGAUACUCAAUUCUAACAUCAGAUGACAUCAUCAGAAAAACAGAUUGAUUAUCGUUAACACUUUGAAUUUCAAGGUAACCCAGUAUACAGAGCUGCACAAUAUUCCUGCAUCUUCUCAAUAAGCUUCCAUGGGAUUUUAACCCCGUUAAGGACCAAACUUCUGGAAUAAAAGGGAAUCAUGACAUGUCACACAUGUCAUGUGUAGAGAUGUCGCGAACCGUCCGCGAACUUCUUGCGAACAGUUUGCCGCGGUUUGCCGCGAACUGUUCGUGGCGAACUCCUGUCAGCUGACACAUCCCGGCCAAUCUCCAGCAGACCCUCCCUCCCAGACCCUCCUACUUCCUGGACAGCAUCCAUGUUGAAGCUGCCUUCAACAUGGAUGCUGUCCAGGAAGUAGGAGGGUCUGGGAGGGAGGGUCUGUUGGAGAUUGGCCGGGAUGUGUCAGCUGACCGGAGUUCACCGCGAACAGUUCGUGGCAAACCGCGGCGAACUGUUCGCGAGAAGUUCGCGGACGGUUCGCGACAUCUCUAGUCUGCUUUAAGGGGUUAAAGCAGUUCAUACAAAUAUCCAGUCUGAUUUAGCAGUGAAUAGACAGAAGUACCAAUUUUAGAAAUGUCCUUCUUUUGAGAAAGUUGAAGAAGAUUCUUAUUAUACAGAAAAAUCAAAACAAAUGAAAGUCCAAUUUUAAAGUGCAUGCUUGUAGGUCAUGUCAAUUGCACCAACUUAAAGGACCACUAUAGUGCCAGGAAAACAUAAUCGUUUUCUCUGAAACUGCUAUGUUUACAGCAGAAAGGGUUAAUCCUAGAUGGACCUGGCACCCAGACCACUUCAUUAAGCUGAAGUGGUCUGGGUGCCUAUAGUGGUCCUUUAAGCACGUAUAAUUUAGAAAAACCGCACCUCAGAGGGCAUUGAUAGCAUUGUACAAAUAUAGUUUAGAAAUAUGCGACCCCAAAUAUAUUUAGGGUCAAUACAAACCAUUUUCUGGAAAUCUAUUCAUAAGCAGGACUACACAUAAUGCGGUCACACAUUUAGCCUGGAAGAAAGGAGAUUUAGUCUAAAGCAAAGGAAAAUACUUUUAUAGUAAGAAAGUGGUUUUAUCAGAGUCUGUACAGAUGUUUAACCAGCAACUGGAUGGAUUUUUGCAAAAACAUAAUACUGAGUGAUAUAAUUUGUAAUUAUAUGCAAAUUCUUUAAUAUCCAUGUCUAUUUGGUAGCAGAAUCCAUAAAAUCUGUAGAGACGAAUGGUGGGCUUGUAGUUAGGGAAUCUUACACUUUAUUGAAUGAAAGCCAAAGGUGCCUCCAAAAUUGUAAAAAUCAUAGAUAACAAUGAGGAAAAAAACAAAAAUAACAAAAUGUAACCUAAAGUAAAAAUGUUACUGUCUGCUAAAGGCAAUCUGGAUAAUCUGAUAUAUACCAGGAAUAUGCAGGUUCGGUUUAGAGAAAUUUAUUGCCCAAAUACCAUGUAAAGUGUUGAAAUUCCAACAUUUACCGGACACCAAAUAUUAAAUCAUAUCAAAUAUUUACUUCACCUGAUUAUUUUUUUUUAACAAACCCAGACUUGUUUCAUUAAAAAAAAUUCCAAUUCAUAUAUUAUGUCCGAAAUGCAGAAUUUAUUAAAUACCCACAUCAGUACUAAAUGUAACUACAUUUACCAAUUCAUCUACCGUGUUACAGUUACUUAGAAUUCAUUGUUAAAUAAAGUGCAAGGUGUUCCCCCUUUAUUUUAUUUUAGCAUUUCUAAUCACUUACUAAACAUGAGUCAAGUAAUUAAAUAAAUUAAGCCCUGUGCUCAAACACCCACUACUCUUGGGUGACUAUAAUAUUCAUCAACCCAAACACAUAAUAUGCUGUUCAUGAAAGGGAUAAUUGACAGGUAUUCAAAAUGAACUUGCCAUGAAUUAAACUUUUAGACGGAAAUAGCUAAAACCAGAAGCAUACAUGAUUUGUAGGAUUUUUCCAAUUCAUCUGUUUUGCCCUUAAAUUUGAAAUUCACUUGAAAUUAACUCUUAGUUAACACUUGUAUGUGCUAUCCCAAAUCUCUAUGCAUAUUUAAAUAACUAGAGGUUUUUAGAACGGCUACAAUUGUAAGCUCACCUGCUCACGCCAGACCUCUUGGGUGAGUUCUACAUUAAUAAUUCACUUUGCAGCUUUCAGCUAAAAGGAAAAUAUCUCAUGAGACAGAAAGUAAUGUUUUUAUUAACCUCUACCUGCCUUGACGUGGCAGGUGAGCUUACAAUUUAAUGGCCAUUUUAGUGGUACUAAAAACCUUUAUUAUUUAAAUUUGAGGAGGGAUUUGGGAUAAUAACUUUUUUGUGUGGUCUAUAACAGGACUAAUAUAUUUCCAGAAUUAAAAUAAAUUCUAAUUACUGAUUAAAUGAUAUGUUGCUCUCUUGUGGCUCCCAUACAGAAUAAUCAGAGCUGUUAACAACUUCUUAGCAAUUGACUUAAAGCAGCUUUAUUACUAGUUAGCGGUGACAUUUUAGCCAGUAAACAGCUUAAUACUUGCAGCGUCAGGCAUUUCAGCAUGUAGCGGCUAGCCAGUUGUAUAGUAGCGACAAUUUUGGAAACAUAUCCUUAAUCUUUAUAGAGGCCAUACUAGGAAUAUAUUACCCUUCCUGUAUUACCCCUAGCCUUCACUGCUCCCACUGGAAGGCUAUUCUGGGUAUCUACUACCCUUUCUAUAUCACUGUUACUGCAACCGCUGGAAGGCUAUUCCAGGUAUCUACUACCCUUUCUGUAUCACUGUUACUGCUCCCACUGUAAGUCUAUUCUGGGUAUCUACUACCGUUUCUAUAUCACUGUUACUGCUCCCACUGGAAGGCUAUUCCAGGUAUCUACUACCCUUUCUAUAUCACUGUUACUGCUCCCACUGGAAGGCUAUUCCAGGUAUCUACUACCCUUUCUAUAUCACUGUUAGCCUUUACUGCUUCCACUGGAAGGCUAUGCCAGGUAUCUACUACCCUUUCUAUAUCACUGUUAGCCUUUACUGCCUCCACUGGAAGGAUAUUCCAGGUAUCUACUACCUUCCCCGUAUUACUCUUAGCCUUUGCUGCCUUUACUGGAAGGCUAUUAUAGGUAUUAAGUAUACAGUGACCUAGUUAGUACCACAAAGAUGAGAGUUAGUGUUUGGGAUGUUCCCAUUGUGUGAUUUACCAUGCUUCUGGGUCAUGGUUUUAUGGGAUCUCAGUUCUCAAUUAACAAUGUAUAUAAUGGACAAUACCCAAAACCGAAGAAGACAUAAUCCAAUGACACAAGGAGAAUGACUUUGAUGAGAUAACGAGGAUUGUGAUGAAAAUACGUUCUGGUGACUUUUCAGCAUCUUAACAAUGCUCUCCUCAGACUCGUUGGGUGGAGAUGACAGAUCCUACCUGAGCCCUUUCAGCUGCAGAAUAAGGGUCAGAUUGUACCUUUGUCUGCCUUUAUUAUUAGAGAAUGAAUGAAAUCGAGGAAGGUCUUUUUCCCUUUCUGGAUAAUAUUUCCUGCUCAAGAGCAACAGAUUUUCUGUAGGAUUUAAGUUCCAUCAAUGGAAGAAUGGAUACAUAUAUCUGUAUAUGUAUUUAUAGGCUGAAUUCAUUGGGCCCAUUAAGGCUUCCUGCAAAGGGCUUUAUUAAAUCGGGUCCAUAAACUGGAUAACUACCCGAUGGAAAAGUGAAGACCACAGAACUUUCAGGGUUCUUUGGAAACAAAUGAUACCUGCUGAGGAUCCCUCUGAAGAUUCUAGGUGGGACAGACCCCAAACAUGAUUAGUAGCCCGCUGAGCACUCCCCCACCCCACGUGCAGGGUGGUUUAGGGUAUAAAACAUGACAGGUUUGCGAACCUCUUGUUCACAUGCUCUUAACAAUGGGAAAUGGGAGAAAGUACAUUAGUAGAACACGAAAAUAAUCUCUGAAUAAAUAACUGUUGACAAUAAACUCUAUAGUAGAUUUUCACUUAUCCAUUUUUUGGUUAUUUUUUUACUUUCUCCUCUAAAAUUUUGUCGCUAAUUAAGUUCCGUUCCUUUUUUUCUGGCCCCUUUCUGUGCUCUAAGAAUGUUGCUGAUCCGAGACAAGUGCUGAAAAACUGAGAACAGACUGUUAGCCAGCAGUAAAGACCCACAGAGCCAAGAGGGUCCAAACUGGGAGACCCAAGUUUAGCAUUUUCAUAACUACAGCUCCUAUGAUGCUGAGUCAGGAUAAAUGACGUGGCGUUGGAGGCUUAUAUUGAUAUACAGAAAUUGCAUUCUUCCUUUUUCCAAGGUGAUACCGUAUUUCAGGAACAUUGCUUUGUACAACGAUCCUGUUCCCUUUUGCUUCAUGCUCCAUUUUUGGCCCUAUCCUUUUUUUUAGGUAUCUGGUUUUCCUUCUCCCUUUUCCUCCUCCCUUUUCUUUGAUAACACAGCUUUGUAUCACUGGCUAAGGGCUAAAUGCUUUCAGCCUCUUUUCUCAUGAUGCUGAUGGACAUGUUUGACUCCUGAGUGCAGCUGGAUGAAAACCAAAAGGGGGAUUCUGUGCUCCCUAAAAUGAACUCCUUGGUAGUGGCUGGAUUGCUAAUCUCCCCACUGUACUAACCUAUCCAAUAUCCACUUAGGCUUUCUAAACAAAGAUGACCUAUAUGGUCAUGGUCCAUAUUGUAUAGCGUAAGGAACGGGCGAGAUUAAAGGAGUUAAAAGAUAGGAACUGAACCCAAUUUCAGCUAUAUUCAUAUGCUUUGACAUUUUGCCUUAAUAGAAACAGUUUGCCAACUUUUAGACAUCCCCAAGGAGAAAUUCUUUAUAAGAACCGCAAUUUGUUCAUAAAACCACAAAGUUGCUGAAAUAUGAAAUAAAGGGAGUGAAAUCUCUUUCACACAGUGAAUGACCCACUCGGUGCUGAAAUAUGCUUCCCCAUACCCCUUAACAAACUUAGCUAGAUAUGCAAAGGGUGAAGGGUUAUUCAGACUAAGAUUUGCAAUCACCCGGUGAAAUCACACUUUAGUAAAUCACACCAAUUUGUUUUUGUUUUUUUAUAUAAAUGUUUUAAUAUGUUUAUAGAAUAGACAUAAUUACAAAUACAGUAAGUAUCAAAAUGGUCGUUACCUCCAGAGAAGCAAAGACUUUAUAUCGUGACUAAGAAAAGCUGCAGAAGCCUCAUGCUGAUCCUGCCAGCCAUUCAUUGGCUCUCAGAGCAAUACACACAGAAUGCCUGUUCCAGGAUGGCUAAUCACACCUCUGGCAUGUAGACCUCCAGAUUUCACACUGGAACACUGCUCAUACAGACUCCGAGCACCAUGACCCCUUUAUAUGACUAUGACAGUAACCCUUUAAAUAAUUGGCAUUGUUCUAUGUCAUUUUUCUCUGGUUGUUUUUGUUUGGGGUCAUGUGGCCUCCCACUGGUAACCACAAUAAAUCUCAAAGUUAUCCUUCAGUAUGAGCUCCCUAGCAAACAAAACCAUAAAAUGAAAUAAAGCCAAUAAUAUGCAUAAUUUUCCAUUUCUCGGUCAAUCAUCUGAAAACUGUUGGUUUGUUUGUCGCCACUUGCUGUGAUUACAUCAAAAGUUUUGUUUCCAGAGCUGCACCUAUUUCUCUUUCUAAUUAGGAGAAUUUCAGAGGGACGGAGGGCUUGUCUGCAGCAGUGUUGCGUGAAAGAAAAUGAAUGAAUAGUGCUUACAGGAAACAUUUCGUUGCUUUACAUUAUUGAACUCUGAUGCAGUCUCUUUUUUGAGUUUUGCUUGGUUUUCUUACGUUGCUACAAAGGGGUUAAAAGUUUAGUAUGUGCUGGUGCCCACAGCUAAUAAGGAGCUCGCUAAUUAAAACGACGGCUGCUGUUUAAUUAAGCAGCAAUUCCCUUAUGAUGCAAAUCAGAAGAUCUUGUUUAUGGUCCAAACUGGGUGUCAUUAGCCUGCCCCUGGACGAAAAGCCCAGGGCUACGUGAAAUUCUUAAUGGCCUAUUCUAUUGUCGGAAGGAUGUUAAAAGUGCUUACAUUUAAAAAGUAGAAAUUCUGCAUUUUAAUUUUGCCCAGAUGAUAGAUUUGAUGUUCCUGCCAGGGAUUAGAAAAGAGAAACUAAUUAAAAUUAAUGUUAAUAAUGACAUGAUAAAAUUCACACAUUGCUUAAUAUGUAUGUAUGUCCUGCAGAUUGCUGAUCAUCAAUCAACAUUUUCUAUAAACAUGAAUUCAGUCAUUUAAAAUGUGUCUAGAUUUGUCUUAUCCUGAUUCCAAUAGGUCUUUAACACUGAUUGCCUGUUAACCAAGUUUUAGAGAAUUGUCAAAAAACAUCCCACAGGCUUCUCACAAAUCAUUAAAAAAAAAAUUUCUUAACAACAAAUUAUUAAAUAAAAGACGUGGCGUCAAUGCACAGUGGCCUUCGUUUUUCCAAACCGUGUGACAUGAUAACAGGGCAAGCACGAAUAAUUGCAUUAUCAUUUUUAUCUUAUUUUGACACGUCUUUUUGACUAGGGAGCACGAUUCUACAUGUUCGAGGCUGACUGUGCUUUCGAUGGGCAGUUCCUUUCGUUUCUUUAGAUCUAGGCCUGAAGACUUUACACACAUUUGCCUGAGUGAAGACAAUGAGAUCAGUUCACCCAACGGGGUUCAGCUAGCAUUACAGACCUUAGUUCAUUUAGCUUUCUCUAUCUCCUAACAAACACUGAACUCUGGGAUUUUAAUCUAUUAUUCAGUUCAUAUUCUAUUGGGAAAAGCAAAAGAUUAAACUUAAUUGUGAAGAAAUUCAAUUAAUAUCUAGGACAAUAUUUUCACCACAAUGACAUUGAUCUUCUCCAAAUAUAUACAUCUAUUCUAUAAACAAUCUUCUUCACUUCCAGCAGAUGAAAUGAUAAAAGACAUUCAUAUCGUACUAAUUAUUUGCCUGGCUACGAACCAAGUCAAGCAUCAAUGAGCAUAUAAUGCAGCAUUUGCCAAAACGGUGUUUAUUUUAUUCUUAGCCUGAGGAUUCCUCCAACAGGAAAAUCCCACAACAGACGGAGCUGUUUGUUUAGCUGCGUGCAAACUCCAUUCACACACAUUGUCUCCAUUCACACACAUUGCCUCCAUACAAAACAUGGUCGGGAUACCUGGUGCUUACUGUUUCCAUGGAGACACUAUUACACACUCUUGUUCAGAAUGUCUACGGAACAUUGCAAAAUUGUAACAUAAAUAGUUUCCUUCAAGUAGAAGAAAGUGGUUGAUGUUCAAAGCUGGAAUGUUUACGGCCAUGCUAGGGUCAGAUAAUACCCCCCUCACCCUCCGAGACAGAACAAGAUUAUACAUACAGUAAUGUGCAUACCGUGGGCGAGAUUCCCAUCCCUUACCACCUGAAAUGUUGGGGGUCACCCAUUAUGCCUCUAAUCAAUGCAGCUCAGAUGGCCAAUAUUGAUAACUGGACCAGGAGAGUCAUUUAAAUUUUUGUUGUUUGGGAUAAAGGUUGGUGAGAUAGCUAAGUGGGCUAAUGCAUCAUCAGUAGAAUCUAUCUCACCUACCUUUAUCCCAAACAACAAAAAUGUAAAUGUCUCUUUAGGUCCAGUUAUCACAAGUGGACAUCCCUUGGGUUGCAUGUUCAAAUCCUGGCAGGGUUGACUCAGCACUUCAUCCUUCUGAGGUAGAUAAAAUGAGUACCAUUAAAUUGGAUAAUAGUAACAACCCCUGGAUGUUGGGCAAAGGUAACAUCUCCAGGAUGUACUUGAAAACCAGAUUAAUCCAAAUGUACCUUUCCUGGUUAAAUAUUUUAUAAUUCUUUUCUUGUUUUGGGGAUUUGCAGUAUUGGGAUACUCUAAGGCGGGCAUAGGCAACCUUCAGCACUCCAGAUGUUUUGGACUACACCUCCCAUGAUGCUUUGCUAGCAUUUUGGGUGUGAGAGCAUUAUGGGGGAUGUAGUCCACAACAUCUGGAGUGCCGAAGGUUGCCUAUCCCUGCUCUAAGGGGAUCCACAAUCCUUCCCCGUAUGGGCCACUGAAACUUUGCGCAGCUUUGUGCUCUUCACGUUAAAACGCUACUCUACUGCCAUAAAAAGAUCAGGUUGCAUGUAUCUAUCGAGCUGCUGUAUGUUUAAAGCUGUUCUGGAAUCGAGUAACUGGGGUCGAAGCUCUUAAAUGUAGUCUCUGGAGUUAUCCUCUCCUAAUGUAUUUUAUAUCCCACCUCCUAUAGACUGUAAGCUUGUUUGAGCAGGGUCCUCUUCAAUCUAUCGUUCCUGUAAGUUUUCUUGUAAUUGUCCUAUUUAUAGUUACAUCCCCCCUCUCAUAAUACUGUAAAGCGCUAUGGAAUCUGUUGGCGCUAUAUAAAUGGCAAUAAUAAUAAUACUAAUGACUAUAGAUGGAGCUCUGUGUACUAGUGCUGGGAGUUAGUGACAAUAGAUGGAGCUCUGCGUCCUAGCGAUGGGAGUUAGUGACUAUAGCUGGAGCUCUGUCUCCUAGUGCUGGGAGUUAGUGCCUAUAGCUGGAGCUCUGUGUCCUAGUGAUGGGAGUUAGUGACUAUAGAUGGAGUUCUGUGUCCGAGUACUCGGAGUUAGUGACUAUAGAUGGAGCUCUGUCUCCUAGUAAAGGGAGUUAGUGACUAUAGCUGGAGCUCUGUCUCCUUGUAAUGGGAGUUAGUGCCCAUAGCCGGAGCUCUGUAUCCUACUGAUGGGUGUUAGUGACUAUAGGUGGAGCUCUGUGCCCUAGUGCUGGGAGUUAGUGACUAUAGCUGGAGCUCUGUCUCCUAAUGUUGGGAGUUAGUGCCAAGAGAUGGAGCUCUGUGUCCUAGUGCUGGAAGUUAGUGACUAUAGAUGGAACUCUGUGUCCUAGUGAUGGGAGUUAGUGACUAUAGAUGGAACUCUGUGUCCUAGUGAUGGGAGUUAGUGACUAUAGAUGGAGCUCUGUGCCCUAGUGCUGGGAGUUAGUGACUAUAGCUGGAGCUCUGUCUCCUAGUGAUGGGAGUUAGUGCCCACAGCUGGAGCUCUGUCUCCUAGUAAUGGGAGUUAGUGACUAUAGCUAGAGCUCUGUCCUAGCAAUGGGAGUUAGUGCCCAUAGUUGGAGCUCUGUGUCUUAGUGAUGGGAGUUAGUGCCUAUAGAUGGAGCUAUGUCUCCUAGUGCUGGGAGUUAGUGACUAUAGCUGGAGCUCUGUGUCCUAGUCAUGAGUUAGUGACUAUAGCUGGAGCUCUGUGUCCUAGUGAUGGGAGUUAGUGACUAUAGAUGGAGCUGUGUCCUAGUGAUGGGAGUUAGUGACUAUAGAUGAAGCUCUGUUUCCUAGUGAUGGGAGUUAGUGACUAUAGCUGGAGCUCUGUUUCCUAGUGAUGGGAGUUAGUGACUAUAGCUGGAGCUCUGUGUCCUAGUGCUGGGAGUUAGUGCCUAUAAAUGGAGCUCUGUCUCCUAAUGCUCGGAGUUAGUGACUAUAGCUGGAACUCUGUUUCCUAGUGAUGGGAGUUAGUGACUAUAGCUGGAGCUCUGUGUCCUAGUGAUGGGAGUUAGUGACUAUAGCUGGAGCUCUGUUUCCUAGUGAUGGGAGUUAGUGACUAUAGUUGGAGCUCUGUGUCCUAGUGCUGGGAGUUAGUUCCUAUAGCUGGAGCUCUGUGUCCUAGUGCUGGGAGUUAGUUCCUAUAGCUGGAGCUCUGUGUCCUAGUGAUGGGAGUUAGUGACUAUAGAUGGAGCUCUGUGUCCUAGUGCUCGGAGUUAGUGACUAUAGAUGGAGCUCUGUCUCCUAGUGAUGGGAGUUAGUGACUAUAGAUGGAGCUCUGUCUCCUAGUGAUGGGAGUUAGUGACUAUAGAUGGAGCUCUGUGUCCUAGUGAUGGGAGUUAGUGACUAUAGCUGGAGCUCUGUUUCCUAGUGAUGGGAGUUAGUGACUAUAACUGGAGCUCUGUGUUCUAGUGCUGGGAGUUAGUGCCUAUAGAUGGAGCUCUGUGUCCUAGUGAUGGGAGUUAGUGACUAUAGAUGGAGCUCUGUGUCCUAGUGAUGGGAGUUAGUGACUAUAGAUGGAGCUUUGUGUCCUAGUGAUGGGAGUUAGUGACUAUAGGUGGAGCUCUGUCUCCUAGUGCUGGGAGUUAGUGACUAUAGAUGGAGCUCUGUGUCCUAGUGAUGGGAGUUAGUGACUAUAGCUGGAGCUCUGUUUCCUAGUGAUGGGAUUUAGUGACUAUAGCUGGAGCUCUGUUUCCUAGUGAUGGGAGUUAGUGACUAUAGCUGGAGCUCUGUGUCCUAGUGAUGGGAGUUAGUGCCUAUAGAUGGAGCUCUGUCUCCUAGUGAUGGGAGUUAGUGACUAUAGCUGGAGCUCUGUUUCCUAGUGAUGGGAGUUAGUCACUAUAGCUGGAGCUCUGUGUCCUAGUGCUGGGAGUUAGUGACUAUAGAUGGAGCUCUGUGUCCUAGUGCUCGGAGUUAGUGCCUAUAGAUGGAGCUCUGUCUCCUAGUGAUGGGAGUUAGUGCCUAUAGAUGGAGCUCUGUCUCCUAGUGAUGGGAGUUAGUGACUAUAGCUGGAGCUCUGUGUCCUAGUGAUGGGAGUUAGUGCCUAUAGAUGGAGCUCUGUCUCCUAGUGCUAGGAGUUAGUGACUAUAGAUGGAGCUCUGUGUCCUAGUGAUGGGAGUUAGUGACUAUAGCUGGAGCUCUGUCUCCUAGUGCUAGGAGUCAGUGACUAUAGAAGGAGCUCUGUCUCCUAGUGCUAGGAGUUAGUGCCUAUAGAUGGAGCUCUGUCUCCUAGUGCUAGGAGUUAGUGACUAUAGAUGGAGCUCUGUGUCCUAGUGAUGGGAGUUAGUGACUAUAGAUGGAGCUGUGUCCUAGUGAUGGGAGUUAGUGACUAUAGAUGGAGCUCUGUCUCUUAGUGAUGGGAGUUAGUGACUAUAGCUGGAGCUCUGUCUCCUAGUGCUAGGAGUCAGUGACUAUAGAAGGAGCUCUGUCUCCUAGUGCUAGGAGUUAGUGCCUAUAGAUGGAGCUCUGUCUCCUAGUGCUAGGAAUUAGUGACUAUAGAAGGAGCUCUGUCUCCUAGUGCUAGGAAUUAGUGACUAUAGGUCGCGGAGGGCAGGCAACUAUUGGUCAGGGUAGCAAAUACAAACGAAUGACUAUAUUUCGAACACAGAACUAACAGGUCUGAUGAUUAAAAUCAAGCAGAACACAAACUAUAUUGGUUUAUUGUAUAACUUCACUAGUGAGAAGCGACUGUUUGGCUAAUAAUUUCAUUGUUAUUUUUAUACAGCAGAAUGGUGCGUGUGAUGUACUCUGUUGUUGGUUGACUCCCUAUUUCUGUAUAUAUAUAAAUGCACAGCUAGAUGGAACAUUUCCUCAUCUCCAUUGCCACCUUUGAAAAUUGUCAUUUUCUGAAUAGAAUGAUAGAGUCUUAUCUUUCCCUCCGCUCUUUCCCUCUGGUCUCCAAAGCCAUCAUGCUCUGCCUGGCUGGUCAAUACCAGUUACUUCAGCCCUCUCUAGGAAUAUUGCAUUGAGCUUGUAGGACACCAGUCCAUACAUAAUAUCCCUGCUGGGCUAAAAUAGGCCCUCCACACUUUCUCUCUGAUGCAAUUCUCUGCCAUUUUAAUAUGAAGAGUAAUGGGUUAGGCUCUAGCCCACCAGAACUCGUAUGCGUGGCCUUGCAGACCAUGGUGGACAGGGGAUUAUCCUCUACCUGGUCUGAUGGUCUGCUCGAUGUGACUGAACGGGAUGCAAAAUGUAGAAGCGACAAAGUCUUUGCCAGUGUAGCCAAAAAUUCUUGCACCAGUCCCACUGCCUACAACCCGUAAUUAUUAUUAUUAUUUUAUUAUUUAUAUAGCGCCAUCAGAUUCCGUAGCGCUGCAAUACCUCUGGAGGAAAUUGUUGCCCUGCCCUCUUGCCAGCUCUCCUAUGACUACAGGCAGAACUCUUUAACAAGGAGAAUGACUUCUUCAAAGGCCAGUAGAAAUGCAUAUUUUCUUUAUACGUUACUCCAGAAAGUUAUACUUUUAAUUUUUAAUUUUUUUUUAAGUUAACGGCACUAGAAUUAGUUCCCCUGAAGAAAUUUCUUUUUAGAACUGGGAUACUUUCUGCAGUCACCCAAACACAGCAAGUGCUGUCUAAUCCUGUUAUUUAGCUAAUUCAGAGAUGAUGGAGAGUCAGUGAUCUAUUCGUUGCCCUGAGGGUGAGUUUUUUUUCCUUAUUGACUUCAAAGACGUUUUUAGGAUAAAGCAGACCAGCAGCUUCCGCUGUGAGCACACCCUGGAAUGCAGACUAAUGCCUCCAUGUCCUACAAUCUCUGUGAAAAGGAUUUCACUUUAACCGGAUGUUUGAAAACCAAGCUCUGUGUUUGACUGCACUCACACUCAUUACUCACUGUGUGACCACACUCACGCAUGCACUCACACUCAUUACUCACUGUGUGACCACACGCACGCUCAUUACUCACAGUGUGACCACACUCACGCACGCACUCACACUCAUUAUUCAUUGUGUGACCACACUCAUGCACUCACACUCAUUACUCACUGUGUGACCACACUCAUGCAUGCACUCACACUCAUUACUCACUGUGUGACCACACUCAUGCUCUUUACUCACAUGUGACCACACUCAUGCAUGCACUCACACUCAUUACUCAUUGUGUGACCACACUCACGCACGCACUCACACUCAUUACUCACUGUGUGACAACACUCACGCACGCACUCACACUCAUUACUCACUGUGUGACCACAUUCACACUCAUUACUCACAUGUGACCACACUCAUGCAUGCACUCACACUCAUUACUCAUUGUGUGACCACACUCACGCACGCACUCACACUCAUUACUCACUCUGUGACCACACUCACGCACGCACUCACACUCAUUACUCACUGUGUGACCACACUCACACUCAUUACUCACUGUGUGACCACACUCAUGCACGCACUCACACUCAUUACUCACUGUGUGACCACAUUCACACUCAUUACUCAUUGUGUGACCACACUCACUCACGCACUCAUACUCAUUACUCACUGUGUGACCACACUCACGCUCAUUACUCACAGUGUGGCCACACUCACACACGCACUCACACUCAUUACUCAUUGUGUGACCACACUCACGCUCAUUACUCACUGUGUGACCACACUCACACACAAACACAAACACAUUAUUUAUUGUGUGACCACACUCACAAAUGCACUCACACUCAUUUCUCACUGUGUGACCACACUCAUUACUCACUGUGUGACCACACUCAUACACGCACUAACACUCAUUACUCAUUGUGUGACCACACUCAUGCACACACUCACACUCAUUACUCACUGUGUGACCACACUCACACACUCACACAACACAUUAUUUAUUAUGUGACCACACUCACAAAUGCACUCACACUCAUUACUCACUUUGUGACCACACUCACACUCAUUACUCACUCUGUGACCACAUUCACACACAUUGCUCGCUGUGUGACCACACUGACACUCAUUACUCGCUUUGUGACCACACUCACGCACACAUAUUACUCACUGUGUGACCACACUCACACAUGCACUCACACUCACUACUCAUUGUGUUACCACACUCAUGCACACACUCACACUCAUUACUCAUUGUGUGACCACACUCACACUCAUUACUCACUGUGUGACCACACUCACACUCACUCACUUUGUGACCACACUCACACUCAUUACUCACUUUGUGACCACACUCAUGCACACAUAUUACUCACUGUGUGACCACACUCACACACGCACUCACACUCAUUACUCAUUGUGUGACCAUGCACACGCGCACACACACACACACACACACACACACACUACUGGUUCAGUGAAAUUAAUGUAAAGAGGGCCCUGGUGCAUUUUUGGGACCCCUUAAGCACAAGGAUGUUCCACAUCUGUCAUACAACUCUCAUGAUGUUAUGCCAGCUGGGGACCUAUCAUUUUACCAUGCUUGCAGGGUUGUAUUUGUCAGUAGUGUUUGUGAGUAUGAACCAUGUUUUUGUAUGGAGUAAGUGUGUGCAUGGAGGGGUGUAUUUCUAUGUACCGUUGCCAUUGGAACACAAUGGUGUACUUUUAUGUAAUGUUAGCUUUUGAAUGCAAGGUUUUUGUAUUUAGUGUUAGCUUUUAAAUGCCGGUAUACAUUUAUGUGCAGCAUUUGUGUUUGAAUCAGGGGAUUUGUUUGUAUAUACUUUUGGCGUUUGACUGCAGGGGUGUGCAUGUAUGCAAUGUUUGCUUUUGAUUGCAAGGGAGUGUUUGCAUGUAGGGAUUACUUUUUAUUGUUGAGCUGUAUGCACAUAUACACAAACAUAUUUAGACACACACAAAUACACACAGUGACGCAUACACACACUCAGAAAUACACACAUAUAUAUAUACACAAUGACACAUACACUCACACAGACACACACUGCCACAUACACACAUACUAACACACAGAUACACACACAUAAACACAUACAUACAGACACAUACACACACAUAUUAACACGCUGAAACGUACACACUCAGAAAUACACACAUAUAUAUAUAUAUAUACACACUGACACAUACACUCACACAGACACACACUGCCACAUACAUACAUACUAACACACAGAUACACACACAUAUUAACACGCUGACACGUACACACACAGAUACACACAUAUGUUAAAUUUUAUAUUUUCAGCUGUCUGAUGGGAGUGUGGGGCUGGCUGGAGCAUUUCUCCUUGCUUCUGUCCCACCAUGCUGCCUGGGCCUCUUACUCUCCUCUCAACAUGGCUCUUUCUGUAGCUGGGAGGAAAGCUCGGUUGCGCUAUUAAAGGGCACAAUCAGACCCCUUUUCAGCAGUACCCAUAGAGGGCCUUAGGUGCAUGGGACACCUGAUAGACCCCCUUAGAGUAGGGGCCCCAGUGCAGCUGCUGUACGCACUGUGUUACCACACUUACACACACAUAUUGUACCGCUGGAUCUAUGCAGUCGGCAUGCCGAUGGUGCAGAAUGGCUCUCGAUCAGGGUCCUGGGGGAUGCCUGCCAAGUUGAGGGAAAGCCAAACUGUGUGAUUAAAGGUCUACAGUACAAUUGUCAUUGUUUCUUCACAGAUGUAUUAAAGGUAUUGCAAAUAUAUUAAUUGGUUUUAGUGCUGUGGAGCUCUGUGACUUACAAUAUUGUAAGUGUUAAUACAGUGGAGCUCUGAGAUGCACUCAUACACUGUAUUUCUGUAAAGCUCUGUGAUACAAUCAUACACUCUACACAAAUACUAUGAGUUGUAUUGCUGUGGAGUUAAAGCUCUGGCAACAGACGGGUUAAACGGGUAUUUGCAGCGUUUCAUAGUAAAAUACUGCACAUACAGACUCUAGGAACCAUAACCACUUAAAUUCACUGAAUGCUCAUGGUGCUUGGAAUAACCCUUUCAAUUAAAGGAUCCGUGUGCAGCAGACGAGGGCCAAGGCUAAAAGGAGACACAGGAGUUGGCACUUUGAUGCUGAUUAAGGAGGAAUUAAGUGACCAUGCUAAUGAAAUAGAAGAUGCAACAUCAAAUGUUAUACAGCAGUGCAGAACGUACAGUAAAACCUGGUGGAUUUGUGAAGAUGAAAACCAAUAAGUGGGAGUUUGAGCGCAGGGUGUAAUUUUGUAUGUUUUGAUUUGUGGCUGGUAUAAAAAGCAGGUGGCGGGGGGUAGAAAACAGGUGAAUGGGGUAGAAAUCUAGUGGUUUAUGGUAAAAACCAGAUGGCUGGGGUAGAAAACAGGUGACUGGAGUAGAAAUCUAGUGUCUCGGGUUAGAAAACAGGUGGCAGGGUGUAGAAAGCAGGUUGUUGGGGGUAGAAAACUAACGAUUGGGUGUAAAAUAGAUAGCUGGAGGUAGAAAGCUAGUGGCUGGAUAGAAAGCAGGUGGUUGAAGGUAGAAAGUUAGUGGAUUUGGGUAGAAAGCAGUUGACAGGAUGUAACAAACAUAGAUAUUAAGGUACAAAGCGAGUGGCUGGGAGUAGAAAGCUAGAGGUUGGGUAGAAAUCAGAUGGUUGAAGGUAGAACACUAGUGGCUGGGGUAGAAAGCAGGUGGCUAGGGGUAGAAAGCAGUUAGCGAGGAUAAGAAACAGGUGGAUGGGUUAGAAAGCAAGUGGGAGGGGUUUGAAAGCUAGUGGCUAGAGUAGAAUGCAGAUGACCGGUGGUAAAAAAGAUAGUGCCUGGGGGUAGAAAAAUAGUGAGUGGUAGUAGAAAGCAGGUCGCUGGGGUAGAAAGCAGGUGGCUGUGGUGGAAAUCAGGUGAAUGGGAUAAAAAGCAAUUGGCUAGGAGUAGAAAGCAGGUGCCUGUGGUAGAAAGCUAGUGGGUGGGGUAGAAAUCAGGUUGUUGGGGGUAGAAAGCUAGUGACCGGUGUAGAAGGCAGAUGGCUUGAGAUAAAGAGCAGGUGACUGGGGUAGAAAGCAGGUGUCUGAGGGUAGAAAGGUAGUGGCUAUGUGUAGAAAACAGUUGGCUGGAGGUAGAAAGCAGUUGGCUGGAGGUAGAAAACAAGUGAAUGAGAUAGAAAGCAGGAUGGCUGGGAGUAGAUAGUAGGAGGCUGGGAAAGAAAUUUAGUGGCUUGUGCUAGAAAGCAAUUGGCUGGAUGUAGAAAGCAAAUUGCUGGAAGUAGAAAGUGGUUGUCGCAGAUAGAAAGCAGGUGGCUGGGAGUACAAAAUUAGUGGCUGUGGGUAGAAAGCAGUUGGUUGGAGGUAAAAAACAGGUGGGUGGAGUAGAAAGCAGGUGAUGGGUAGUAGAAAGCAGGUGGCUGGGGUUAAAAAACAGAUGGCUGUGGUAGCAAUCUAGUGGCUUUAGCUAAAAAGCAGGUGGCUGGAGGUAGAAAGCAGGUUGUUGGGAAAGACAAUUAUUGGAUGAUGUAGAAAGCUGGUGGUUGGGGGUAGAAAGCUAAUGGCUGGGGAAGAAAGAAGGUGGCUGAGUUAGAAAGCAGUUGGCGGGGAGUAAAAACAGGUAGAUUGGAUAGAAAGCAGAUGACAGGAGAUAAAAAGUGAAUCUCUGGGGAAGAAAUCAGGUGGCUGGUGUAGAAAAUAGGUGGCAGGGGUAGAAAGAAUGUGGCUGGUGUGGAAAUCAGGUGGCUGGGGGUAGAAAGCAGGUGACUGGAGGUCAAACAAAGGUUGUUGGGGGUAGAAAGAUAGUGGCUUGGGGUAGAAAGCAGGUGGUAGGAGUAGAAAGCAGGUGGUUGGGUAUAGAGAGCUAGUGGUUUGGGGUAGAAAGCAGGUGGUUAGGGGUAGCAAGCAGAUGGCUGGGGUUGAAAGCAGGUGGCUGGGGAUAGAGAGCUAGAGUGUAGUUUGUAUUUAUUCUAUAAAUAAUCUAUAUUGUAUUGUAUACACAUGUUGUCUAGUAUGUGUAUAUUUAAAGUGUGUAUUUGCAAUGUUUGUGUGUUUAUUUGUAUGUGUAUGUAUAGUGUGUGUGUUUAUAAAACGCCUUUACAGUGUGAGUGCAUUCGUAGUAUGUGUAUGUUUGUAAAAUGUGCAUACAUUUACAGUAUAUAUGUGUGUUUGUAACAUGUAUAUUUAUUGUUUGUUUAUACUAGAUGUGUGUAUAUUUAUAGCAUGUGCACAUAUUUAUAGUACAUGUUUGUUUAUAAUAUGUGUGUGUGUCUGUAUUUAUAGUGUUUAUAAUAUGUGUAGAUUUAUCCUAUGUGUUUGUUUAUAUGUGUGUGAGUAUUUAUAGAAAGUAUGUCUUUAAAUUGUAUGUUUAUUUCUAGUGUGUGUGCAUUUAUACUAUGUAUGUUUAUAAUAUGCAGUUUGUGUCUGUACUUAUAACGUGUGUAUAUUCGUAAUGUGUUAAUGUCUGUGCGUAUUUAUACUGUGUGUCCUUAUAGGUGUGUUUAUACUGUGUGUGUUUAUAAUAUGUGUCUGUAUUUAUAGUAUGUGUUUUGUGGUUUAUAGUGACUGCACAAUUAUAAUAUAUGUUGGUAUUUAUAGUGUAUGUGCAUAAGUGUAUUUAUAGUGUGUGUAUGUGUGCAGCGUUUGUAAAUCAUGUAUGUGUAUUGGUAUUGUGUAUGUUUUUGUAAUAUGUGUGUGUUUAUUUACAAUGUAUGUGUGUAUUGUAGUGUGUAUGUUUGUGUAAUAUGUGUGUGUAUUUACAGUGUUUGUGUACUGGUAGUGUGUAUGUUUUUGUAAUGUGUGUACUGGUAGUGUCUAUGUUUUUGUAAUAUGUGUGUAUUUAAUGUGUAUGCAAAUGUUCAGCUAGUGUUAGUUUUUGUAAUGUGUGUGUUUAUAGUUUAUGUGUACUCUAGUCUGUAUGUAUUUGUAAUAUGAAUGUGUAUUUACAGUGUGUGUAUUGGUAGCGUGUAUACUUUUGUAAUAUGUGUGUGCAUUUUCAAUGUAUGUGUGUACUGUAGUGUCUGUUUUUGUAAUAUGGGUGUAUAUUUAAUGUUCAUGUGCACUGGUAGUGUCCAUGUUUUUGAAAUAUGUGUAUUUACAUUGUGUGUACUGUUGUGUCUAUGUUUUUAUAAUAUCUGUUUAAAUGUAAUGUAGGUUUUUUUUGUAAUAUGUGAGUGUACUUACAGUGUAUGUGUGUGUGUACUGUAGCGUGUAUGUUUUCAUAAUAUGUGUGUAUGUGUAUACUGUUUUUUAUUAGCAACCCAGGAUUAGGAACUUUUAUAUGUAGUGGGUCAUUAUUACUGUCUGAUGCUGCUCAAUUUCAAUUUAGGGCGACCCUGUACCUCAAUGAAUGCAGAACAAGAGUAAGGGGAGCUAGCCACGGAGAGGGGGGCAGCCAGAGAAAGGUUGACCAGAGUGAGGGGGGCAGCCAGGAAGAGGGUUGCCAGGAAGAGGGGGACAGCCAGGGAGCAGGGACAUGCAGGGAGAUUGGGGCAGGCAGUAAGAGGUGGAAAGACAGGGAGGGGGGUUAGACAUACAAGGGAUGCAGACAGAGAAAGGCCAGGAGAGCAGCAGCCAUGGAAAAGGGGUACGCCAACAAGUGAGAGUGGGACAGACAGUGAGUGGGGGUCGGACAGGGAGAGGGGGACAGACAGAGAGUGGGGGACAAACAGAGUUGGUUACAGACAGGAAGAGGAGGACGGACAGAGAGUGGGGGACAGACAGGGAGAGGAAGACAGACAAGGAGAGGAAGACAGACAGGGAGAGGAGGACAGACAGGAAGGGGAGGACGGACAGAGUGUGGGGGACAGACAGGUUAUGAGGACAGACAGGGAAAGGGGGACAGACAGAGACAUGGGGCAUUCAGGGAGAGGGGGAAGGGCAGUCAGGGAGAUAGGAUAAGAACAUGGGUAGGGGAACAACUAGGGAGAGGGAGACAGGGAGGAAGGGGAUAUGCAGAGAGUGGGGAAAGGCAGGGAGUGGAAACAGACAAGGUGAGGGGGACAUACAGGGAGUGUAAGAUAAGAAUAUGUGUUUGGGACAGUUAGAGAGCCGGGGUGCAGCUAGUGAGAGGGAAAAGUAGCCUGUGGGGUAUAGGGAGUGGGGUGCUAACCGGGCUAGGGGAGGCAGGAAGGGCUGCCAGUGAGAGGGAAAAGGAGCCUGGGGGGUAAAGGGAGUGGGGUGCUAACCGGGCUAGGACAGUCAGGAAGGCCUGCCAGUGAGAGGGAAAAGGAGCCUGUGGGGUAUAGGGAGUGGGGUGCUAACCGGGCUAGGGGAGGCAGGAAGGGCUGCCUGUGAGAGGGGAAAGGAGCCUGUGGGGUAUAGGGAGUGGGGUGCUAACCGGGCUAGGGGAGGCAGGAAGGGCUGCCUGUGAGAGGGGAAAGGAGCCUGUGGGGUAUAGGGAGAGGGGUGCUAACCGGGCUAGGGGAGGCAGGAAGGGCCGCCAGUGAGAGGGAAAAGGAGCCUGGGGGUGAUAGGGAGUGGGGUGCUAACCGGGCUAGGGGAGGCAGGAAGGGCUGCCAGUGAGAGGGAAAAGGAGCCUGGGGGGUGGUGAGGAGGCAAGAAUAUAAGGGACUUAGAGAAGGGUAGGGGGGGCGACCUAGGGAGUGGGGUGCUAACCGGGCUAGGGGAGGCAGGAAGGGCUGCCAGUGAGAGGGAAAAGGAGCCUGGGGGGUGGUGAGGAGGCAAGAAUAUAAGGGACUUAGAGAAGGGUAGGGGGGGCGACCUGGGAGUGAGAGCCAGGUAGGGAGUGGGGAGAGAAAGAAGGCAGUCUGGGAGAAGGGGAUAAAGCCAGAAAGCGACAUCCUGGGGGAGGGAGAGGGGGAAUACACAGGCACCUAGGCAGAGGAGGCGAAGGGACGGUGGGAGGCAGAGACAGGGGAGGAGAGGAGGGAGGAAAGGAGGGGAGGAGACAAUAAAGUAACGCAACCCAUUAAAUGCCAGUCCGUUCUGGGAAAGAAGGGGUCUCAGGCACUCCCUCACUCUGUCCCACCCUCAUUCUAUCCCCCACCCCUAACUACCUCCUCCCAUUCUCUCUCCUUCACACACCUCAUUCUCUCCCUCCCUCUCUCAUUCUCUCCCUCCCUCUCUCACUCACUAACUCCCUGCCCAGCGCUGGGGGAUCACAGGCUGCUGACUGGGGGCUGGGGAUGACAUACCUGGACUGAUCCUCUCUGGACCCCAGGCUGGGAUUGCUCCUUACAUGCUGGAUUCAUUUCUGGGACCCCUUUGUUGGAUUUAUUUUGGGCAGCCCUUGGUGAGUGGGAUGUUCCCUGCUAUUUGGGAACCCUGGACCUAUGGUCAGAAGAAGGCCAUGUCAGAGGUAAGCCAGGGACACCCUAAUCAUUUCCAUUUUGGGGGGUUUGUGUUUCUAUAGAUGUAGAAGUCGUCCCCCCUCUUAUAUGGAGCACUUGCUGCUAUAUACUAUCAACACUCUUUAUACACAAUGUAGAGUACCGGUAUGUAGAUUAUACAGAGGGUGUGUUAUACAGAGUAUGUAGAUUGUAUACAGUGUGUGUUAUACAGAGUAUGUAGAUUAUACAGUGUGUUAUAUACAGAGUAUAUAGAUUAUAUACAGAGUAUGUCGGUUAUACAGAGUGUAUGUUAAAUACAGUACGUUACAUCUAAUGAAUGUAACAGAUUGCAUGUUAUUUCUGAUGCAUAUACAGUGUUGUGUGUAUAUACAAUGCAUACAGUGCAUGCAAUGGGCAGUGUAUGUUAUAUGCAAUGUAGUAUAUGUUAUAUAUGACCCAGGACAUACUUGAAAACGAGAGAAAUCUCAAUGUAUCCAUCCUGGUAAAAUAUUUUAUAAAUAAAUAAAUAAAAUAAACAUUAUAUACAAUGUUCAAUUUAUGUUAUAUACAACAUAUACAAUGCAGUGUAUGCUAUAUACAAAGUGCUAUUUAUGUUAUGUACAAUGUGUAGUUACAUACACUGUGCAAUGUAUGUUAUAUACAAUGUAGUAAAUGUUAUUUACAAUGUGCAAUGUAUGUUAUAUGCAAUGUGCAGUGCAUGUUAUGUACAAUGUGCAGUGCAUGUUAUGUACACUGUGCAAUGUAUGUUAUAUACAAUGUAGUAAAUGUUAUUUACAAUGUGCAAUGUAUGUUAUAUGCAAUGUGCAGUGCAUGUUAUGUACAAUGUUCAAUGUAUGUUAUAUACAAUGUAGUGUAUGUUAUGUACAAUGUGCAAUCUAUAUUAUAUACAAUGUGCUAUGUAUGUUAUAUGCAAUGUAUGUUAUGUACAAUGUAGUAUAUGUUAAAUACAAUGUGCAAUGUAUGUUAUAUACAAUGUGCAAUGUAUGUCAUACACUGUGCUAUGUAUGCUAUAUACAACAUGAAGUGUAUAUUAUAUGUUUAUAAAUAUGGCAUAAGCGUUGUGCAUGCUGCUGAUUUAUGGGAGGCUAUGUUGUGUUUCAUCACUAAAGUCUUCUGACCUGGAUAUUCAUUAAACAGUGAACUGUGCUUUGGUUAACAAUUUUUUUUUUUUUUUUUUAAAGUUUCACUUAUUCAAACUGGGAAAAUGAGCUGGAUUUGAUUGUGUUCCAGUGCAGAGAGGGGCUUCCUGACCUGUAUUUGCCGAGGGCCUCUGUUAUACAGAACCCCAUAAAUUAACUUACAGGGUUGUUCACCAACGUGAGUAGGAAUUCAUGGUGAAUUGAAAGGGAGUUUCAAAUUUAAGGCAAAAAUAGUAGAAAUUGAAAAAUUUGCUAAGUCAGGUAUGCUUCCAGUUCUGCUAAUCUGGCCUUAAAUUUGAAUUCUUACUUUAGUACAUAACCCUGUUACUGGUUCCAUGAUAGGAAAUAGAGACUUGUUUAAGUUUCAUUCCCAUUGAAACCUUUACAUUGUUUGAACGUAUUCUGACAAUGUUUGAAUGGAAUUUAUCCAGUGAAGGCAACCAAGUAUCAGAGAUUCCCGUGUUAAUAAUGAUCGAGUUGUGAAUUUAAAAGAUUUUCUCACGAAGUCUGGUUCAGAAUUGAUCAGCUGAUUAUUGGGGACACAGGAUUUGGCUUAUUGUAUAAAGAACGAUUUGCCCUGUGGUUAGUACUCUGACAAUCCUUGGAUCACAGAUUUAGGUUUUGUCAUGGUGAACAUUUUAUUUUAUGAGCUUGAUACAAACAAGUAUCAUUACAUUGGGAAAUAAUACUUGGAGUCUCGGACAGGCAUCAAGCAGUCAGAAACGAAAUGUAUCAACGAUUAAAUGCAUUGAUCUGAUUGCUAUUGAAUGACGGUGAGAUGUGUCCUGGUUUCCAAGUCAAUGGCUGUCAGAUGCCAAAAUAACUGAGAUUUUCAAGCAUGAUCUAAUGUUAAAAUUAUGUCAAUCGGAAGGUUAAAAUGGGGAAAAGAGACAAGAGGUAGCCGAGAGAAUUUGGUGGUGAUGGCAGAGAGAAUUACUAGUAUAACUGCAGUAACUGGUAACAGCGAUGCCAAUCAGCGUGAAGAGCUAUAGAGUUAUAUAGUUAGAAGGAACCCGGGUGGUUGGGUAGAGCUGGGUAGAAAUUAAGUGAGUGCUUCAAUUCGCUUGUGGAGUUGGGCCUACAGAAUACAGAUACAAAGUUAUUUUACAUCUAUGAGGGGCAAAGUGUGAGGACUUUUUUUGUGUGUGUGUGUGUUUUUUUUUGUUUUGUUUUUUUUGGGGGGGGGGGGAGGUGGUAGAGCAAUGCAGACCUGUCUUGUAUAAAGUUGAUAUAUUUGCCAACCAACUUCUAUCAGCCAAAUAUUAAUAACAACAUGUGACUGCAAAUACAACAUAUUACAGUAGUAAUCUAUAGGUAGCAUUGUUAUAGUUUAUGACAGGGGUCAGCAACCUAUGGCACGUGUGCCAUGCAUGGCACUCAAGCUCCCUUUUCAUGGCACACAAGGCUGCCAGAGCCAAACAGGCUUUGGCUAUUAGGAGUCCCAGUGGGACUCCAGUUCUGCUAUUGCCAACCAAGCUUUGAUUGCAGGUGGUGAGGGACAAUCCUCAAUUUACACAUUGCAGUAGUGAUCACUUCCUCUCCGCACUUGUGAAUGAUAAUCUGUACUGGAGUAGAUCAGCCUGAAACUGCUAUCGCAGCUCCUGCCCUUGACUUUUACCUUGCCUGGAUGGUCUCUACUGGACCCCAGGGAAGCCACCCACACUGCUAGAUAUACACAAAGCUGCAGAAGAAGUCACUCAUUCAUACAAUUAAUAUAAAUAGCCCACCCACAAACACACAUAGUACCCACAAACACAACACCACUGACAAUCCGCAUACAUUCACACAAGCCCACAAGCAGCCUCUCACAUUUAAUACCAGCAGCAGCACCACACAUAUACACAUCGCCAAACACACACAAUUCCACAAGCAGCCCCCAUACACAGCCCACAUUCAUAGGUAUCAUCCACAAUACCACAGAUUAGUCAUGAACAUAUACAAUAUAACAGCCAACAUAUGCAGAAAUAAAGUGCUACAAAGUAGCUGCAGCACUUAUAAAUAUCACAAGCAAAAUAUGACAACGUACCUCAAUUUAACAAAAUAGGAAAGGCACGCAAAGGGACUUCAACAUUUUCUGAUCAAGUUCUGACCAAAACAAAACCUAGAAUAUGAGCUACAGGGUUAAAUAUAAGGAUUGCCCAUUUCUGUUUUUGCACAUUGAAAUUUGCCAGAUUGGUGAUGUUGCCUUUUAGACUGUAUGGCAGCUCAGAAAUGAGAAUUACCCCUAUCAUGACAUACCGUUUCAAAAAGUAGAAAAUCCAGGGUAUUCAAAAUGCGGUAUGCCAGGUCUGUUUUAGCAGCCACUUAGUCACAAACAGUGGCCAAAUUUAGCGCUAAUUCAGUGGAGUCCCUCAAGUACAACAGUACCCUUCAUGUACAGGUUUUAUAGCGUUUUGGAAAGUUGCAAAGUUACAGGGCUAAAUAUAGGGCUAGCAAAUUAAAUUAUCUGGACUUUCUGCCUGGGUUGUCAGGCAUGUCCCUCAAAUUGUAAUUAGUAAAAUCACAUAAAAGCACUGUGGUUGUUUGGAGUUUAACUAUAUUAAGGUAGAGUGCCAGAUUUCUUAUUUUUUGUUUUCUAUAUAUAUAUAUAUUUGUAAAUCCUUGCACUCAGGUUAUAUAAACCAGGGUCAGUUGAUACAGAAAUAGCAAAAAGUUAACUUGCACUCAUGUUUUUUUUCAAGAUUAAAAUUUCAUGCUUUAUUGAAUAUUCAUUAAAAAGUGGAUCGACAUUUCAGUCCCUGUCCGUGACUUUCAUCAGAAUCAUCCUGGGGGCUGCCUGACAACCCAUUAAUGCUGCUAAGGGUUAAAGUUUCAGGCAGAGGUGAGAAUGGAGGGUUUUGUUUCGGUUGGUUGUGGAAUUGAAUCUUAAAGGGAUCCUAUAGUGCCAGGAAAACAAACCCAUUUUCCUGGCAUUAUAGGGUUAAUAGGUCGCCUCCCUCCCUCGGGGCUGAAGGGGUUAAAACCCAUUUAGUUACUUACCUGAAUGUCCCUCGGCGCUGGGUCAGGCUCUGCAUACGCUUCUCCCGUUAGCGGCUGCGCACAUUUGACCUCCCCACAGGAAGGCAUUAUUCAAUGUUUUCCUAUGGGGACAACCUGAAGCUGGAGGUCCGUGAGGACGUCCAGCAUCCGAUAACGGACCAAAAGUCAAUUUGGAUUCCGGAAAUCCUCUAGUGGCUGUCCACAGGAGGCAGACUUAUAGCUGCAAUGUAAACAUUGCAGCACUAAGUGCAAAAGGGUCACAGCACCCAGAUUACUUCAAUUAGCUAAAGUGGUCUGGGUGCCUACAGUGUCCCUUUAAAGUCGCUGUUCAUAUUUACUGUCCAUGUAGAGCAUGGUAUCUGUGUGCUGCUCCCCCUUCUCUUGUGGUAGGUCUGUUUGUUGAGAUCAGUGGUGAAAUGGGUGUUGGAAGCAAGAGCUUGGAGGGACAGAUAUCACCAGAUAAUUUGGAGGAUUAUGAGGGUACAGUUGUAAUUUACCAUCAUUUAGAUUAUCCACAAUCUCAAAGGUUUUUAAACUAAGUGACUCAAGUAGGAUAAGUAUAAGGGUAUUUUACAUACCACUGCCAGAAUCAUCAAUGUACCCCAUUGUGCAGAUCCUACAUGUUUACCAACCUCCAUCCUAACACACUUACGUGAUCCGUCCUCCUAGAGCUCUCUGUAGCCCUAGGUUUAAUUGGAAAAGAGGCACCUGUGACAGAGAGGACUAAGAGAGAAAUAAUUGAAGCUAUUAAGAAAUAGUAUGCUUUUUGUUUAAUCACUCCUGUACAUUUAGGGAAAUCCCCAUGUGAUUUCCCCCUCCCCUCCUCCCCCCCCAUGAGAUAUUGCAUUUCUACAAGUGUUCGAACAGUGAGGCCUGGUUGCUUAAAUAAAUUGAGAAAUAUAUUAACCUGUUAAUCUGACACCACUCAACUUGAACUCAGAAUCCCAUGUACCCCCUGCUCACUGAUAGUGACUAUUUAAAAAAUUGUCUUUUAAUAUAAGCUUUUUUAUUUGCCUAUUAACUAUUUCUGUGCCAUACAUCUGUAUCCUUUGCUAACCCUUUUGCUGUAUCCUACGGCAGAGCUUCUCAAUUUGUGUCCAGAUGAUUGAGGGGUAAAUAAUAUAUAUCACAGAUUGUCUCAUUUAGUAAUAUACCAGAUUUGCAGCCCAUUACGUAGGCAAACAGUUGUAUACAUUUUGCAUGAUGGUAAAAUCCAUUAAAAAAACAAAAUAAAAUCAUAACAAUAGGAAUUAAAAAUAAAGUUGUUUUUUCUGUAAUAGAUCUUAGUAAGGUUUAAUAUAUGCUCCCUACAGAGAUGAUAUACUGUGCUCAGGAUUACAGUUUUUAAGUUUUUUACGUUUUUGAUCAAAUGAGAAACCUGACUGCCAGUUUGAAGUCAAGAACAUUUUUCCCCCCUAGUUUAUGGCAAAGUUGAAAAUAACUUCAAAUUUGGUUCUUUUACCUUAUUUUAAACAAUCACUAGUGAUCCAGCUUAAUGAAAGGUCCAACUUGAUUGACUUGAGUCUUUUCUAACUCUACAGAAAAGUAUAGUAUUACAGGCUAUAAUAUAAUAAUAUAACAUAGUAUAGUACUGUAAAAUAUGAUAUAACAAUAUAACAGUGUAGUACUAUAUACUAAUAUAAAAUAUAGUGUUAUAUAAUAUACAGGCUACAAUAUAAUAUAUAAAACUAUUGAGUAUAGUAUAAUUAAUUUUAUGUGUGUGUGUGUGUGUGUGUGUGUGUGUGUGUGUGUAAAUAUGUAUAUUGUUUGUAUAUUGCAUUUUUGUAAUAUUGUAUCCUAUUGUAACAAUGCAAUGUUUUGUUGACCCAGGACAUACUUGAAAAUGAGAGAAAUCUCAAUGUAUCCCUCCUGGUAAAAUAUUUUAUAAAUAAAUAUAUAGUACAGACAGACAGUUUUACACACACAGGCAGUUACUGCCAGACAGUUACACACAGUUACAGACAGAUUGUCUCACACAUAUACAGUUACAAGCAGACACUCACACGCACAUUUUCAAUGUAGAAAAAUAAAGUUCACACACACAGUUACAGGCAAACAGUCACAUACACACACACAGUUACAGGCAGACAGUCACAAACAGUCACGGACAGUCGUACACGCACACGCAGAGUUACAGACAGACAGUCACACACACAAUUUCAGUCACGCACAGUCACAGGCAGACAGUCUCAAACACACAUACACCUUCACAGUUACCUCUUUCCAUUAUGGAUAGUGGGGGAGGAAUGGAGGAACUGCAGUCCCUGGCCAAGCUUCAUGUUCAGGUUGCAUUUAGCGUUUCCCGCACUGCCCAUUUAGCUCUGUCCAUAGCAUAUUUACCUCUGCCCCUAACAACUUUUGAAACUCUGCCACUGCACUGCUGGCCCCUCGUGUGCAAGCUAUGUCAGCCACCAAGUGCCCCUGCUGCCAUGGCACCCUGUGCAGCUUGCACGCUCCUAUCCAGAGUAAGGAUAAGAACUGGUACAAGUUCAACAGAUAAGCAAUAUUCAGGGAACCCUCUCUUUGUACUCUACAAUUUGUUUGGAGUAGUGGAUUGGGGUAAAAUUUAAGUAGCCUUUUUAUUUGAGAACUUUUUGAAAAUUCUGACAACUGUUAGUCUUUAAUCUCUAGUCACAAAAUUGUGUGUACACAUUUUUACUUUGCAAUAUGACGUUUAGUCCAUAAAGCCUCACCCACCUUCAUUUAUAUUCUAGGAGUGAUUAUCUGUCUGUUAAAGAACACAUUUCUGUGUCAGGUACUCAUGCCACUCAUGUCUGAAAAUGUAGCAAAAAACCCUGAUCCCUCCCCAUUCCAAACAGUAAAGGAAGUUUCAGUGAGUCAUACCAUACCUACAAUUGGAGGAGGGAGGACACAACUAAUAAGCUCUCACAUUUCACCUAUUUCAAAAACGGUAUAACAUUUAAAGACAAGAAGGCUCCAGUGGACCUCAGAAACCAUAACCACAUCAUAAAAAUUAAGUUUUGUUGUCUGUAAUGGUCAUUGUAUGUAAACAUUAUGCAGAUUUUUAUUUUAUUUGUUUACAUUCUGUUGCCAUUCUCAGUAAGCUAUAAGCUAGUACUGCUUAUUAUAUUGUUUUGGGAAAAGUCAUUUUUGCUUAAAUGGUGCCAAUCAUUUCUCACUUAUUUCUCAUGUGAAAUCAUGGAUUUCUCAAAUGAAACUGAUUGUGUUUUUAUUAGCAUUUGUGUCAAAUAUAAUUAGUGUACAACCAAUUCCACUGCUGGAAAAAGGGACAAACCACGUAUAAAUACACCACAUCAUGGACCUGUUUCAGUAUUCUCACAAUGUAGCACUGUACACGAAUCUUGGUCAAAUAACCGCUUUGAAAGAACAUGAACAAAACUGAGGUCCCCGAGGCACCUUCAGGCCAGCCUUGAUAUUCUACAAUUAUUUCCACAUUCGCAACAUGUGUUUCAUUCAUAUUUUAAUGCCAUUCUUUGGUUGCAUCAUCUGACAGUUUAUAUACCAUAUGGAAUGACUCUGAUCAUUAGAGGCGGAAUAUUUAUCUCUCUCCAAUAAUCUGUAUAUCUUAACUACCCAGUGGAUGUUACAAUGUAUCCACUGCUGUUUCAUUAUCUGGAUACGGUAUCCUGCCUAUAGGUCCCCAUACUAUGGGUUCCAUCAUUUGGUUGCAGUUAUGUUCUCUGGUAUAUUCUGCUAUUUGGUAAAAAAUUGAUAAUUCUAAUGUAGCUGUACAGAGAAACUUUAGAUCUCACUAAGCUCUUCAUGCAAUCCAUUUUUUCUACCUGAACUGUGGUGGAAACACAUCGAGGAGAGAGCUCAUACCUUUGCUUAUUUUUUGUUUUUGCAGGUUGACCUCCAUAUAACAUGCUGAAUUCUCUGUAUUGUACAGAGGUUGAAUUGAGAUUAGAUUUUAUAGGUGGGAUAUACACUGUCCAGCCACAAUAUUAAAACCACCUGCCUAAUAUUGUGUAGGUCCCCCUCAUGCUGCCAAAAUAGCUCUGAUGUUUUGAGGUAUGCACUCCACAAAACCUCUGAUGAAUAUUAGCAGCAGUUCUUUUAAGUCCUGCAAGUUGCAAGGUGGGGUCUCCAUGGAUCGCAUUUGUCGUUCGAACACAUCCCUCAGAGGCUCAAUCAGAUUGAGAUCUUGGGAAUUUGGAGGCCAAGGCAACACCUUGAAGUCUUUGUCAUGUUUCUCACACCAUUCGUGACCAAUUUUUGCAGUGUGGCAGAGUGCAUUAUCCUGCUGAAGGAGGCCACUGCCAUCAGACAACACCAAUGCCAUGAAGGGCUAUAGGUGGUCUACACCAAUCUGCAACAAAAGAUGGUAUGUGUCAAAGUAAUGGAUGCCAGGACACAAGAUUUCCCAGCAGAACAUUGGACAGAGAAUAAAACUGCCUCUGCCGGGCUGCCUUCUUUUCAUAGUGCAUCCUGCUGCCAUCUCUUCACCUGGUUAACAACGUUAACCUGGCUAUCCACCUGAUCUAAAAGAAAAUGUGAUUCAUCAGACCAGGCAACCUUCUUAGAUUGCUCCAUGAUCCAGUUCUGAUGCUCACAUCUCGACUCAAACUGCAAUGCACUGAGUUCUGAGUUUUGUUUUGUUUUUUAGCAAUUUGAGUUACAGUAGCUCUCCUGUGUGAUCAGACUAGAUGGGCUAGCCUUCACUCCCCCACAUGCAUCACUGAGCCUAGGUCAUUCAUGACCCUGAUGCCGGUUCAUCAGUUGUUCUGCCUUCCACCAAUUUUAGUAGGUACUAACCACUGCAUACCAGGAACACCACAACAGACUGGUCGUUUGGAGAUGCUCUGACCCAGUUGUCUAGCCAUCACUAUUUGACCCAUGUCAAAGUUACUCUUUUCUUUUCACUUGUCAAUUAUUCCUGCUUCCAACAUGUAAAAUUCAAGAUAUACCCAACCUCUUGCUUGGUGCCAUUGUAACAAUAUAAUCUAUGGUAUUCACUUCACCUGUCAGUGUCUUAUCAACACAAAGGAAAGCUGUCAUUUUGUGUUAUUACUUAAAAUAAAAGAUUCCAUGUUCUGUAGCAUCUGUAUUAUUCUAAUAUGCAUGCAUGUAAAUACGUAGCUUAGUGCACCUCCUGGCUUAGCCUUACUGUAUGGGGCAGCCAUCUUUAAUUCCACAUUAAUCAGAAUCACAACUUAUCCAACCAAAAACGGUGCUGGUAAUCAAGGAUUAGUGAGUUUUACACAAGUUCCAGGUGCACUUUAGGAUGGAUUCAGACCUUCUAAUUGUGUACAAGUAAAUGGUACUUGUGGCAAAACAAGGCUACAAAUGGACACCCUCAUACAGAAAAAUAAUGCCAGGAGAUGCAAUAGAGACAGUUUAAUUGACUAAAGUAAGAAUUCUAAGAGAAUUCUAAAAGUAAGGCCAGAACACUCGAACUGAAAGGAAAGCUGACUUUGAUGAUUUUUCCAGUUUGACUUUGUUGACCUUCUGUUUGAAAUGCACUUUGAAUUCACCUUGAAUUCUUACUUUAGACAAUAACCCUGAGAGUUCUUUAAUGUAUACAAUGUUACAUAUAAUCUUUAUUUUCUGUAAUAUUAAAACAUGACAGAGCCAGAAUGGUGAGCUGGAAUCCAUUAACCCAGAGACUGCCAGAAGGGUGGGUUGGGCGGAUUGUGCAAGUUGUGUGCUCACUCUUCUGAGAAUACAUAGGAAGGCAUUGUGUACCUGCAGAGCAUUUCGCUACAUGCCCUACCUGCAGAGCAUUGUGCUGCAUAGCCUAUCUAUAUCUCAGCUGCAGAGCAUUGCACCGCAUACCCUACCUGCAGAUCAUUGUGCUGCAUCCCCCAUAUAUAUAUCUCAGCUGCAGAGCUUUGCACCGCAUACCCUACCUGCAGAUCAUUGUGCUGCAUCCCCAUCUAUAUCUCAGCUGCAGUGCAUUGUGCUGUGUCUGUUACUUGCAGAGCAUUGUACUGCAUCCCCUUUAUAUCUCUCAGCUGCAGAACAUUGUGCUGUAUCUUCUACUUGCAGAGCAUUGUGCUGCAUCCCCUAUCUACAUCUCAGCUGCAGAGCAUUGUGCUGUAUCCCCUACUUGCAGAACAUUGUGCUAUAUCCCCUACCUGCAGAGCAUUGCAAUGUAUCCUCCAACUGCAGAGCAUAGUGCUCUAGCUCCCAGCUGCAGAGCAUUGUGCUGUAUCCUCUACCCGCAGAGCAUUGAGCUGUAUCCCCUACCUGCACAGUAGUGUGUUGUAUUCCCCACAUGCAGAGCGCUCUGCUGCUUCAUCUCUCAGUGUAAAUUUGUGCAUUGCCUCUUUUUAUAUAUUUCAUUAUUUUACUACUAAACCACAAACAGAUGGAUGUUCACAUGUAGUUUACACUUUUAUUUUUUUGUUAAAUAAAAAUAAAAUUAUUUGUAUUAUAAAGAGAAAAAUAAUGUGUCUAAAAAAACACGUCAUAAUAUGUUUCUGCAGUCUAAGAGGAAUCAUUAUGUUACGUUUGCCUCUCUUUGCACCCUCUGACUGCGCAAUGACACACUGCUCUUCCGGUAGCCAUUUUGGGAGGGCACAGGGCGUGGUGGGGGGCAUACUUUAUAUCUGUAGAGCAAAGUGGUUUCCAUCUGAUUCAUAAACAAACCUCCCCCUUUCCCUUCUCCCUCCUUCCACCGUCUCCCAAACAUCAUCUGGCAUUCAUUUUCCUGCGCAUUUGGACAGUAGUUUUAAAUUGAACCAUUUUAAAGGAGGGGGGAUUUCAAACACAAAUGUUAUGCUUGGCGUGAUGAAGAGGCAUUUUUUUUUUCUUGAAUGUUGGAAAACAAAACUGUAGCGUUCUUCGCCUCCUUCGCCAUACGUUCAUUUGAGGAAGCUUCAAGUGGUUACCUGGGGAAGAGUCAUUCGACACAAUUCUAUCACAUACAUCCUUAUGGUUACUUAAAUAGUUAAUUAUUAUGUAAACAUUUAUAUCACAAAUAGCAUUACUAUUCUUAUGCCACACCUGUAAAAACACAUCAUGUUGGUACAAUAAAAUAAAAGGGAACAAGUAUUCAUCAUUUUCUUCUCUCGUGUAAAGGUUUUUUUUGUAACUGCCCAACUAUGGCAGCAUUUACUGAUGGUAAAUACCAAGCAUGAAAACCAGAAGUAAAUAUCUAUUUAAAAAUAAGCCGUAAUAUUCUAUUUUGAAAGACUGACCCUCUAAAAGAUCUUUUGGCCAAAGUAAACAAUCCCUAUCGCUCUGAUAUGCAGACAAUCGUGUUCAAUGGUGCUAAAGAAUGAUCCGUUUCCCACUCUCAUACAUGGCGUGGGCAAACGUCCCAGAAGUCCAUUAAGACAAAUACUGCUCUGGCUGAGUGUGCUUGGGUCUCAGAAGAACAGAAAUGGUUUGAGCUCAGUAUGCUUUAGAUGUGGCCGAGGUCACGCAGUAAGUUGAAGUUGUAGCCGUUUCACAAAUCCAGUAAGUCUCAAAAACUUGAAUAUCUUUGAAAGUCCUCUCAAUGUACGCUGAGGGCAUGCGUACAACCUCCUGAUUCUUCCUCUUCAGAUGGAGACAGAAAACACAAGUAGACAGGAGACUGUCCUGAUUUGUCGGGAAAUUGGUAACUAUCUUGAGUAGAAACUGGAAGAAUCACUAUAUUUUCUUAUGGAAAAUAGUUUGAAACAAAUAGGCUUGGUUAAUUGAAUGCUCUCAGCAUUAGCAGAGCUUUGAAAUUCGAAAUCAUGAAAACUGCUCUGUCACCCUAAACUUACCUUGCUUCAAUCUGUUCCUCUUCUCUUUCUCUCUCUUAAUCCAUUCUUCCUUUCUUCUUUUUUAAAUUUUUUUUCUCUUCAAAUACAUAAGGCAAAAAAAUCACGACUACUGUCUUAUGUAUUUUUCCUCCACGUGAUAAAACUUGACAAAAGGCAGAGCUAUCACUACAAGGCUUCGUCACCAGUGACGGCUGGGGAAUAGGGCAUUAUCUUGCAAGACAAUAUCUACAGAGGCUCUUGGAGGAUUCAGGCUGUUCAUUAAUGAGCCAAAUUGUCCCAAACAAUAUCCUCUACCGGAACUUCCACCUGAACGAAUUGAUUAAUGUUGAAAAUAAAGGCAAAUUAUGAUUUUUUUUUUGAGUGUAGAUUAAAAGAAUUUCAAUUCGGGACAAAUAAUUUAAUUUAAGACAGAACAGAAUUUUUGCACUUGUCUACUGGAAUCUAUUAUUUAAAGUCGACUUCUUGGGUCUUUGCAUAUUCUGGAAAGACCCCCAAUGGACUCUUGGAUGGAAUUUUUGCACAUGUCUGGAUUUCAGCAAUUUGAAAGGUCAUUUAGUCAAGGCCUAGGGCACCAGAGGUAAAUCGUAAGGAGGGUCAAGUAGAGUUAUGAUUCUUAUAACUGUUUUCAGGAAAUGGGACCCAGAGGCCAACAUAUAACUGUGACAACUGAAAUGGGAGUGAUCUGAACCUUAUGUGAACUCUAGCUAAAGCUCUAUUCUAGUCUGGCCUGCAGAAAAUUCAGAACUUAUUCCAAACUUUUUUUUGAACAUCAACAUUAAAGAGGAUGACCCAAAUCUACGAAAAAACAGAUACUUUAUACUGGAGAUAGAAUGCAGGAUAGUAGUCACAGUUGCCAACAGGAGAACUUAAUGUCUGCGCUGUCACUAAGCUUAUAGAUCUUGAAAAAAGAACCAGAACUCAAGUAUGCUUAUGCUUUCUGUUUGCAUAUCUUUCCCAGGACGGCUAGAAUCAGUAGCUGGAGUGAUGUGGCUUUAUUUGCAUGGUCUGGUCAAUUGUGUAUGUUCAACACAGUUCCAAAGUUGAAACAGUAUGCAUAUUAGACCAGAGUAGAGCAUUGAAGUAUCUCGUAGUACCUUUAAAUUGUGACCAGACCAAUAGAGUUGGCUAAGAUGAGCAAACUGCAAAGCAUUUCUGAACGGGAAACCACUGUAUUACAUUUUUCAGAUGAUGGGACAAUGUGUUUGAAGCCAAAAGUGAUGAUGGCACCAGGACGUUGAUGCUUAGUGACUAUAAAUGCAUUUCACUACGCCAAUUUUUAAAUCCACCUUUUCCGAGUCUUUCUCUAUUUCCAUAACCUGGAAGAUUGCUGUUAAAUCACGCAUAUGAGCUCCUGAUCGAUGGCGUCUCUGCUGUUAAAUAUGCUUUAGUUACAUGUUUUUUUAGUAAUGUAGCAUUACUUCGUGAGCUGGGAUCAGCUGGUCUUUUAGCCACUAUAACAAAAAAUGAAUCUACCUUCCUGUCCAUAUGUGUGGGACACAUUUGUAUGUGGUGCCAUGUUUGGGAUAUGAGAAUAGUUUAGAGCUUCUGUGGUGAAUUUUAUCUUAACUUUAUGUUUUUUUUACUCUACUCUCUACAUCAGGAUACAUUCUCAGCAGACAUGGGAUUUCUUUCCAUCUUAGCUAGGUUUGCUUACGUUUUGCAGAUAUGUUCUCAGAUCAACACAACUUGCUAUUUAGUGAAUAUUUCCCUUAGUCGGCUUCUUGGUUGUCUUGCUUUGUAUCUCCGCCCUUCCAUUUUUAUUUUAACUCCUCUUUGUGGUGAAUGUAAAGAGCGCAGUGUGACAUUCAGCACUAACAUGAAAAUAGGAUGGUAUAACUAAGGAAAACUAAACCCAGUAGGUAUGCAUAAAGCUUUAGGAUGGAGCGACCAUAAAAAACAAACACACACAGAUUUACAGUUUCCUUUGGCUUAGAACAGGGAGGUCAGCAGAAGAGUAGAAAAGAAAAUGAGUAUAUUUACUCUCUCGAGCCGAAAAUAUCUGUGGUUAGAAAAACAGGAAAGUAGGGUCAUUCAUAGAAUGGUGGAUUUGCCACUGAAUCCUGUUCUGGCCACAAGCCGUAACUGGAAAGAACAUUUUACUAAAGUUUCUUAUAAAAGGUGCAAACAUAUUUCAAGGUAUACCUGAGGCUGAAUGAAUCCCAUGUGUAUGUAUUAUGGAGAAAAUGUACUUAAAAAAUGCAAUAAUAAAAUACAAAGUAGAAUGUUGACAAUAUAAAGUUACAAGUACAGUGUAAGUCUAUUGGGCAAACACACUUUACAAAAAAGGCUCAUUUUAUAAAAACAUGCGCAGUGCUGUACCAACACAGAUUACAAAUGUUAUUUAAUCCUGGAACCUCAACGUGUAUUCACAAAAAGCAGAUAAACACUUAAUAGUCAUGCAAGAACCAGAGCACAUGUAACAGUAGACUGGAAUUAAUAGAUGGAAUGAGUAUGAAAUAACAUUUAUUUAAAAUGGAUACACUCUUUCAAAUGCUAGCACGUUAUCGGAAAUGGGAGUGUAAGAAACACACAACAAAAACAAGCAGUUUUCAAUGUAUUCCUGCAUGAGGCUCAGUUUUUUGAAUGUGUCAUAUCAGUGGGAUUCAGAAUCAACUUUAUUAUCACUGUAUUAUGUGCAUACAAGGACAAUGCAACACAGUUAACCUCCGAACGGAAUGCAGCAGCAAUUAAUAUAAAAAAAACCAAACUAUUUAUACAAUCUAUACCUAAUACCAUAAUUCCCCUAGUACUCCGUAAAUACCGUCCUUCAUUGAUAUAUAUUUUAAGUCUAAUAACACAUUGACAUUAUACAAUAGUGCCAACAUAUACAGAUUCAACAUACAACCCAUAAUCCCUAUCUAAGUAAAAUAUUUAUCCUAUAAAAACCACCAUACCUGUGCAGUAAAGGUGCCAACUGCCAUGCAGUUAAUACAUUAAUCCUUAACAAUAUACCUUUAUCAUGUAACAUAAAGUGUUUAAUGUGAGCCCAAAAUGCCACAUGCAAAAAAUGCAAAGUGUAAGCACAUAAACCAUAUGUAUAUAUAUAUAAAGAGCAAAAACAAUGAACACAUAUGGUAAGUGCAAACAAAUACAUAAUGCAUACAAAGUGCAAAAUGUGAAAUGCAAUGUGAGCACAAUGCCACCGACAUAAAGUAAAAACGAUAUUUUAGACAUACUCAAGUGUACGUAAAACCACUAAAUGCAAUUUACCAAUCAAUAUACAAAGGACUUGUACAGGCCUUAUGUAUCAUCCUAGCAAACAAACCAGCAUCACUAAAUCUCAGUACAAUUCUAUUCCUAAAAAUCCUCUCGCUUAUAGAUUGAAUGCAAAGACAUCACCGCAGAGGGAACAACGCUAUUCCCAAACCUACAACACAGACCUCCUAAAUAUGAUGGUGGUUUUUGUUGUUGCGGUUUGAGAUUUGGUGUGGAUAUUUAAUAAGGGUUAAAUCCACAUCCACCGAAUGCGGGUUAAUUGGGAGAAUUUUCAUUUCUCUGUUCCUGUUUUUGCCCCUUGCGCAUAAUUAGCAGCGCAGUGAUCCUUAUUGCUGCUGACAUACCAUAGUAACCUUUGAUUUUUCUCUCUACCAUUUUUCUUGGCCCCUGAACCCACUGUAUUAGCUGGGGCCCUUAUUAAAUGGUGUUCCUGCAGAGUUCUUCUAUUCAAGCUGUUAGCCCUUUCGAGUACUGAGUUUGCUGCCUCUUUAGAGUGUCCUGAUAGAUUACUCUGUGUGAAGGUGAGAGUUUAUUCCUGAUUUAUGUAGGCGUGCACAGCACAGUUUAUUAGGGUGUGAACCCAGGAAUUGUUUUUUUAUAUUCGAAUAUUAGGUGAAUAUUAAACAUUAAAUCUAAAGCAUUGUAAAAUUCAUUGAGUUGUGUGUAUAUGACUCUGUGUGUUUGUUUUGUUUGUGGGGGUGACUAGCUGUGUGUGAUUACCUGGGAAUGAUGUUUGUUGCUGGCUUUAUGUGAUGUGGCUCUAUGUGGGUAGCUGUGAGCGAUGUAUUUGACUGUCUGUGUGUGACAUGGGUGGCUUUGUGUUAUGUGGUUAAAUGGUUGCGGAUUGCACAUUUUUGUGAAGGAAAAAUAAAAAAAUAUUCUAAACAAGGCACAAAGGUGGAAGCAGAAAAAAGGUAUACACAAGAUUCAUUCUAGUACACAGUUCAUUAGAGAAGUAGAUCACCCCCAAUACUAUAUGAUAAAGUAACGUGACUAUGUACAUCCCAUGUAAUUAAUAAGUAUGCCAUGCUAUUGGGACCAGAGAUGGAGAUGUUUGGUAGAUGCCAAACUCAUAGGGGGAGGAGGGGGGUCUGUAAUGCAUGUGAGAAUUCACAAAUAUUGCUUUAGAUAAAUACCAAACAAACACAUAAUAUGUAAACCAUAAAGGCUUAAGCAAAACUAAUACGUUUGGAGGCAUUCUGACAAAUUUGGCCCAACAUUUAGCAGACCUUAUGAAAUAUCCAUCUGCUGCCAGUCACUCUGCCCCCUCCUUUUCUUCUGUCUCCUGGUUUUAUUGUACUAAGUUAAAAAAAGAACCAUACCACAGGCUUGCUCCGAUCAUUUUGAUCUUAUUCAACUCCUCUUAAGCAUGCCAGCCUGCCCCCCACAUUCCUCCUUCCUUCUCCAUUCUAAGAUUAGAACCCUGUGCAGUGCGCGCAUGGAUAAAGGCUUUCUAAGGCCUAGCUUCAUAGGAACUUCUAAGAUAUACCUCUAAUAAAUACAUGUAAAAUGCUUGGGGUUAUAUCUACUAAACUGUGCUUUGUUUGUUUUUUCAUUUUAUUAUUUAUUUCACUUUGGCAGUGGUGUGUCCCUUUACUCUUUAUUAUUUAUUGCACUCUCCCUUCUUAUCUGAAAUGGAAAGACAUAGCUGAUGUCUGAAACUGCCCAUGUAUCCAGUUCAGUAGCAAUAGGUCCAGUUUAAAGAUGGCGGGGCACUAGUCUCAUCUCUUGGAAUUUGUCCUUUGAACUGGGAAUUUGGGAGACUAGGCAAGAGAACUGGACUAGCCAUAUUGGGGGUAUUUGCCUGUUCAGUUUUGUAGUCUGCAAUUUUCAGUUUGUUGUUAGCUGUGCAGUUUAUGCUGCUAAACAACAGCCAGGAUUUUUUUUACAGUUACUUUUACCAAACUGAAGGCCUCCCGACUGUCCUGCAUUUGGUGGGACAGUCCCAAUGUCAGGGUUUGCUUCUGUCAGUCCAUCCUUGCAUCCAGUGUCCUGUUAGCCAGAGAUUCAACUAGAAUAUAUGAGCUUUGCAAGCACAGAUAGAGUUUGUUCCUGACAUUCUAAAAGAGUCUUUAUGAGCCACUCCCUGUAUGCUGGUUGCUAAAACUGGGUACACAGUUCAGAGUUCACUUUGUCUGUUUAAUAUGCAAAUAAGCAGUGCUUGGGACUUUCAAUAUAGAAAGUGUUGCUAGGAAGGCGCAAGUUGUAAUACAUUGUGUCUCUGCUAACUUCUCGCAAGGUGACCCAAUCUGACUACAUUUGUGUACAAAAACAAACCCUAGGAAAAAAAGACAAGAAAUAUUCACCCAUUUACCCAUAUUUGCAGAGAUUUUCUUUGUCUGGCUUUGGAGGAUCCCGCGAGACCACAGGAUCUUCCUUCGAUAAUCUCAUACACGUCCCCAUCAGCAGUUGUAACCGAUGGCUGAUGGGAAAUGGAGGCUAAAACAUGGCAUUUUGCCAAAUUUUGGCAAUCACAUGGGACAAAGUAUAUUUUGACAAUGUAUAACUUUUGAUUGGCCUUCCAACACAGUCUCUAAAAGAUCUUUUAAGAAAGAUUUUAAAUUUGUUAAAAAUGUUAAUAUGACAGAGCUAUAACAACUGUGCAUUUCUGCAGGGGUCUUGUAAGAAUUGCAUUCCUAAAGCGAUCGUGUCCCUCUGCCCUAAAGUUAUUGUCCGGCCACCUACUGUUUAAAGGGUUAAAAAAACCUUUAAACACUUACCUCUUUCCAGGGCCGAGAUCCCUGGGUGCUGGCCCCGUCUCUGUCUCCUCCAAUGUCAUCAAUGGGGGCAAACUGUGCAUGCCGCAGGCACAUUAGGCCUUCUCCAUAGGAAAGCAUUGGGGAUAUUUUGGACAGCGUGAGAAUAUUAAGUUUCUUUUCAUGGAGUCAAACUCAUUGAAAAUGCAGACAGCCACUGGAGGCAGUCUUAAUUCUGCAAUGUAAACAUUGCAGUUUCUCUGAAAUAAUGUUUUACAUUGCAGGGCUUAGGACGCUGUACCUAGACCACCUCAAUGAGAUGACGUGGUCUGGGUACAUGUAGUGUCCCUACGAAUGAAACUAUGUAACUGUUUUAAUUAUGUAAUGUUAAUGGUAUAAUCAGUGAUCCUUUGUUCCACGCCCGAGGAGAGAUUUGUUGGGUUAAGCUGUAAUAUAUAUGUAUAUGAUUAGCAAAUAUGUUCUCUGUUCAGGAAUUCCAUUCAUACUGAGAGCUCUUUGCUUCAUGUGCGUUCAUCCCCCUUCUAAGUAAAUAGUAUUUGAUUGUGGAAUCUCCCAGGUCCCCCAGCCUCUCUCUCUCUCUCUCUCAGUGGUGAAGUGCUUUAUGUUAACACACUCUCCGUGUGUUUUUUUAUGUUCUCUGCUGUCCAUGGCCUCCUGUUGCUGCUGUCCUUGAACCGAGAGAAUUUAAAAUAAACCCACUCCCUACCCUGCAGCUGCUGCCCAGAAAAAGUCUACUCUGUGGGAUUUCUUUUCUGAAUGUGCAAUUAUCACAUGGCUGUAAUGGAGAUCUUUAGGUUACCUGCAAGAUCGGAGGUCACAGCACCAGGGUGAACUACAGAGCACUUGACUUUCAUAUAUAAAUUGCCAGCGUUGUGUCACGCUUGAACAUUUAGGGACCAUCUCCAAAUUAGUUGAGCUGGGAAAUAAAUCUGUUAUUUUAUUGCCCCCAGUAAGAAGCAUAUGAGAGCUGAAGUCUUAGUUUAGACUUGAUUAAGUUGUUAAUUUAUAAGACUAUUACUGAAAUAACAUUUAUAAUAAAAAAAUUAAUUUGCUAUUUUGAUAGUGCAUUUCGCUGUGAGACUCAAAGCACUUUACAAAUCUAUAAAACAGACAUAAAAGUUAUGAGUUUUGAUAGUUACAUGAGCUGACUGAAUGCCUUAUAAAAGAGGUGGUCUUUAGCUUUUUUAAAAGCCUGAAAGGAUGGUGCCUUUCUGAUUGAGUGAGGUGAAGAGUUCUAGAAUGUGGAAGCAACGUGGCUGAAUGUCCGAAAACCUGAGUUUGUCUUAAGUAUGUGGUAUAUUGCGUAACAUUGCACUGUAUAGCAUCUUAAAUCUGUUACUUCAACAGUUAUUAGGAUAAUGACACCGAGCUAGGUACACCCAGAGGUGAUUUAUUCCAUGGUCUUCAAGCAAUAGAAAUUGUGGAUGUUAAACUCUUUGUAUCAUAGGUAUUCAUACGCGAUGGAAACAUCUCAUGCCAUUUUUCCUUCCUUCCAGGUUUCUGUCACCAUCACUCCCCUUGGACACUGUGUCUCAGUGUAACCCAACACUAUGCUUCCCUACUAUGGCUGCUGGAGUUCAGCACUUUGCCUGUGGUUACUGACCCUUGCUGCACGUGCCAACUCGGGUAAGUAAAAUCAGAACAUUAAAUUGCUCCCCCUUUCUCCUAAUAGACUGAAAAACAUUUUGUGUUUUUAGGAAACAUCGAGAAAUACUAUUUGUUUUGUUUCAUAUUCCACUUCUGCUGGAUGUGUGCUGCCACUUGGGCAGCCCUGCCCCCAAAACGAUUCAACACUUCAAUAUUGCUUGCUUCCAUGUUUGCAUCUGUUUCCAGAAAAUACUACAUAAUAUAUCAAUCUAACUAAACAGUCAUAUUUGUUUAUCUUCCUUCUUGGAAUUUCGGGCGAGAAGGAAUCUGUGUCAAAAUUUUAUGUUAAUAAAAGUAGGUCCUGUUUCAUAAUCUGACUAUCAGAGAGAAGGAUCAGUGUGUUAAUUUCACUAUCUGCAGAUUAUCAGUGGAUUCCUUUAGUUCAUUUUAUGCACCAGCAUUUUCUUUGUCUCACUAGUGGUGACACAUUGGACCAGUGUGUAGCCAUAUAAUAGUGACAAUUGACCGUCUAAGUGCUCCCCUACUGCCAGUCACUGCAUGUAGUGUGGCCAAGCAACAGACCAUGGUAGAGAAGUUUUUGUUCCCCUACCUGGUCUGACAGGAAGUGUUCUUCUCAGUGAGCACUGAACUGCCUUCUGUCAGACUGGGAGAGGGAACAGAAGCUCCUCUUCAUUGCCCCCUAGGGACACCGCCAAGUGGCCACUGGAGAUGCUUCAUAGGGCAGUGCUGCACAGUAGGCAACUCUGCCGUUCAGUGUCUCCACGCUCUGCAUGGAGGCGCUGAAUUUUCCUCAUAGAGAUGUAUUGAUUCAAUGCAUCUCUAUGUGCUGAUUGGCUCCACCUCUUUGCCGAUUUUAGCCAAUCCAAUCCAAUUGGAUUGGCUAAAAAUCUGCAAUUCUGAUGAUGUCAAAAAUGAGGUGGAUCAGGGGCAUCGCCAACACUGGCGGACCAGCGCAGCGCUGGAAAUAAGGUGAGUUUUUAUUCCUUUUAGAGGGUUGGGGGGGGGGGGGCAAGGCACCUAAAUAAGGUUUUUAAUACUGUAGGGUCAAGAAUUUGUGCUCCUGAUCCUAUAGUGUUCCUAUAAUAUGUCAAGGUAGUUGGACUGAAACUAUUAUUAUAUACAAAUACACGUCUGCUUAAAAUAAAUCUGCAUUUUGUUUAUUUGAAUUUCUGUGAGUGCUUUCUUGGAGUAAUCAUUUUUAGUUUUCAAUUUAAAGUAAUCUUUUCUGCCGCUAUAUAUGCAGACAAGGCUAGUAUAGAAUGUUUUCAAAGGCUGUGUUUUAUUGCCGGCACGGCCCUGGUAACAAGGUUUGCCAGGGCAUAUAUUACUAAUAAAAAUAAGUACCUGCUGCUUUUCUGUUUGAAUUUUUUUUUCUGGUGGGGAGAGGGUGGGGGUGGCAGAUGAGUUAAUACACAGCAUUGCACAUUCACAAACUGGUUCACAUAUUCUCUAGUACACCUUAAAGGGACACUCUAAACACCAUGAUAACUUUAGCUUUAUGAAGUGGUUUUGGUGUAUAGAUCAUGCCCCUGCCACGUCACUGCUCUAUGCUCUGCCAUUUAGGAGUUAAUGCAGCCCUAGUCACACCUGGCCAGAUUCAAAUAGACUGUUUUUGAAAAACUGAACAGUCCAGCAUUACAAAUAUUGCAAAGUAGUUUUAAGCAAUGGCAUGUAUUGCUGCACCAGUCUUUUUCCAUGCUGACAACUGCAUUUGAAAGCAUUUCUCUCAUAAGUUUCUCAAUUGUCUCUUUCUCUUUAGAUGUAACACCUUAUUUUAUUGAAGAACCCCUUUCCACCAUCCAGAAGCCCAGAGGCCACUUAAAGCUGCACUGUUCUGCUAAUCCACCAUGGUCCCAUAUUUCUUGGCUCUUUAAUGGUAAACAAGUGGACACAUUGGAGACUCAGGAUGUGGAGAUUAAAUCAGGGUACCUGACCAUCACUUCUCUCGCCAUGUCUCAUGCUGGGAAGUAUCAGUGCGUUGCCAGUACCAGCGAAGGUGCCACACUUAGCACUCCCGCAUCGGUGUCCAUAGCCUGUGAGUAUGUUGUGUCCACUUUAUAUAUUUCACUUGACAAUACAAUUUGUGUAAAAACUAUUUAUUUUAAUAGAUUUGGGGAUGGAGUCUCAACUUUCAGAUACACAUAGUGUAUGACACUUUGUUUUGUUUUAAUUAUUUUUGUAAUGGAAUCGGCCAUUUAGGGUAUUGGAAAAUGUAACCCCGGCACAUACUGAAUCAUUUCCAAUUUACAUUUUUGGAUAGUAAAUAGAUUUCGGGGAGGGAUUAAAGCAGAAAUGUGGGGUGACAGCGAGACAGGAAGCAUUCAGUGAGUCACUUUGUAUCAGUUGGGACACAAUAGGGAGCAGUCCCUAUCGACUAAGAGGCAAAAUUCUGUAAAAAUGUCUGAAUUCCAACCAGAAUGGCAAUAUUCACAAAUCUACACCAAUCCACUGGAUGCAAUUCAGGGUGUGAUUUAAAAUCAGAGCUUUUAACAUCCAAACUCUGUACAAAGUAUAGGAUCCAGAAUAUUUACAAAGCACCGAUUUUAAACCAAAUCAUGUAUAAAUAAAUCUGUUGGCAUGUACAUUCCCAAAUGAUUGUUCACUCGCUUUUUGAAAAUGAACGAUAAGUCAGUAGUAUAAUUUGCCCUUUGGGUGACACUAGCCAGGCUAAUGAUUAUAAAACCCUUGGCCACCAAUAAAAAGUAAACAAAAAUUCAAUGUUUAACCUUUGGGGUAAAUAUGACCCCUAUAUUACUAUAAUGCAGGUUGCAAACCUUCCUUAUGCCCCAGCCACCAUGCUACGAGCGUGGGCAUGUGUGUAUCUGCAGUGUUUCAGGUCAUUUGGCAAAAAGAUUUUUGGGCUGGCUAAUAUCAGUUCUGUGCAUAUUUCAAUGUAUAGAAUUAUAUACAUUGGCUGAGAGCGGUCAGCUGAUGCUCUUAGCCAAUGAAUGUCCAUCAGGUUUGGUACCCGGCUUAUUCAGCUGAGCAGAAGCUGGAUGGACAUUGUCAGAUCUCCAAGGACGCUCAGCUUUCGGUGGGGACCCAGGUAGGAGGGCAAACUGUUACAAAACGAUUUUACAAAUUACCAGGAAACAGAGCCAAGAUAAUCCUUUCAUCAUAACCACUGCUGGGGACUGUAGUGGUUAUGGUUCGAGGGGGUUAUAAUGGUUGAAGUUCCCUUUAAAUAGUGGAUUCAAUCUUUAGUGAAUAACACUGAUAGAGGUCAGUUAAUCUAUGAGUAUUGGUGAAAUUGCAACUGACCAGCUAACUUUCAGUGAAGGCAUGUUUUUGUUCAUCAUUAUGGCUUUUAUAGUAUAAUUUGCAUUCUGAGAGUUUGGGUUAUCUUAUCCUUUCUUUUCUCCCUUCCUGCAGAUCUGGGGGAGUUUGAAACAUCAGCCCAAUCUAGUGUUAAAGCAGAUGAAGGAAGCAGUGCGCUGAUUGGGUGUAAACUACCAGCCAGCAACCCCAAGCCACACAUACGAUACAAGGUCCGAGGGAAAUGGAUAGAGAAAUCCACAGGUGGGUUGGUUAGCUUGUGGCUAUAUAUUCUACAAAAUGUAGUGUUUUCCCACAUAAGAGUCAUUGGGGGUGAGCCCAGCUUAAUUGUCUGAAGUUCAAUCUGUUACGCUGUGGCAGAUAUUUCUUAAACUGCGCAGAAAAAAAGGCACUCCAUUCCAACAUUCCAUCAUAAAACAUUGAUAAAAAGUUGAUAACACAUUUAUUGAAAAAGGUUACAUCCAGGCUACAUUAGGACAACACAUUGUAUCAUAGGCCUUUAAAGGGAUACUAUAGUGCCAGGAAUACACUAUAGUAUUCCAGCUCCGAUGUCCCUCGUAGCUGUGUCGAAACUCCUCCAUUCCUUGACGAAUGGGCUCUAUUGCAAAUGCAUGGCAAAUGCCGCGCGCACUUUUAAAUAGCAGCGUGGUUAAUUGCAAGGCGGUUUAUGUAACCCUUUCACUGUCUGUGCUCAGCAUUAUAACCGGGGGCAGCAUUCAACAUGUAAAGUCCACCACAUGAAUCAAUGAUACUAAAUAAUACAUAAAGUAUGACAUAAACAACACUAUCUAUAAAAAUACAUGUACAUUGAAACUAAUGAUAAAUAAAAAGUAUGUACAUUAGAAACUAUUGAUUAACAUAUUGUAGGUGUGCAUAAUAAAGGAGUACUCUCUCUCUCUCUCUCUCUCUCUCUAUAUAUAUAUAUAUAUAUAUAUAUAUAUCUCAAAACAAAAUCACUCCUACAGGCCUGUCUAUUUAUUUAAAUGAGGACAAUAAGCCUAUGAUAUCAUAGAUUUCCUUCAAACCCUAUUGUACCCUGAAAAAACAGUAUCAUCAACAGCACAGACCCUUGUUUGCAUAUGAAAAUCCAUUUUGUUUUGAAAUAAUUGACUAUGUUAUUGAUUAUGUUUAACAAUAUAAGUUCACCUAUUUUUAAAUGUAACUUUUUGUUCUCCCUGUUUCUGUUAAUACUGUGUGUCUGCCACAGGAGGUAAAUGAUCAAUAUCUAGGAUAGAGCUAUUGGAUGCCCUCAUUACUUGUGACAGAAAUCCAUUAAAUGUAACAGCUUAUUACUGUAAUAAGAUCCACAUAUUUAUAUGUCUGUCCGGUACAUGGCCUAGUAAAUCUGUCUCUGGCUAUGUCCACAGGUCAUGCAUGGCCAAACACUCCACGGGCAGAUACCUCUCUUAUGAAGCCACUUUGGACUGAUAUAAAUAAAUAGAGUGACAGUAUAGAUCCCAAUGUGGAUGUUUCGUUUUAGUUUUUAGUGUGGAUUGCAAAUCUGGGCCUCAAUAGUUUUCUUAAAGCCUAUCAUAGCACAAAUAAUUCUGAAUCUAACUAAUAAUAAUGCACACAUAUUAUGUACUGCACUCAUAAUGAGUAGCGAUAUAAUCAAUAUCCAGGAUGCAGAUUUGUAGCACAGAGUUUGAAUCGUUCUGCCUUGAGUGGCCCCUGUCUGAUUGGUUUUCCUCUUAGCGGACACGUCGUGCAGCCAAAGAGCUCCAAAUGAAUAGACUAUGCCACCCUCUGCACAUCCUGUCGUGACUUUACACAGCACUUUAUAAAUGACUUUUACUUACACUCCCAGCAGUUCAUUAAACUAUUUAUUGUCCAUGAAAGACACUUUAUGCUCAUUGUAUACAAUUAUUUUUUGUCUAGACAAGUUCCUGAUUCUUCCUUCUGGAAACCUGCAAAUCCUCAAUGUGUCCAGUGAAGACAGAGGGUCUUAUAAAUGUGCUGCGUAUAAUCCAGUUACUGAGGAGCAGAAAGUGAACCCCACAACAUACAAGCUGACAAUAAACCGUAAGUGCUGUAUGCAGCUUUUCCAGGGUUCUAUUCAUUUAGAUGUGUCUGUGCUCUCUCUCUCUCUCUGUAUAUACGGUAUCUGUUAUACAGUAUGUGUAUGCUAUAUCUCUGUAAAUACGGUAUCUGUGCAAUAUAUCUGUAUAUAUACAGUAUGUGUACGCUAUAUCUCUGUAAAUACGGUAUCUAUGCCCUAUCUCUGUAUAUUCGGUAUCUGUGCACUAUCUCUGUAUAUACAGUAUGUGUACUCUAUAUUUCUUUAUAUACGGAAUCUAUGCCCUAUCUCUGUAUAUUCAGUAUCUGUGCACUAUAUCUGUAUAUACAGAAUGUGUAUGCUAUAUCUCUGUAUGUACAGUAUCUAUACACUAUAUUUGUAUAUACAGUAUGUGUACGCUAUCGCUAUGUAUAUACGGUAUCUGUGCACUUUCUCUGUAUGUACGGUAUCUAUAUCUACCUGUCCUAUCCAUAUUCUUAGUACUCCAUGCACUUCACACACACAUGCUCAGAUUCACACGCAAAGUCCUAAAUAUGCUCAUGGCCUGCAAGCCCCGUGCCAGUCCAAACCCUGUGAGAAUUAGAGCCUCACAUUGGUAAGAUGUUGUGACAGGUUCUCAAUGUACUUUGCCUUCAGAGAGCUGGUGAAGCCAGGACAAAGGUCCUCAUCCAUUACGCCACUGGUACCGCUAUUGACAUAGGGAUGGAUAUGGUGACAUACAUUGCUAAUGUUUCCAUUUCCCAUGAAACGAAUGUGAGCAUUGCCGUUAACAUGAUUUGUUCCUGCUACGGCAGUAUACUCUAUAAUUUGUCCAUUCAGAUCUCUCUUUCUGUACGUCCAUCCACCCAUCCAAUCUUCUUUUCUAUCUUUAUUUAAUUAUUUUUUUUGAUUGUGAAUGAAAUAUCUGCUAAUGUUACAAUGUGUUGAUAAUCUUUAUGUUUUCUGUCCUCCAUUCUAGGUUCUCUGCAGCACAGUUCCAAUAUUCUAAACCCCAUUCCAACUGAGACCUUGUCUGUACAGAUCCAUGAACCAUUGACCCUGGAAUGCGUAUUUGGAGGAGUUUUGUAUUCUCAUAUUACAUGGACCAAGGAUGGCCAUGACAUUACGGAGCUCGACCGAAGAAGAGUGUUUCACACACACCUUGUGAUAGAGCGAGUAGAGCGAUCUGAUGCCGGAAACUAUUCCUGCUUUUUAAAGAACUCCCAUCAUCUCCAUUAUGUUAACUACACUGUUAUUGUUCUAGGUAACGUGCAGUGGAUUCCUGAAUAUUCCUAAUAUUCGUAUAAAAGUUUAGAAAAUGCUACUUUGGGAAGUUUGAAAUGGAAAAAGUGUGAGGCAUGAUAUAACAGACUGCCUUUGUAUCUUUUCUAUCUAAUUGUAGCCUCUUGCACCUUCCCUGCCCCCAGGAAAUCAAGCUUUCUGUUGAUCAUAGCUGCUCAUCUCCUGUUUUCAUUUAAUUUGAUGCUAAAUGAGGAGAAUAUAGUCAGACUAUACAGUGGCUUAAGCCAGAAUUCACAGACAAUGAUUGCCGUCCAAUGCCAGAAAGGUUUGUUUGGAUAAUGAGAAUUCAUGGCAGCUCAGGGGCAGGGUGAUUUAUAAAUGUUUAAUUUUGGACAAAAACUAGAGCUAAAUAAUCACUACACAAAUCUGUAAGAAAAAAGUUUUGUCUAACACAUUAAUGAAUAAGCAAUAACUUAACAGAAGGUCUUCCACAAGACAGAGGCUUGAGCCCUCCGAUAUAUAGGACAUACUGAAAUGUGGAGGUGAAAUCGUAAUGUUAAAAUGUAACAUUUAUUGAAGUACCUAGAAAAAUAAAUUGGUAAUAUGUAAGAAAUCCACACACAAUCAAAAAAAGGACCAAGGAUCCAAACAAAUGAAUCAAAUUAUUUAAUUUCUUCAGUUACCUAACCAUAAAAUUGCAUCCGUCAAGAAAAUAACUGUACUGCACUCGAGUAAUAAAUGUUUGACACAGUUUGUCAGAAAAUCUGUUGCCAAUUGAACUGAAAACUAAUAGUAUAACUUCCCUCCAGUAUCCAAAUUAAAUCAAAAUCGGAACAGUAGAAAAUAGUUAGUAAGAGUCCUAAAACAGUUACAUUGACUGUGCAAGUCCAACAAAAUUGUAACAAUAAAUAUCCACUUCAUUUAUUUCCUAUACUGUUGCCAAUGGAUUAACUAUACUUAUGGACGUCCACCAGAUGUCGCUGUUCUAUUGAAUGCAAACAUGACUCAAUGUAAACGAAAACUGAUUCUAAUAACAGCGAUAGACUAAAAUGGACCAAUACAAAGAGAUUCCCUAUUGAAGGGGUGCACCCGUUGGCUGCUCCCUAAUCUCAUCCAAAUUAAAUUGUCAAUUGCUAAUACCUACUUAUUUGCCAGCCGACCCAUGUUCCCUUUGUUUGUCAAUAAGUAAAGAAAUGAAUUGGAAGGUGAAAGAAAAAUUAAUAAUAUAUAUGUGGAAAAUAAAUAAGCUAAAUAGAAGCCAAAAUCACCAGAGUGAUGAAAGAUAAGUAACAAAGUAACGAGCGUACUCAACGCGCAUUUCAUCCAGCUAGAGUCACCAGAAUCCUUCUUUAAUUUUUUGAGAUCUAUGGUCCUUUUAUAUGAUUGUGUUUGGAACUCUGGAAUAAUUCCAUAUUGAAUGACAUCCAUUUUUAGAUACUUUAGGUUAAAACGUAACGUUUAUUUAAAAAUUCAUACCACCUCGACUUAAGUUUGUCACAAAUCUGUAAUAGUUAUGGUGGUUAUAGUGUCCCUUUAAUAUAUACCAUUGUAUCUACACAUUAGGCCAUUUAAAUCAUUAUAAAAUAUAUAAUCCAUGAGAUACAAAGUGAUAGAUCUUAUCAUUUCUUGAUAAACGUAUUAUUAUUAUUGUAAACCAAUAAAAAUGAAGUAUGUUUAAAGAGUGAAUAAAAAGUUAUUUUCUAAAUUCCUGUAAUGUCGGACUUUAGUAGAGAAGCUACCAGCUUUCUGUCUCAGAUCCCUUACGCUUUAAAUAUGCUUCCUAACAAUAGUUCCAUGUACCGUAGCAACAAACCAGUCACACUGACGCAUUUUACUUGUAUUACAUGCAAUGGAUGCUGCAUCAGGCUCUAUAUUCUGCCAUUUUGUUUGUAUAUUUGUGGCUAGUUGCAUCUGUACUCUUUGAUCUUAGAACUCUGUGUGACCCAUAUUUAUUUUCAUCCUUUCUUUGUAGAACCUCCUGCUAUUACACGGGGCCCUGAGGAUCACGUGGCACUGAUUGGCAGCACCGUGAGGUUUAUCUGUGAGGCACGUGCAAAUCCAGUUCCCAAUAUUACCUGGGUGCACAAUGGAACUCUGAUUCAUCCAACUUCACGUUACCACCUUUUGGGGAACAAAUUGAGGGUCAGCAACAUUAACACUGAAGAUUCUGGGAUUUUUCAGUGUGUGAUGGACAAUGGAGUGGGUGUCGCUUUGGCUGCAGCGAGGCUGGAUGUCCAAUCGGGUAAAAGCAGACAGAUUUCACACCUAGACCAUGAAUGUGUAAUUGAAAGACGUCAAUAAACUUCCACAGUGUCACACAGGCAUGCUCGGUGGGGACCGCUGUAAUACAUAUAUGGUCUUUGGAUGCAGCUCGUGUUUUAUUUAAAAUAUCUCAGAAAAUAUUAAUACUUGUAAUAAUAAUAAUAAUAGUAAUGGCAACUCUACUGCUAAAAUGAUCUCAGAUCAAACUAUAUUAAAAAAUAAUAGUAAUAAUGUUUCUGACUAUACUACUAAUAUUACUAGUAGUGAUUGUAAAAUAUCAGAAUGUAUCGUCCACCAGUAAUAAUCACAUCUAAGACUAAUUAUAAUUGUAAUAAUAUCGCAGAAUAUACACGUACCUAAUCAUAGUUCAAAAUAUACUACUGCAAAUAAUAGCUCAGAAUAUAAUAGUAAUUAUUAUAAAAUAAUAAUACUACUAGUGCUACUAUAAUACUAUGUAUAUAAGACCAUGUUACACGUAUUAAUAAGUAGAUUUGGGCGCAGAUGAAAAAUUUGACAUGUUCGAAUAGUUUUGCCUGACAAUGAAAAACCAAUCGGACAAACCAAAUUUUGUUUGCAUAUUUUUGUUGAAAACGAAAUUUGGGUGAACCCAUUCAUUUUUUUUUUACCUUUUACUCAUUGGCGGCAAAAGAGGGUUUUAAAAUGGAAGCAUUGGAAAGCUCCCCACCAGUUCCUUCCCUCAUAGCCUCGAGGGCUUUAAUAAGUCUGCAUGCUUAGAUCAGGAGAGUUAUCACCUGAACAAAGAAACAAACAAGGGGACAUAUUUACUAAACAUUCUACAAAACAAGUAGAAUAUGAAUUCUCCACUCACCCUACUCAUAAUAAUAUCUCAGCAUAUAGUACUACUGCUAAUACUAAUAUUAUCUAAGGAUAUAGUACCACAAAUUAUAACAAUUGUAUAACAGCAUAUAGUAUUACUACUCCUAAUUAUAAUAUUAUCACAGUAUAAAGUACUAUUUAUAAUAUAUAACAGCAUGUACUAAUACUACUAAGAAGGAUAAUAAUAAUAUUAAUGGUUUAAUACUACUAGUAGUUACUCUGUAUUGUACAUUAUGUUCUGUAUUAGGGGAAACUCUUGUAUAUAGGAAUGUGCAGCCAUUGGAUAAUUGGUUUAGAACUUCAAUAACCGGUAACACAGCAUUUUAUUCAUCUGCAGACAAUGAUUCCAGUCCAAUUAUUGUGUCACCCCCCACAAAUGUUAGUGUCAUUUCUGGGGACUUGGUUACAUUGACCUGCAAUGCUUCAGGAGUCCCAACGCCAUUUAUUCGCUGGUACGACGCUCAUGGAAUAAUCAGAAGUCAUCCUUCUCAAGUCCUGCGCCCAAAAUCUCGAAAAGCAGCCCAAUCCAGAGCUGCCGACACAACAUCCAAGCAGGACCUGGUGCCACUUCUCAUUUCUCAGGCUGGUUCCAGCUCAUUGUCUAUCCGAUUUGCAACAGUACAGCAUGCUGGGAAAUACAAGUGUGAAGCAUCCAAUCAGUUUGGCUCCAGCAGUGCUGAAGCUUUUCUGAGCGUUGGUAUGUCUGCUUAUUAAAAAUAUGGAAAUUUUAUUUAUUUUUAUGGAUAGAGGAAUACAAAAUAACUAUUGCUUUCGGCAAUGGUCAUACCUAAUUAUUUGCCAUUAACCUGGCGAGUGUGCUACAAUAUGAGCAUGAUACAGAGCAAAACACUUCCUUAGCAUCUAGAGAGGAUUAAACUAGAUUACUCGAAUACUGGUUGUUAAUUUGAUUUAGAUUUACAUGAUACUCAGUGUUUGCACCUUUUAUUUCCAGGACUGUUCUAUUCAUUGUCUGUAGUUGAUAUUUUGUAACUUUAUGCAGGUUGGCUCUCAUGACUAUGCACCCACAGAUAUAACUUAGGUCCCAACAAGAAUUCAGAAAGAGAGGCUCCUUGCUUUCAGUGUUAGAGGGCAUUUCUCCUAUUUAUAAGGAACUGCUGCAGUCAGCUCAGAUAAAUGCAAGUCAUGUAUUCCGCCCAUUUUAAACUAUACGAUGGGAAUCAAAUGUUUGGAGGUAUGAAAAUAUCAAAUAAAUGUCCACAUUAAAAAGAUUAAUUUGAUGAUUGCGAUGAAACCAUCCACUGCUAAUGUCUAAUAGAUUGUUUCUUGUGAAAUCAUUUUAAUUUAGAAUGUUUUAUUUGCACUUUUCAGUUCCCUAUGAGACAAACACCCAACCUAGAGACCAGGAGCAUGUUCAGAGUGAUGAGGAGGAUGAUGAGUCUGCUGUUCGGACAUCUACUGCCACUUCUACAUCCGCAACCACAGACAAGCCACCAAACGGAGCAGCCUUACCUGAAGCCCCUAUCAUCCUCAGCCCUCCACAGGCCACCAAACCAGACAUGUAUUUCUUGGUGUGGAGAUCUGGAAAGGAUGGCGGUUUGCCUAUUAAUGCAUAUUUUGUUCGCUAUCGCAAGGUGAGAUUUUGACAGAUAAAUAUAUUAAUAAAAAUUACAGGGCCCCAGUACAAGAAAUGAAGACCAACCCUCAUCCCUACCCCAAGUGUUGGGUGGGGGAUUUUGGCAAAGUGUGAUGUGUGUGGGGAUUACUGAGUGUGAUAUGUGUAUGUGGGCUGGUUCAGUGUGAUAUGUGUGGGGGUUUGGCUGGAUGGGAUGUCUGUGGGAUUGACUAAGUGUGAUAUGUGUGAGGGGCUAGGCUGGAUGGGAGGUCUAUGGGAUUGACUAAGUAUAUAUAUGGGGUUUGGCUGGGUGGGAUGUUUGUGAAAUUGGCUGAGCAUAAUAUGUGUGGCGGUUUGGCUGGAUGGGCUGUCUAUGGGAUUGACUAGGUGUGAUAUGUGUGAGGGGUUUGGCUGGGUGGGAUGUUUGUGAAAUUGGCUGUGCAUGAUAUGUGUGGCGGUUUGGCUGGAUGGGAUGUCUAUGGGAUUGACUAAGUGUGAUAUGUGUGAGGGGCUAGGCUGGAUGGAAUGUAUAUGGGAUUAAUUAAGUAUAUAUGUGUGGGGGUUUGGCUGGAUGGGCUGUCUAUGGGAUUGACUAGGUGUGAUAUGUGUGGGGGGUUUAGCUGGGUGAAAUGUUUGUGAAAUUGACAGAGUGUGAUAUGGGUGUGGUGUAUAUUGUGGGAAGAUGUGUGAGUAGCUUCCUCCCAUAAAAAAAAAUAAUUUAGAAAAUGUACCCCCCUUCUGUUUACUUUUUUGUAGCACUCAGUGAAUGAGUUAGAGCGUUGCCGUGGUAAAGCAGCAGCAUUUACUUAUUUACUGAGUGCCAGGAAGACAAGGGAUGUUUAAAGUGGCCUGCGCCUGCCAGGGGUGCAGACCACAUGCUUGCUAGCAGGAUUUUAUUAUUUCAUUUUUAAUAGUCUUGUGUGGGCCGGCCAACAGGCAGAACUCCAGGACCCAGUCACAGCCAUCACUUUGCGACCCUGAUAUUCCCUCCUGUGCUGCACAAUUAUUACUGAUGCACACCCACUGUUUUUAUACAGUGCGGGCAUUCAUUCGCAGCGUUACUAUACAGAGAGUCAUGUUAAAAUCACCCCCUGGGUUUGAGCUCAGGGUGAUGUUACAAAUCUCUCCCUAAACAGUAACAAUAGUACCUAAUGUAUGUGUAACGCUCAUCUCUUCUAUUUCCAGGACAGUAACAUUUUAAUUUAUAGCAUAGCAUCAUUUUUCACGUGUUACAAGCUUUCAGCAGAAUGAACAGUCUGUUAAAUAUAGAACUCCCCUUUUAACUCUUUACUUCCAUAGAAUGUAAUGCAUUUUUUGUCGUUUGUAUCCUGCAAACUGGUUUAUUAAUAGACUCUCUAUAAAGGUGAUACAUAAAGAUCUUGAUCACACAUCUCACAGGAUGCAACGUGGGGAAUCAAAAUACCAGCUUUAUAUCUUUAAAAUUAUGGCACAGCAAUACAGCGGUCGAACACAUUAGCAGUAGAACCAAUUGCACUUACGCACGGCGGUGUGUCCUUCAGUUUUUAUUUAAUUUCAAUUUCCAAAAUCUCAGAGACGUUACUGCUGCUGUGUGAAAUCAAGCGGCGAUAUCCUAUGAUUUUGUGCAUGUGGCCAGCAAAAGCCCAGAUGUAUGAAAUACCUUAAAAAAACAGUCCCUUGUGGUGUUUUCCUAGGCAGUAACAUGCCAUGACGUACUCGGAAUGAUUUUCUGGGAUUAGUGGAAAGGGGUCUAAAACCACCUCAUAGGUCACACUUCCUGUUUAGAAUAAUGAUUGAUCCAAUCUUGUAUCUGUAUAUUUGUUUAGAAAUUGUUUCAUUUUAAAAAAACCUAAAUUCAUAUAGAAAGUAGCUUCAAGAGAACAUCUACCGGAUAUGUUGUACAGUGCUCCGGAAUAUGUUUUUGUAUAUAAAUAAUUUGUUCUUUUCAGUUGGAUGAUGAAGGAAACAUGGUUGGAAACUGGAACUCCAUCCGUGUACCGGCGAGUGAGAGCGAGUUUCCACUGACAGAGCUUGAGCCAUCUAGUCUCUAUGAAGUCCUUAUGGUGGCAAGAAACGCAGCUGGCGAGGGCCAGCCAGCCAUGCUUACAUUCCGUACAAGCAAAGGUGAGUAUUUUGGGGUGUACCAGAUAUAACAACUAAACAGAUCUUUAUUGAUGUACAUUUAAGAUAUUUUAAGAGAAGGAAAUAUUGAGUCCUAUGAUCUAACUCUUUAAGUACAAGAGAUGUGAUUUUACAAUGAUUUUGGCUCACCUCUAGUGCUCAGAGAGGUUCCAGACUGACCCAUUCAUUUGAUUCUUGCUUUAUAUAGAUAACUCAUUAUAAUAUAUACAAAACAACAUUCGAAAUAUAACAUAAAAAACAGAUACUCACAUGGGAAAUUCCAGCAUUUGCCGAGGCCUUGCUCCAUCUGCAGGAAGCUCCUCCCUGUCUGGGGUAAGACACUUCAAACAGGAGUUUUAACCCCAGGCAGGAAGUCAAACUAUUACUAAAUGGUUUCACUACUUACAUUGUAGGGAUUGCCAUAAUCACUAUAGCCCACUAUAGUGGUUAUCGUGCUUGGACUAUUCUCUUAGCUAUAAAAUCCCACAAUCCCUCACACAUGUAACUAGUCCUAACUAUUACUUACUUUUGAAACUUAAGAACAUUAAAAAAAAAGCCCACACACAUUAUUAUUGUUGUACCUUUUCAGUGCAUCUGUCAUGUAAUGUCACGCAGUGCAGACAGCUGUCCAGUGCACUGUAGACCAGGUUAGCUCACUGUAUUGCAGCAGCCCAGCUUGAUUACCGCAUCUUUUGUCCUGAAAUUUAACAAUGGCACGAAUAGCGCUUUUGAUAUGCUUUCUUGUCUGUGAUACAGAGAGAAAUUCUUCUUCCAAGAACACGCAAGCUCCGUCUCCAAGACACACCUCUCCACAUGAGGGCUCCAAUGCCAACUUUGGUGUGGUGACUCUGGGCACGUUCCGGCACAGUGGGGGUAAAUAUUGUGAUCACCCAUAAAUCUCACUCCUCGUUAUGGGAUUUAACUAUUUUGUUUUCUUGAAAGUGACCAAAUGCUUUGCUGAUUGAUUGAAGGAUUUUGUGACCUUGUAAGCUGCCGCACGGUUUGAUUGGCAGGGAGUACAGUACGCAGUUUUGCAUUUGUUUUAGGAGCAGUGAUAAAUAUCCUUUUCAUCAAAAUUUAUUUUGAUAAGACUGCGCUAAUUCCUCCUCGUACAAAUAACAAAUACCUGCACGAGGAAGCCUUUCCAGUAGUGUUCUAACUCCAUUCUAAUACUAACUGGUUAUUUACUGGUUUAUUUAUGCAAUCUUUUGUGGACCCAGGACGUACCGGUAUCCAUCCUGGUAAAAUAUUUUAUAAAUAAAUAAUUCACUAAAGUGAGAAUUCAAACUGGAUUCAAAGUGUAUUUCAAAUUUAAGGCCAGAGAACCGGAACUGAAAGCACAGCUUAAGUAAAGAAUAUUUACAGUGUGGCUUGUAUUCGUCCAUAUCCCUUACUUUAUAUAUUACAAUGUGAUUUCUGAUAGAUGUGGUGUUAUCAGUCUAUGUAUUAUAUUUCAAUGAUUUUACUCUUAACUUCUUAUUGCUAAUUUAUUCUCUUUCUUCUUUUCAAUUCUUUGCUUUCCAAGUGACCUGUGUAAGUAUUUGCUAAAGAUUUUUUAUUUUAAUACUUUUAUGCUGUCCUACACCAUACCUACAUGUACACUAUAAUUCAUUAUACAAUACCUACACCUAUACUAUAAUUCAUUAUACAAUACAUACAUGUACACUAUAAUUUACUAUAUAAUACCUAUAUGUACACAAUAAUUCAUUAUAAAAUACUUAUACCUAUACUAUAAUUCAUUAUACAAUACCUACACCUAUACUAUAAUUCAUUAUACAAUACAUACAUGUACACUAUAAUUUACUAUAUCAUACCUACAUGUACACUAUAAUUCAUUAUACAAUACCUACACCUAUACUAUAAUUAAUUAUACAAUACGUACAUGUACACUAUAAUUUACUAUAUCAUACCUACAUGUACACUAUAAUUCAUUAUACAAUACUUACACCUAUACUAUAAUUUACUAUACCAUACCUGCAUGUACACUUUGAUUUAUUAUACAAUACUAUACUAUCAUUUACUAUACCAUACCUUAACCUAUGCUAUAAUUUAUUAUACAAUAAGUACACCUAUACAAUAAUUUACUAUAUCAUACCUACAUGUACACUAUAAUUUAUUAUACAAUAUCUACACCUAUACAAUAAUUUACUAUACCAUACCUACAUGUACACUAUAAUUUAUUAUACAAUACUGAAACCUAUACUUUACUAUACCAUAACUACAUCUAUGCUAUAAUUUACUAUACCAUACCUUCAUGUACACUAUAUUUAAUAUACAAUACCGAAACCUAUACUAUAAUUUACUAUACCAUACCUUGACCUAUGCUAUAAUUUAUUAUGCAAUACCUACACCUAUGCUAUGAUUUACUAUACAAUACCUUGACCUAUACUAUACUUUACUAUACCAUAUCUUCACCUACACUGUACUUGCUAUACCAUACCUACAUCUACACUGUACUUACUAUACCAUACCUUCACCUAUACUAUAAUUUAAUAUACCAUACCUAUGCUAUAAUUUAUUAUACAAUACCUUCACCUAAACUAUAAUUUACUAUACAAUACAAACCUAUAAUAUAAUUUACUAUAUCUUAUCUACAUCUAUACCAUAAUUUACUAUAUCAUACCUACACCUAUACUAUAAUUUAUUAUACCAUACCUACACCUACACUGUACUUACUACACCACACCUACACAUAUACUAUACUUAACUUCCCCUAUACUAUCAUUUACUAUACCAUACCUUCACCUAUACGAUCAUUUACUAUACCAUACCUUCACCUAUACUGUACUUACUAUACCAUACCUUCACCUAUACUAUAAUUUACUACAACAUAUCUACACCUAUACUAUAAUUUACUACAACAUAUCUACACUAGUGAUGUCGCGAACUUGCCGCGAACGGUUCGCCAUGAACCAUUCAUGGCGAACUCUGGUCAGCUUACACAUCCCUGCCAAUCUCCGGCAGACCCUCCCUCCCAGACCCUCCUACUUCCUGGACAGCAUCCAUGUUGAAGGCAGCUUCAACAUGGAUGCUGUACAGGAGGUGGGAGGGUCUAGGAGGGAGGGUCUGCCGGAGAUUGGCAGGGAUGUGUCAGCUGACCGGAGUUCGCCGUGAACGGUUCGUGGCGAACCGUUCGCGGCAAGUUCGCGAACGGUUCGCGGAAAGUUCGCAAACGGUUCGCGAAAUCACUAAUCUACACCUAUACUAUAAUUUACUCUACCAUACCUAAACCUAUACUAUACUUUACUAUACCAUACCUAUGCCUAUCCUAUAAUUUACUAUACCAUACCUAUGCCUAUCCUAUAAUUUACUAUACCAUACCUAUGCCUAUACUAUACUUUACUAUACCAUACCUAAACCUAUACUAUACUUUACUAUACCAUACCUAUGCCUAUACUAUAAUUUACUAUACCAUACCUACGUCUAUACUUUACUAUGCCAGGGGGUAUUGGGUUAAAUCCUUUUUUACUAUUCAAACAGCAGCAAAAGGAGAAAAAAUAGUAAAAUGCAAACAAACUUGAAAAAAGAACUUGGUGACAACAGGUAUAAUAUAUCCACCAAUCACAGAAGAGCAUAGUCUAUAUAAAGAAACACCAAAGUCCUCUUUUUUUGACUGCGACCAUCAAUACGAAAAUAUAAUAAAGAAGAACAAGAACACAAGGUACCAAAACCAAAAUAAAUCUUGUAGAAAGAAGGAAAUAUUCAUGAAGAAUAGGCAAGGACAUAUUUGGCAGAAAUAGCUGAUCAAUACUCAUUAAUAGUCUGUGUGUAUAUAUAUAUAUACUUUACCUUGUUCUAGAAGUGUGAUGAAAAAUUCAUGAUUAUAGGAAUAGAGUCAUGGAUCCAAAAGACCUCUCCAAGCACCAGUCAGACCAAGAUUUCCAGGCUGAUCGAUAAUUGACUUUGGUGCCUUGUGCACAUGCUUCUGAUAAGAUGUCUUGCGUCGAUUGUGAAAACGCUUUGUUGUCGCGGUUGGCGGUAUGGAGACAUGAUGAUGAUAGGAGUCAACCUCGGGGAAAUGAACAAACAGGGCCUGGUGCAGGGUAACCACAGGCCCCCUGGUGUUGAGCACCAGGGUUUGUGUGGCCACAUACCAGGGCCCUGAUGUAGCUUUUGUGGAUCCCAGAAGCUAGGAGAAAAUAUGCAGACCUCCCAGGAUCUGGAUAGGGAGGCUCUGCAGCAGAUAUGUAUCCAGUACUAGAACCAAGGCAAGACUGGAACAGACACCAAACAAGAUAAGACUAGAUGAACCCAGAACCGGAGCAGGACAGAAAGCAGAGUCGAGAACAUGUACACAAGACAUGAGGGAAACCAGAACAAGGCAUGGACAGGACAGGACUGUACAUGAACUGGGAAAACAAAAUAAAACAAGACAAGAGAUACAAGGCAAAACAAGAGGAGACAUAACAAAGUACUAAUAUGUGUAAUAAACACUGGAGAUUUAGACAUGCAUAAAUGGCCAAGAUGUAUGCAACCCACCACUGCACCAAAGAACUCCAAUUACGGUGGGUCCUAACUGCCUAGAUAUGCAUGACUAAAUAAACCAUAAUAAAACACACACAGCACUUACCUGCAACCACUGUCUGCAGGACCAGACUGAAAUAAAAAGGAUUAAUGGCAAAGGAACGGGUGUGGCAACAAAAAAACAAACAUUUAAAGGAAUCCAAAAGACUGGGAAUUCCAGGAACGGAAUAAAGGAAUGAACCCAGAAAAUCCAGCAUAAAGAAAACCAGACAUAGAAUAAAAAAACAGAAAAACUAAACAAGAAUUGUAAAAAGUGUACUGGAUACCAGAAGCCAUCGCCAUAGCUGAUCCGCAGCAGGAACAGGACGUGACAGUUGUGAAUUGAAGAUUUCCCGAAGCUAGCCAAGCAACAAGAGUUAAUUGAUGCUCCAGAAUCAAAGGAUGAUAUUCCCCAUUGGGAUUCAAUACAAGAUCCUCCUGGAAUUGUAGGAUUUGAGGAAAAUUCACGAGAAGUAGUUCCAGGAGAUUUGUAAACCACAGUUGAGUUGGCCAUAAUCGUGUUAUCAAAACUAGGGCAGCCACUUGAAGUUCUUUCUGAAAUUGCACUCUCUGAACGAUUGUGAAAGGAAGAAACGUGUAAUGUUGUCAUAAUUGCCAUGCCCAGAAUAAAUAAAAUAAUUUCUCAAAAAGACAUAAAUAAAUUGGUUGCAUAGCUUGGUGCAUAUCUGGUCCUCAUAUCUGUACCCCUUAAUUGCAAAGAAAAAUCCUCCUUCAAACCAUGGGGGCCAGGUUUGCACCAAGCUAUGACAAUUUCUGAUCUAUAUCUGUGCCAGUAUAAUUUCCAGUAUAAUCUAUACACUUUUACUUUACUAUACCAUACUUAGCCCAAUACUUUAAUUUACAAUACCAUACCUGUAUCUAUACUUUAUUUUACUAUACCUUUGCUAUACCUAUACAUAACAGAGUAUUUUGGCUGUGACAUUUAGUUUGCUUGUCAUAACAGAAUGUGUAGGCCGCUGUGGUAAUCCCUCUAAAGAGUGACAGCAGUGGUAAUGGUCUAUGCCUUAGAACUGGUAAACCUAGAUUGGAGUCCCACUACUAUAAUGAUAGGCUUUCUUUACCUCUAAAAGAGACACUUCUCUGCAUGUGACUUACACAGUCUUCCUAAACACUCCCUGUAAAAAGUAAUCUACACUUCCUUUAUAGCACAGUCUGUUUAAUUUAGAAUUUCUGCAGGAGACAAAAACUUUGUCUGAUUGAAAAUGAAACCAUUUUGUUUUCAUGCAGGCUGUGUCAGUCACUGCCAGGGGAGGUGUGGCUAGGGCUGCAUAAACAGAAACAAAAGUGAUUUAACUCCUAAUGGCAGGGAGUUGCUCAGUGAGACUUCAGAGGCAUGAUCUAUACACUAAAACUGCUUCAUUAAGCUAAAGUUUUGUUGACUAUAGUGUGCCUUUAAAUAGAAAUGCUUUACACUGGUAAAUGCUUUUCUUUCCCUAGUCCCAGAAGCGCCAGAUCGACCCACUAUUUCUACUGCUUCAGAAACAUCUGUAUAUGUCACUUGGAUACCCAGAGCAAAUGGCGGUUCCCCCAUAACCUCAUUUAAAGUGGAGUACAAGCGGGCAGGAAAGAACUGGCUUACAGCAGCUGAGCAUAUCCCCCCAUCAAAGCUCUCGGUUGAGGUCUCUGAGCUGGAACCAGGUUUGUUACAAAAAUGGCAUUGUUCUAUACAUAUUCGACCUCAUUAAAACAUAACUGCUAAUUAUAUAUAUAUAUAUUACAAAACAUUAUACAUGCACACCCAUCAAGUCUCAAGCACUUAUUUUGAUUGGUUUACAAAGUCUAAGGAAAAUCCGGAGAGUGAGCUUAUAAUUUAAAUCAGGGCUGUCCAUUAGCUAGAUCCCAGAUGUUGUAGAAUGACAACUCCCAUGAUGCUUUGCAUGUAUUUAGAAUGUCAACACAUAAUGGGAGUUGUAGUGUAUUCUCUGGAAUACAAUCUACGGAAUUUCCUGGUUAAUGAAACGUCUUGUCAUAUGCUGUUCAGGCUACCAUCACCGCACAGUGACAUCAGGUCCUUUGUUUACUAACUAAUUGUCUCUUUAAUGAUAAUUAACACUGCACAGUUAUAAAUCUAUCCUUUAUCCAAUUCUGAUGUUCAUAGACUCUUCUGCUCAUACUGCUGUAGUAGAACAUUGCAUUUAAUAAGUUUCUGUUUGUUCUCGUAGGAUCUGUGUAUAAAUUCCGAGUCAUUGCAAUAAACCACUAUGGGGAGAGUCAGCGAAGCACUGUGUCACGGCCUUACCAAGUCGCCGGAUAUAGCAACCAUGUUUCAAAUCCAUUGAUUGUUGGUCCGCGUAUCGACCACACAGAGGCUGUGACUGAUACACAGAUACUGCUAAAAUGGACAGUAAGUCUGUUUUAUGUUCUCUUGUAUAUGAAUUAUGUACAUGUAUAGCCCUUGUGCUUCUCCAGUGAAUAUAUGAAUACCAAUAAAUGAGAGCACUCAUUAUAUAUAUAUAUAUAUAUAUAUAUAUAUAUACAUAUUAAUGUAUGCAUGUUUGUUUCUAUGUAUUUAUUUGAUGUAUAUUUAAAGCUGAUAGAAGCUCAAUAUCUCCACCUUAACUCCCAGCAUUGGGGCUAAAUUAAAGACAGCAGCCAGAAAUAGAAUGUGACUCCCACUCAUCCCAGGCAACCCUUGUGCUCCCGUGAAACCCUAACCCUAAUUAAACAAUGUAAUAUAAAACCUAUAUAUUGAUGACACUUGUACUAUGGCAAAAUAAUGACAUCUUGGGGUUCUGAAGAACGAUCUUCAGUUUUGUGGUUUAUUAUAAACACUUCAAUGCCUUUACUUUCUCAUAAUACACUCGGCUCCAUAAUGUAUUUUGUUAUAUCGAAUGAUUUAUUUUACAGUUGAGGUUAAGGUUCUUAACUAUAUGCUCUAUAUGAAAGUAGAAAGAGAUGAGUGAAUGGCGCUUACACAAUAAAAUCAGAUAGAAUAAGUACAGAAACAGUGGUGGAAUGAUAAGUGUUCCCCAACACCUCAAGCACAAAAUCUGAAAUGUAGGCACUGAAUAAACAAAUGCCAAAAACCACACACCACUCUCUGUGUCCCAGAUAGUAAAUAUAUACAAUACUUAUAUAUAUACAGGUGUAUAUUGCUGGUAUUCCAUAUAGUUGGAUCCUAUAAUAAUAAAAAACAAUACACAGUAUAGACUGUAUAUAUAAAAUAGAAAAUAAAAAUAAAUGAAUCCACUCACGGAUUGCAGAGCCGUGCCAGGCUCUGUAUAUAAUGCCCAAGGGUGCCUCAAUAGGCUAAAUGCAGAAACUCCACGAUAUCCCUCAGAAUCAGGAGAAGCAGCAAAUGAUGGUGAAAGAUGAACAAAUUUAUUUUAAAUAAAAAUAUAAAAAAAAAAAACUGUGUAAGUUGUAUAUAGUAAUACACAGAAUGAUAAUAAUGCAGACGCGUUUCAACUCAGCCAGAGUUUUCCUCAGUGCACUUUCACCAUCAUUUGCUGCUUCUCCUGAUUCUGAGGGAUAUCGUGGAGUUUCUGCGUUUAGCCUAUUGAGGCACCCUUGGGCAUUAUAUACAGAGCCUGGCACGGCUCUGCAAUCCGUGAGUGGAUUCAUUUAUUUUUAUUUUCUAUUUUAUAUAUACAGUCUAUACUGUGUAUUGUUUUUUAUUAUUAUAGGAUCCAACUAUAUGGAAUACCAGCAAUAUACACCUGUGUAUAUAUAUAUAUAUAAGUAUUGUAUAUAUUUACUAUCUGGGACACAGAGAGUGGUGUGUGGUUUUUGACAUUUGUUUAUUCAGUGCCUACAUUUCAGAUUAUAUGCUCUAUAUGUUUAUAAAUGUGUGUGCAAGUAAUGUAUUUAAAUAAGUGAUAUAUAUUUAUAUAUAGACAUAUAAAUAUAUACUGUGUGCUUAUCAGUAACCUUCCUGGGGCAAAAAAGAAAACACAGUUUUUAAUGACUAUGUCUUUCUUGUUUUUACUUAAGUACAUUCCUGCCAACAACAACAACACGCCCAUCCAGGGUUUUUAUAUUUAUUAUCGCCCUACUGACAGCGACAAUGACAGCGAUUACAAGAGGGACAUUGUAGCAGGUGAGUUUGGCUUCAUGAGGGAAAAGUUUUGUUUCAGUCUAUUCUGAUAUCGAAUAUUUUUAUUUAAUGAGAUUCUCUGCCCAUCACUGCUCUUUUACCUUGGAAACACUUACCACACGGAAAGUUGGACAUGUUAGAUUCACAAUUUAUUAACUUAGAUUGGCGAAGGAAACCACAAAAGAAUGGGUUCUUCUUGUGAUAUGAUUUAUGGACUUAUGAAACUCAUACAUUACACAACUCAGGCAGACCUGCCUCACUUUCUAUGAAACCAACACUAUUAGGCAACUGUCUGGUUAAUCCACUAAUCUACGUGGCUCCAGAGAGUCAGACAGAUCCUGCUGUUCUAGCUCAAUGGCAAGGACAAGAUCCAAGCCAUCAACACAUAUGCCCAACCAGUCAUCAGGUACCCAGCUGGAAUAAUAACAUUAACCUGGGCAAGGGAAGGACUGGUCACCAUGGAUGUCAAAACUCACUAAUGAAUGGAGAAUUCCACCCAAAAUCCAGCACCCAGAGACUGUACACCAGCCAGAAGGAAUGAGGUCAGGCCUGAUGAGUGUCAAUGCCACAGUUUUCAUGAAGAUGGUGCCCAAAGACGAACUGCUAAGGGAAUGCCUGAGACAACAGAGGAUACAGAAAGGAGAGGAUUCCUUGGCAAGACAAACCUCUCAAUGUGGUGUACCACUUCCAGAUAGUGGAUGUGUCUCAAAUUACAAAAUCCUACCAGUGGUUGGAAAAGGCAAGACUGAAAGACCACACAGAGAAGCUAAUCACAACAGCCUAGGAACAAACACUCAGUACCAGAUCAAUAGAAGCAAGGGUCUUCCACAUUAGGCAGGAUCCAAUGCGCAGACUGUGCAAAAAGGGGUCUGAGAUAAUCCAGCACAUAGCAGCUGGGUGCAAGAUUUUAGCAGGGGCAGCGUACACUGUGAGGCACAACCAAGUUGCUGGGAUUGUGUUGGUAAUAUAUAGAUUGUGUAUAUAAUAUCUGCACCGACUAUUUGCUGGACCUUCCUAAGUCCAGAUGUGAGAUACCGCAAAGAGUAGUUGAGAAUGACAGGGCUAAAAUCCUGUGGGGCAUACAAGCAAGUAGUGGCCAACUAACAUGACAUUGUGGUGGUAGACCAGGUACGGAAGACUUGAGUGGUGGUGGAUGUGGCAAUACCCAGUGACUAUAACAUGAAGGAACAUGAGAAGAUGGGCAAAUACCAAAUACUGAAAGAGGGGCUAGAAAUGAUGUGGAAAGUGAAGGCAGUAGUAGUCCAGAUUGUGAUAGGAACACUCUGGGCUGUAACCUCCAUGUUGGGGAAGAGGCUUCUACAGAUUACAGGUGUGACAUCUGAGAUAACUGUCCAGAAGAGUAGAGUUCUAGGAACAGUUAAGAUACUGCACACGACCCUCAGGAGGGAUGAGAAAAAAAUAAUCUAUAGACACUGAUCAGCCACAACAACCUGCCUAAUAUCAUGCGCUGCCAAAGCAGCUCUGAUGCGUCAAGACAUGGACUCCACCACACCUCUACAUGUGUUCUCUGGUAUCUGUCACCUAGACAUUAGCAGGAAAUCAUUUAAGUCCUGCAAAGUGGUGCUUCUAUGGAUCACAUAUGCUCAGUCAGAUUGAUAAUUUGGAGGCCAAGACAACACCUUGAACUCUUUGUCAUGUUCCCCAACCAUUCCUGAACAUUUUUUGCAGUGUGGCAUUGUGUAUUACCAUGCUAUAAGAGGCCACUGUAAUCGGGGGACACCAUUGCCCUGAAGGGUUGUACAUAGCCUGCAACAAUCUCUAGGUAGGUGAUAUGUUUCAAAGUAACAUCCACAUGAAUGCCAGGACCCAAGGUUUCCCAGCAGAGCAUUGUCCAGAGCAUAGCACUGCCUCUGUUGGCCUGCCGUCUUCCCAUAGUACAUUAUGCUGCCAUCUCUCCCCCAGGUUAAUGAUGCACAUGCACCCAGCCAUCCACCUGAUCUAAAAGAAUAUAUGAUUCAUCAGACCAGACAACCUUCUUCCAUUGCUCCAUUUUCCAGUUCUGACGCUCUCGUCCACAUUGAAAGCACUUUCGGUGGUGGACAAAUGUCAUCAUGGGCACUCUGACCUGUCUGCGGUUAUGCAGCCACAUACACAGCCAACUACGAUGCACUGUGUAUUCUGAUAUCUUUCUAUCUUAGCAUUAAGUUAUUAAGUAAUUUGAGGUUCUGUGUAAUUGGACCAGACAGGAAAGCCUUCACUCACCAUUUUAGAAAAUUGAUAAACAUUUAAUUAAGAACAAUAAACAUUAAUUAUAAGCAUGAUGUUAAUAAAAAAUAUAUAUCUUUUUCAAGCAGGCACAAAGCAUCGCCAUUUAAUACGAGAUUUGCUUCCUGAGACAUCUUAUGACAUUAAGAUGCAAUGUUACAAUGAGCGAGGGGCAAGUGAUUUCAGUAACGUCAUGAUCUGUGAAACAAAAGGUAAAAAAUAUUGCAAGUGUGAUCCUGUUAGACAAAAGUAUUACCUUUCUUAGAUGUAUUAUGUAUGCCUUGUGUUCCCCCUAUUCCCCAUUCUCUCUAGAUUGUAAGCUUGUGAGCCGAGCUCUAUCUACAGCUUGUGUUCCCCCUAUUCCCCAUUCUCUCCAGAUUGUAAGCUUGUGAGCCGAGCUCUAUCUACAGCUUGUGUUUCCCCUGUCCCCCAUUCCCUCUAGAUUGUAAGCUUGUGAGCCGAGCUCUAUCUACACCUUGUGCUUGCCCUGUCCCUCAUUCCCUCUAGAUUGUAAGUGUGGGUGCCAUUCUCCCUCUAUACCUUGUUUUUUUCUCAUGAUCCAUUUCCUCUAGAUUGUAAACAUGUCAGUUGAGCUUUCUCUAUACCUUGUGUUUCAUUGUCUCUCUAUUCCCUCUAGAAUAGAUUGUAAGUUUGUUAGCCAAGCUUUAUCUAUAACAUGUAUUUCCACUGUCCCCCAAUCUCUUUAGAUUGUUAGCAUAGGAGCAUAGCUCUUUCUACACCUUGUGCUUCUCCCGUCCCUCAUUACCUCUAGAGUGUAAGCGUGUGAGCUGUUCUCCCUCUAUACCUUGUGUUUCCCCUGACCCCAUUCCCUCUAGACUGUAAGCUUGCGAGCCAUUCUUCCUCUAUACCUUGUGUUUCCCCUGACCCCAUUCCCUCUAGAUUGUAAGCUUGUGAGACAUUCUUCCUCUAUACCUCGUGUUUCCUCUGACCCCAUUCCCUCUAGAUUGUAAGCUUGUGAGACAUUCUUCCUCUAUACCUUGUUUCCCUGUCCCCCAUUCCCUCUAGAUUGUAAACUUGUGAGUCAAGCUCUCUAUAUCUUUUUUUUUCCUUGUCCCCCAUUCCCUCUAGCUUGUAAGCUUGUGAGCAGAGAUCUCUAUACCUUGUGUUUCCUCAGGAUCCAUUUCCUCAGGAUCGUAAGCUUGUCAGCCGAGCUUUCGCUAUACCUUGUGUUUCCUUGUCUCUCUAUUCCCUCUAGAUUGUAAGUUUGUGAACCUAGCUUUCUCUAUACCAUGUAUUUCCCCUGUCCCCCCAUUCUCUCUAGAUUGUAAGUUUAUGAGCCGAGCUCUCUCUUUACCUUGUGUUUCCACUGUUGCCCAUACCUUCUAGAUUGUAAGCCUGUGAGCCUUUCUCCCUCUAUACUUUGUUUUUCCCCUUACCCCAUACUCUCUAGAUUGUAAGCUUCUGAACCAAGCUCUCUCUACACCUUCUGUUUCAUUGUCUCUCUGUUCCCUCUAGAUUGUUAGCUUGUGAGCCUUUCUCCCUCUAUACCUUGUUUUUCCCCUUACCCCAUACUCUCUAGAAUGUAAGCUUCUGAACCAAGCUCUCUCUACACCUUGUGUUUCAUUGUCUCUCUGUUCCCUCUAGAUUGUAAGCUUGGGAGCCUUUCUCCAUCUAUACCUUGUUUUUCCCCUUACCACAUACUCUCUAGACUGUAAGCUUCUGAACCAAGCUCUCUCUACACCUUGUGUUUCAUUGUCUCUCUGUUCCCUCUAGAUUGUUAGCUUGCAAGCUGAGUUCUCUCUGUACCUUUCUAGAUUGUAAGUUUGUGAGCUGAGCUCUCUCUGAACCCUGUGUUUCCCCUGUCCCCCCGCCCCCUCCCCCCCGUAAAAUAAUACAAUUUUCAUGUCUGCAUUAAUUAAAAAUCUACUUUCUCUGUCUUGUAGCCAGGAGGAAUCCCGGAGCUUCAGAAUAUACAGUUUUAGAUUUCAGCACGCCAUCAACAGUGGAACAUGCUGCGGGCAGCAGCUCCAGUUCAUCUAACUCCCUGACACGAAGCGGUGACAUGCUCUAUGUGAUAGUGGGCUGUGUACUUGGUGGAAUGGUGCUCAUCCUCAUGGCCUUCAUUGCAAUGUGCCUUCUGAAGCAUCGGCAACAAAGUCUUAUGCAGAGUAAGUAGCUAAAUACAGGGAAAGACAGAUACAAAUAUCAACAGAUAUUCAAUGGCGGAUGGACAGACAAGAGACAGAUUGAUAAAACAGACAUAUAUAUCGAUAGAUUGUUGCGAAAAAUAAGUCAGACAGAUAGACAGACAAAUAGUUAUUGUAUGUAUGUUAUUAUAAACUGCUCAACUGUAUUUAACAUUUCUCUUUAUUUGCUUUUUCUUUGUGUUUAGAGUUUGAGCCCCCCGGAUAUUUGUACCAAGGAGCAGAUCUAAAUGGACAAAUUAUAGAGUAUACUGCCUUAGCAGGAACAAAUCAUGUUAACGGCAAUGCUCACAGUGGUUUCAUGGGAAAUGGAAACAUCAGUAAUAUAUGUCACCAUAUCCAUCCCUAUGUCAAUGGUGGUACCAGCGGCGUUAUGAAUGGGGACAUUUGUCCUGGCUGCACCAGCUCUCUGAAGGCAAAGUACAUUGAGAACCUGUCACAACAUCUUACCAAUGUGAGGCUCUAAUUCUCUCAAGUUUUGUGCUUGCAUGGGGCUUGUAGGCCACGAGCAGUGGAGGCAUAGAUUUAGAACUUUGCGUGUGAAUCUCUGCAUGUGCGUGUGAAGUGCAUGGAGUACUAACAAUAUGUAAAUAUGUUGGGUCUCACUCUUAAAAUCUUAUUAACUGGUGGAUCAUUUUAUAUUUUUAUUUUAUAUUUGGUUUUAUUUAUUUUUAUUUUUGGUUGUGAAGAAGAUACAGGAGCCAAUAAAACGUAGAUUAGCUGCUCAAACGCAAGCACACAUUUAAAAGGCAUGAGAAAAAUAGAACAUGAUGUAAUCAAGUAGCUGCAGAAUUUUAGAAAAUCAUAAUGAAGAAAUAAACGUCAGUGAUUAAAGUUUCAUAAGAGUAUAAGUCACCCAGAGGCAGCGAAAUUUAAUGUGGCAGAAUAUGGAAAACAGCAAUUCUUAGUAAUAGAUAAAGACGGGGUAGCGGGAACUUUGACCAUUUCAGGGAAGGUGAUCUCUGGGAGGGCAUGAUUGGUACGGGGAUGGGGGGUGUGCCACCGUUUGCUGGUUGUUCCCAGCCUGUUGAUGACAGACAACAAACAUGCGAAGAACUGAGCUUAACCAGCCUGGAACCAGCCAGGACAUUGCCAGACGUGGAGUUACACCUUAGGCAGAUAAAAGGUUAACUCUGAAUGUGCAGAGAAUGUCAUAGCAUUCACAAAAUGAUAUUCUCCAUUGACUUGCUGUAGUACAAUAAUUUUUAUAUUUUCAGGGUGGUGUCCUGUACACAGCAAUCCCCCAAACAGAUCCAAAUGACUGCAUUAACUGUCGAAACUGCUGCAAUAACAACAGGUCAGUCACUAGACAUUAGAGCAAAUAUUGUGCAUACUCUUCCUGCCCCUCUAUUACCCCUCAUCCUGCCCUUCUGUUACUCCUUUUCCUGCUCCUCUGUUACUCCUUUUCCUGCCCCUCUGUUACUCCUCUUCCUGCCCCUCUGCUACUCCUUUUCCUGCUCCUCUGUUACUCCUUUUCCUGCCCCUCUGUUACUCAUCUUCCUGCCCCUCUGCUACUCCUUUUCCUGCUCCUCUGCUACUCCUUUUCCUGCUCCUCUGUUACUCCUCUGCCUGCCCCUCUGCUACUCCUCUGCCUGCCCCUCUGCUACUCUUCUUCCUGCCCCUCUGUUACUCCUCUUCCUGCUACUCUGUUACUCCUCUUCUUGCUACUCUGUUACUCCUCUUCUUGCUACUCUGUUACUCCUCUUUCUCCCCCUCUGUUACUCCUCUUUCUCCCCCUCUGUUACUCCUCUUCCUGCUACUCUGUUACUCCUCUUCCUGCCCCUCUGCUACUCCUCUUCCUGCUACUCUGUUAUUCCUCUUCUUGGUACUCUGUUACUCCUCUUUCUCCCCCUCUGUUACUCCUCUUCCUGCCCCUCUGUUACUCCUCUUCCUCCCCCUCUGUUACUCCUCUUCCUCCCCCUCUGUUACUCCUCUUCCUGCUCCCCUCAGUUACUCCUCUUAUUGCCCCUCUCUUCCUCCCCCCCCCCUGUUACUCCUCUUCCUGCCCCUCUCUCCCUUUAAUGUUUUAGAUAAACUAGAAUAAUUGCUCUAACUAAAAUUAACUUGGUGAUGAUGGAGUGUGAUUUAUAUUUUUUUGGCAUCAUAUCCAUUGUAUCUGAAAUAAACUAUUAAGAGAUAAUCUAAACCCAUCCCAACCAUUCCCCCCUCCUCCGUACCUACCAAUGGCUGUGUACCUGGCCGUGAACUUUGUGGAAUUGCUCAGUAAUUAUUAUGUUCCACAAACAGAUGUUUCACCAAAUCCAAUGCACCCUACAAUUGCGUGAACGCAUUGCCCGUCGUACCUACAUUCCUAGAGGACAGCUUGGAAGCUCCAGCCCAAAACUUUGACGUGACUGCUUCAUGUCUGUCCUCCUGUGAGGCAGAAGAUGUUGGAGAAAUCACUGAAAACCAAUCUCCAAAUUCUCAAUGUCCUUCAACCCAAGAGGAAGAUGAAAAUACCUUAUGCCACAAAGGUGAGAGCAAGUGGAAAAGUGGGUGCAAUGAACCCAUAUAUUCUUCACUGUUGAUGUAUAUAUGAAAUGGGGAUUAUGUGAAUUAUGGAAUAUUGCCAAUCCGCAUAGUUGUAAAAUUUGAGUUGUUCAACCUAAAACGUGUCUUGUUUUGACAAGUCAUGGUUUAGUGAACACAUUUAUACAAGUGAUAAUUAGUGGGGGGAGGAUGGGGUCUAAUUGUUGUCACUUUAAUUUCAUGUAAUAGUUCCAUUUAGAUGUAAGUUAAAGUGAAUUUGAUCAAAGCCUAUAUUUUACAGUUCAUUGUACACUGGAAUUCUCCUUAGUGAAUCCACAUAUUAAAAUAUUCAGUAUGCAUCAUCUAGAUAUCCCACAAUGUUCUAUCAGGGUUAUUCACUGAAGUGAGAAUUGUGAUGGGGAUGCAAAGUGAAUUUCAAAAAGGAGGCCAAAAUAGCCAACAUGUAAACAUUAUCCAAGUUAAUUCUGUAUUCAGUUUGGCUACUUUGGCCUUAAAUUUGCCAUUCAGUUUGAAUUCACUGACAUGUUGGUGAAUAACCCUGUAAAUGUCAUCAAGAACAUUCAUCUUUGGUCUUAGAUCUGUGUGAUCUACUACAUAUAAUAUUGAGGUGACAGAUUCAAGAUAAAGAUGUAUUCCAGCAGUAAAAACAUUUACUUUUUAUGGAGAUGCAGACAUCUUCCACAAUAAAAAGGGGAAAUCUACUGUUUUUAAUAUGUUGAUUAAACCUGUUUGAAUAUGAAUGUUUUAAUUUGUUCUGAAUUCCAUUGUAAACUUAAGUAUGUAAUGUGUGUGUUUCAUGUUGGCACUUUUUACCUUUCUAAGAUUAAUUUGUGCUAAUAAAUCUCAAAAGACUUUAUAAAAUACUGCAAAAGUAGCCUCAACGGUCCCCCAUGGCAUUCGUGGAGUCCAACAGUUCUAUGAGAUGCAAAAUCAUCAUAUGGGCGAGGCAAGAAGUAGUUGUAAAAAAACAUAACUUUAAAUGCAUAAAUGUUCUGGUCUUUCUCAUAAUUUCCUCUUCUUUAGUUGUAGAAUCUUGAAAAUUGUCACAUGAUUUAUGGCUCAAACACACAGAAUAAGAUAGACAUUCAUUAUUUUUAGGCUUAAUAAUUAAUGAAGAAAACGGUCUUCUAUAUUUUGCAGGUGAAGAUUGUCCCAACACAGUUGUCAGUUCUUCAUCUAUAACAUGGACUCCGCUCAGCCUGACUGCUUUCUCGAAAGAUUGCAGUGAGAAGCCAGACUGGACUACAACCGAUAUCACACUUUCUGGCUGCACGGCUGAUCAAGCAGCGCUGUAGCAUCCCUGGGAUAAAGGAGUCCAAUUUAUCUGCAAUUCAAAACGGUCAUAUGUAGAGACUGGCACGGAGAGAAAUUCAUUUUCAGCUUGGUGGGCAUUGUCUACAGUUGAAUAUUCUUUGCUACUGAUGAUUACUGAAACAUCAAUGUGUCAGUGACGAUUUUUAUCAAUAUUCACUAAAGUAUUAGAGUGUCAGAAAAAAUCCUGGAUUUUGGGGAUGUUAGCCAGAUUUUUCUUAGCGAUGUCUCAUUGCUUGGUGAUUAGCAGAUCGCUACAUGAACGGUAGGAUUAGUGGCCUGCUAAGACUUGCUCUCUGGUCUUAAAAAAGAUUUCUGGUCUUAAUAAAGAUCCUGCAUUAGAACCUUGUAAAGGUUUAACACUCAAACUCUGGCAUAGAUUUGGCAUUUAAUGAGCUGUAUUUCAUUCAAUAAUAUCACUAUUUAUUUUUAUAGUAGUCCUAGGUAUAUGAAUAUAUUGUUAUAAAAUAUUUUCUUUUUUUAUUAUUUAUACCUUAAAACAGGUAGCAUAAAAAAAAAAAAUCAUUGUCCGUUUUAAAACGUGCCCACAAUGUCUUUCUUCCCACUAUGAAUAACCUUACACAUUUUCCUUACAGCAAUGGGAUGAAGAUAUUACCCCCACUAUGCUAUAUAAUUUAUUUUAUUAAAGAUAGGCAGGAGAUGUGAAUAAUGUCAAUUGAAAAGUCCCUUUUAAUUUAAUUUGAAACCAACAAUAUUUAUAUCUGAUUUUACCUAACUCAAUAUUAAAUUGUCAUUCUCCUCUAAAUUACUCAUGUAAUGGACCCAAGUGGUGCAAAAUGAGUUUUUAUUAGUCACAAAAGCAAUUUCUAUCCUAGUAUUUGUUGCAUUUGACUCUAACUGAUCAAAUUGUGAAGAGUUUAUGUAGCAGUAUAGGGAAGUAUGAUUAAAAUCAGGGUGAAAUAUACAUAAUCCAGAUUUAACCAAUGAGAAUGUUGCUUUCAAAGAUCCUGUUGUAAGAUGUUGAAAUCUUGCAACUUUCUCCGUAUAUUCAUAUUUUAUAAUGAUUUCUAACAUAAAACAUUUAUUUACUUAAAAGCCAACUUAGAGGAUAUUAGUUUGUUCAGUUUAGAUGAAAAUACAACCAAAUGUGAAAACGCUUUUAACAUUUCGAGAUUCUGAGUCUCUAAUAUUAUGUUUUGCAAAGGAAAGCAUAGAUUCACCAGGAUUCUAUAGGAAAGGUAAGGAGUUACAUUUGCUUAGUGGUCAGCGAAAAACAAUCAACGGUCCAAUAAAAAUAGUCCUCUGACCCUCUACACCUAGAGCCUUUAAUACUGUUGCAGAAGAGGCAAUUACAGACUCUGCAAGUAGUUUUUUUUAGUGUAAUUAAUCGUAUUGAUACUGUUUUAAGUGUCCUAUUUUAUUAUUUAUAAAGAAAUUCUAUUAGCCUGGCAGUUUGAUGUCCAUAUAUUGAUGUAAAGGAGACUGCUAGGAACAUGUUUUCCGCUGAAGCCAGCAAUGGGUUUAAGAAUGAUGUAACGAAAAAUCCCUGGUCACCCUGAUGAUAAAUGAGUUGAAAGGGUUUAAAGAAACCGCUAACUCAUGGAGGUCUUAGUGUUGACAUAACGCUACAUUUUGUAGGACUCAGCAGAGUGACACAAAGCAUUCGUUGAAAUUUUCUUGUUAUUACAUUAUAUAAAUUACAUACUGUGUUUUUGGUUUUUUUGGGGGGACCAGAUCUAAAAACACAUAAGACGCCAUGUAUGCCAAUCAUUUUGGACCCGCAUCAUUAAUGGAUGGCAGUACCAGCUUUACAUUUAGAUGCCGGCAAAGUAUUCUGUGUACACAUUUCUAGUCCUUCGUAACAAUCUAUAUGUUCAUCUCACUGAAACAGAUUCUUACUGUUUCUUAGACUAGAUGACUCAUUGACUGAUACAUGUAUUGUCUUCUGUUCUCUCCAACUGGGAUAUACAAAUUUUGCACUUUUCUUUAAUUACAUUUUUUUUUUUUUUUGUCAUUUAAAUUCUGCUCAGAUUUGACUUUUUUUUCCUCAGACAACAAAUUCUCACCAUCUUUUUCCUUAACCUAUUGAGCAGUAGUGCUUCCCGGGAGUCUUUUUAAUCAAUAUACAGAGUCCGAGGUUCAGUCAAAACCACUUGGCCAAUCUUUCUGCCUUUUCCAUAUUCUUGUCUUGUGUCAAGGAUUGCCCAGUAUCUGCCAUGUGUGUCUCUAUACUGAGCAGGGAGUGGACUUGUAGAAGAUAUUGAUUUUGUCAACCCCAUCUCUUUUUAACAUGAAGACUUAUUGUUUUAGGUAGUCAUGGAACUUCACACUGGCAAUUUUUGAUCACAUGAUCUUAUGAAUAUCCUUCACUCUUAAUUUUACCUUCCUUUCAUCUGCCAGAAAAUAUGGGUAUAUUUGCUCAUUAUAAAUGUUUCAUGUUACAGAGUAAAUUCUUAUCUGAUGCAAUUUUCAUUUCUUGUCAUAGAAAUAUAUACUUUAUUUUCCUAUGAAAAUAAAAAAAAAAGUUGUAAUUUUUUUUUGUUUUUAUUUUAAUUGUACAUAAUGUUAAAUGAUGUAGUAUUUGUUUUUUGCCAGGAG